AAGAUCCCCGUAAAACUCCCUAAACCCACCCGCAGGAGGCUCCUCUAUCCCAGCUGGGGGAAAAAAAAUCCAGCAGGGUCCGGCUCUCAGCUGAGCCGUGGGAGGACUCUCAGUGGGUGUACCGUGUAAUCGGGCUGGUCCCAGACACUGAGCUCAUGAAUAAUGCAGCUGCCAAACUUUCUGCGCCGCCCUGAGAGUUUUGGGUAACUUUGUUUGGGAUAGUCCCAAAGCAGCCGCCGCUGCCGCCACUACCACGGCGGGAAGUACUCAGCUCUUCAAGAUCCGGACCAUGGGUAUGUGAACGGGAAAGGGGACCCCCUUCCCCUCUUUCUCCCCCGCAAAAGAUCGGUUUUCUGCCCACCCACCCUUUAAGAAAAAUCAAAAACUUUUUUUUUUUGCGCUCGGCCAGGGAGGGGGAGGAAUCUUCGGUCAGGCCUGGGAACCGAACGCUGGCAAGACCCCCCUGGAAACCCCGGCGUUCGAAAUCGGAACGUUCACGGGAGCGCCAGCGUUCCAAAUCAGAACGUUCAAGCCCCUCCGAAGCUUUCACUCGAGCCUCAGGCCUCCUCUGGAAUUCCGGGCGGCGAGGCUGAGCCCUCCUUUCCUCCCUCCCGUGACAGCCGCGGCUGCAGAUCUACCCCCACCUCCCCAACACACACCAACUAGUCCUUUAAAGGAGCUGCUUUCUUAAGAGGGAAUUGUAACAAAUCUCUGCAGUUGCAGCGGGGAGGGACAGCAAAGAAAAGAAAAGUUGCAUAACUUUCCGCCGGGCCUGACUUGGACGUGCUUCAUGUGUACUCUGGAAGAUCCUGCGAGAUAAAAAGUUUUGGGAGGGAGGGGACGGCUGCCUUGGAGCCGCCGGGGCCUCUGGGGAGAAGAGGAAAGGGGGAAAAAAAAGGGCGCUCGGAUAAGUUUAGCUUUGGAAGGGUUUGAAGAAGCUUAUCAUCAUCAUCAUUAUUUGCAUCUCGUGUCUCGGAUGAUUUUCGGGUCUCUUUUGGACCCUCACUGCAAAAUACUUAUUUUGUGCGACGGGGGUUGGAAACUGGCGAUUUAAGAGGGCGAAACCCCAGAGAUUUGCUCCAGAGACUCGACUUCCCCGCCCAAAGUUCGGGAAAGAAAAGUUCGGGAAAAGGUGGCGAAAAUGAACCCUGCUGGCGUCCCUCCCCCGCCGGGGCAGCAGGUGAUCCAUGUCACGCAGGAUCUGGACACCGACCUGGAGGCUCUCUUCAACUCGGUCAUGAACCCCAAGCCCAGCUCGUGGAGGAAAAAGAUCCUGCCAGAGUCCUUCUUCAAGGAGCCCGAUUCGGGCUCCCACUCCCGGCAGUCCAGCACCGACUCAGGCAGCCACCCGCCGCGGCUCAGCAGCGCUGCCGUCGGAGCCCACCACGUCCGCUCGCACUCGUCGCCCGCCUCCCUGCAGCUGGGCGCCGGGGCCGGGGCCACCCCGAGCCAGGCCCAGCAACAUGCGCACCUCCGCCAGCAAUCCUACGACGUGACGGACGAGCUGCCGCUGCCUCCCGGCUGGGAGAUGGCACUCACGCACACGGGCCAGAGAUACUUCCUCAAGUAAGUCUGGGGAGGAAAUAGCUUGGGGGGAGGCGAAGCGAGCAGAAUGAAGGCUUGGGGGCUGCUCUUGAGUGCAGGGAGGCGACUCAAAAGAGUCAGGGGCAACGCUAGGCCUGGCUGGGACGUGUAAGAUCAGUGGUGGGGAAAAGGACGGGUCUGGGAGAAGACAACCCCCCCUUCAUCCCGAAGCCCCAGAGAGUUGCUACCAGUCAGCGCAGACAAUACUGACUUAGUGGGGCCAAAGCUUUGACUUGCUAUAAGGCAGUUUCUGAGUGUAGUCCAGUGUUGAGAAAUACAGGUGGGUCUGUUAAGAUAUACAAAGACUAACCAGUACAUCUGAGCACUCUCAUCCGGUGUAGAGUUUUAUGCUAUUUCCUACAUGGAAAUUACAUCACACAAAUCCAUGUGUGUUUCAUGGACUAGGACUUCGGGGACCAGGAUUCGAAUCCCCACUCGGCCAUGAAGCUCACUGGGCCGGUCACUCACUCGCAGCCUGACCUACCUCACAGGGUUGUUGUGGGGAUUAAAUGAGGAGGGGGAGAACUAUGCAAGCAAUCCUGAGCUCUAUGGGGAAGAAGGUGGGAUAUAACCUCAGUUUUUUUAAAAAAAUAAAUAAAAAUACACAAAAGUGACCAUUGUUGGUGAAGGAGUUUGCAUCCGCUCAGAGGAGCUUACCUUUAUCAUUUAUUUUCCUUCCUUUCCUCCAAGGAGCUCGAGGUAGUGUGCAUCAUUCUUCCACCACUCAGCCUCAUUCAAACACCUCCCAAUUUUAUCCAAGCUACAACCCCGUGUGAUAGGUUAGGCUACAAUGGUAUAACUGGCCCCAGGUCACCCAGUGAGCUUCAUGGCUGAGUGGGAAUUUGAACCUGGGUUUCUCGGGGCCAAGUCUGACAUGCUGACUGCUGGUUCUCAGUGCAAUAUCUUUGAUACUUCAACCUUGGCACAGAAAACAGGGCUCAUCCCCCUAGGGCCAGACUUGAAUCAACUCUUCAUGAACCUCUUCAUGCUUCUUUUAAUUCCUCUGCACACGUAAACUUGAGCAGGUGUGCAAAGUUGAAACCGGGAGUGAAGGACCCCCUCAGAAAAUGCCCUCCUGUGAGCCCCCUCCGUUGCCUGCAGGGACAUUCAUAUGGCGGGUUUACUAGGAGCAAGCAAGAGGCAGCCUCUGUGAUGGCUGCUUGUGAGUCACCUUCCAUUUUCAUGUCCUUGUGUAAUGUGCCUCUGGGGCAUUGUGGGAACAUGAAAAUAAUGGCUUUACAACGGCCACAGCUCAGGUGGGCAUCAGCACUGGUAGGCCCUGCUGGGAUGUGAUGUGCAAGCGAAGGCCUCUUUCCCUGCUAGGGGGUCUCAGGUGUGUGAGGACUAGGACUAGAUGCUGCUGCUUAGUGCAUACUUAGGGACACUUUGGCUGAGUUGUACCACUGAAAAUUAAUUCUGAGCUUAAGUCCUUGGGGGUGAGCCCUGGAACAAAUCAAAUGCCGCAGUGUAGCCCACUGGAGUUUAACCUCUUUGGAAGCAAGUCAAUGGAAACAGUACAUUUGAUUUUACCGCCAAUAUAAGUUGAGGUGCUACAACAAAAUCGUGUGUUCAUGUUGAUGUUUCCAGUGGCUCCACUCUAUUCCAUUCCCCUUCCUCUCAUGUUAUUUCCUAGCCCUGCCUCCCAGCAGUCAAGCCAGCAUUCCAUACCCACUUGAGUUGUUCAGUUCUCACUAGACUUCUUUUUUGAGUGGGGUUUCCUUUCCCCCACCCGCCACCGCCAUUGCUGCUUGGGGGAGUGGGGUAAUGGUGGACAAGCUUGUUCAAUUCUUUAAUUUCCCUGUUGAUGUUGAUGGGCAACUCCUCCUGCUCCUGGGAAUGUCUUAAAAAUAGCUUCUCAGAAUGAAACAGGAAGUGGCCUAUCCAGACAAUGGUUUUAUUUUACACUUUAUAUGUGUGUGUAUAUAUAUGUUUGUGUCCCUAUCUUCCUGUUCCAGACACUCUAUUCUGUUCUCACUCCCCACCCAGCUGGCAGGGAUGUUUUCCUUCCCACCCUGCAACCUCCUGCCUCUCAAAAGUCUAUGCUACAGUUGUUAUGGAUUUGUUUUCCCCCCCUUGCAAAUUUUCUCAUAUGCAUUUCGGGGUUAUCUUCAGUCUGCUGAUAAUUGUCACUUUUGCAUAAAUUGUCCAGUCUUCCUUACAUGAACACCAGAAGGCUCAAAUCAGUAUUAUUAAAUAGAAAGAAUUCUUUGCUCAGUACAGGUUCUCCACUACUUUGUAAAGGCAACCAGGAAGAUUGCAAAAAUAAUAUUUAAAAGGAUUUUUUUUUAUCUGUGGAUUAAAAAAAAGGAAUAAAGAGAGAACAACACUAUUGAUGUUAUUCCAGAUAAAUUAUUUUUGAUAAAGGAGAAGAAGCUUUAAAUUAUAUCCCGAAAUAUACCAAAGAAGGGGCUAAGGGUAACCCUAGGAGCUCCAGGCCUGUUUCUAACUGUGUGCUAAGCCGUGGUUUAGUGCAACCUGGACAAACCAUAAGCUGUUAACCAUAGGGCAUACUUUGGCUAUAGUGUGUGGUUAGUCUGGAGAGAGUUAACCCAUCAGCUAGAAUUGGCUUGCUAGGUGGAGUGGAGUUGCUAUGCUGGCUUUCUGGCAGGAGAGUUGAUGUUGCUUAUCAGGAGGGAGGGGGAGGUAGGUCAGUGCAGUGCAGCGGCACUGGCAGGAGCACUGGGUUGGCUCUGCUGGUGCAUUUGUGCUGCACCAACCAUCCCAUUUCCUUACUGCUCUCUGUGCCAGUAGGCAACAGCGACCCACCUGUCUGGAUGCUAGUGUGAUGGCUCUUUCCCACCUGGAGAGCCACUUCUUCCACCAGCCCAGGUUUGGAUGACAGGCUAGGCCAAUCCAUGGCUUGGCUCGGCACAGCACCAAAAUAACCAGGGCAGAGCAAAGCAGCUGCAAGCUGCUCUCCCAGAGACUGUAUGCCUGCAGUUUUCCCCUAGCAUCACCUGCAAACAAGGCCACAGUGUGAUGGGAAAAUGGAUGAAGGGGCCUUUCCCAAAGCCAUCUGUGUGUGGGUAGAGAAACAGGAAUCUAAAACAUGGGCAAUCUGUAUGGCCUUCAGGGCCUGUGUGGGCCCCAAAGUCAGUUUACACAUUGAGAUAAACAAACAUGGGAGGAACAUGUUUAUAGAGAGCAUCGCUAUGCUGCAGUGAGGGAAAAGAAGGGUGAGAUAGGGAAGGGAUGAGAGGAGUACAGCUUGAAUCGCACCCUCGAUGCUAACACAUUGCUCAGAAGUAAGUUGCUUUGAAUUCCAUCAUGGAACAACAGACUGCCGACGAAUGCAGCAGAAGAAUCACAGGAUCCUUGUGAAAUCAAGGAUCCUUCUAGGCUAGGGGGAUGCACACCAUAAAUCAGCGGUAGAGCCCAUGCUGUGUAUGCGGUGGGUCCCAGUUUAGUUGCUGGCCUUCCCAGUUCAAAGGACACUGGGAAGCCAAUGAUGGGAAAGGCUGGAGAGCCACUGCUAGUCUGAGCUAGUUCCCGCUCCACAUGUAAAGAUAUGGAGCUCACUCGCAAGUUGUAGUGAUGGCAGCCAACUUGGAUGGCUUUAAAAGGUAAAGGGACCCCUGACCAUUAGGUCCAGUUGUGGCCGACUCAGGUUGCGGUGCUCAUCUCGCUUUAUUGGCCAAGGGAGCCGGCAUACAGCUUCCGGGUCAUGUGGCCAGCAUGACUAAGCCACUUCUGGCGAACCAGAGCAGCGCACGGAAACGCCGUUUACCUUCCCACCGGAGAGGUACCUAUUUAUCUACUUGCACUUUGAUGUGCUUUCGAACUGCUAGGUUGGCAGGAGCUGGGACCGAGCAACGGGAGCUCACCCUGUUGCGGGGAUUCGAACUGCCGACCUUCUGAUCGGCAAGUCCUAGGCUCUGUGGUUUAACCCACAACGCCACCCGCGUCCCUUUAAAAGAGGGUUCGACAAAUUCAUGGAGGUUAAGGCUGUCAGUGGCUUACCAGGCAUGAUGGCUUUAUUCUGCCUUCACUGUUAGCGGAGGUAUUCCUCUCAACGCCAGUCGCUGUGCAUCACAAGCGUGGCGCAUAAUCUUGCACUUGGGUGCUGCUUGUGGACUUCCCACAUUCAUCUGGUUGGUCACUGGGGGAAGAGGAAGCUAGACAAGAUGACCCUUUGGCCUGACCAAACAAGCCACUUCUUAUAUUUCGGACUACAACUCCCAUCAUCCCUGACCUUGCUAGCUGGAACGGAUGUGAGUUGUAGUCCACAAACACCAAGAGGGCUCCAGUUUGGAGAAGGCUGGUUCAGUAACUUGGCUAGAUGGAUUCACAGUCUGACCUGAUAUAAAACAGCUGCCAUGAGGCCGGGUGAAGCAGCUGCCUCAGGUGGCAAGUUCCAGGCGCAGCAGAUUCUGAUGUAGAUAUUUCUUCCCGCCUUGUUCCUGAUGUAGAUCUUCACUCGCCCCUUCUUUCCUGGCAGGAAGCGGGGUGCCAUUUUGUGGCUCGCCCCCCCCCCCCAAUGUCAUGGGCCAACCCUGCUUCCUGUAUUUCUGUACUAAAGACAAAUGCUACCGGCCAUUAAGGAUUUCUGCAGUGCAAGGAAAUCUGGAUGUUAGUAGACAAAGCUUCUUAAAGAAGGGCGCUACCACUUAGGAGACUGAAUAGGAGGGGUAGAUUGGAAAUUACUGAAAUGUUUGCACUGUUGGUUCCCUCCUCCCUUUCUUUUUGAUUUUCCAAUCAUCUUGAUUGUGAAUUCCGGAUAAACUGAAAUAGGGUGUUGCAGUGAGAUUUAUUGGGUGAGAUUUCUCUAGCAGUGGCUCUGAAUCUCUGGAGUAACAAGAUGAGCCUAUGCUGGUGCACACAGAUCAGUGACUGCUCAUAAUAUGGCCAUUCUUGUCAGAUUUGACAGCACCAGCUCCCUGUUUGGUGCUGCCAUACAUGGUCCCAGAGGGACGUGGGUGGCGCUGUGGGUUAAACCACAGAGUCUAGGGCUUGCCGAUCAGAAGGUCGGCAGUUCAAAUCCCCGCAACGGGGUGAGCUCCCGUUGCUCGGUCCCUGCUCCUGCCAACCUACCAGUUCGAAAGCACGUCAAAGUGCAAGUAGAUAAAUAGGUACCGCUCCGGCGGGAAGGUAAACAGCGUUUCCAUGCGCUGCUCUGGUUUGCCAGAAGCGGCUUAGUCAUGCUGGCCACAUGACCUGGAAGCUCCCUCGGCCAGUAAAGCGAGAUGAGCGCUGCAACCCCAGAGUCGUACACAAGUGGACCUAACAGUCAGGGGUCCCUUUACCUUUACCUUUUUACAUGGUCCCAGAUUUGUGCUGGGAUCUGUGUGUGCACUUCUAAGUGACCCAGAUACAUACCCUGUACCACACAGCGUGCUUUUUUUUACUUGUGCAGCUCCUUUCCAAGCAGAGGAUGUGUUGAGGAAAUCUGCUUUCCGCCUGUGCAUCGCUCUUGCCAGAUGGUGGGCAUUUGUGGUAGUCUGUCAGCAUUCGUCAGUGCUUUGCGAGGGGAUGAUUUCAAACUCUGGAAACAAAUAUCCUGAGCGUGAUAUUUCAAGAACACAUUUGCUAACUCCCAAGUGUGCCGUUGAGAGUGUUUUCUCGUUGUAUCUCCCAAACUGGAUUGCUACGUUAAAAGUGUCUUUUGCAUUUACUGUGCCUAUUUUUAAAAAUACAAAUGGCAGCCACUGGGGAACUGAUGAUGAUGAUCAAAGUUGUAGCUGGCAGGGAGAUGAAGUUUAACUAUUCCCUCCCCUGCUGUGGUCCUGGGAGAAAUUGCCUCUCCGGAGCUGCUAUUUGCAUUGGGAAAUCUCCCCUCAGUGCAGCUGCCAUUUGCAUUUUAAGUGCACAUUAAAUUAAAAUACAUGUUUAAUGUUGUGUAGGCUCCAUGUAACAGCCACACCUUGUCCUCCAGGGCUGCAUUGGGUGCUUGAAAGACCCGUGUGGGAGUAGAAUACAAUGACGUCUGGCCUCUUGAGUAGAAAGAGUUGGCUGAGAUGCAAUCCUAUGCAUUGUUACCUGGAAAUUAGGGCCAUUGUGCACAGUGGGAUUCAAUUCCAAGGAAAUAUAAGGAGGAUUCAUUGGUUAUUGUUGUUUUCUCUCCAAAAAAUAAUAUUCAUAGUGUCAUUCAACAAAUGUUUCUCCUGUUGACUUCCGCAGAGCUUACUCCCUGGUAAGUGCAGUAUAUGCACUUUCCUGAGAGUAAGCAUCAUUGGUUCAAAAAUGUAUAUUACUGUUCUGUAAGAAAUUUAUUGUGGCAUGGACCAGUGGCUGCUUCAUCAGAUGGUAAUGAAAUCCAAAAAGUACAUGGUAUCUAUCAGAGCACAAAAAGUGUGCAAAAUAAAGCACAGAGAGCAUUCGACUUCCCUGUUCACUUUCCCCCAUGCCCUAGCACCACUGUAUAUAAACAUUUCUUCCAGCUGAGAAUAAGGCCUCAGGCAUCUAACGAAGUGGAUUUGCACCAUUGGAAAUGUGUUAGUCUUUAAGGUGCUGCAAGACUCUUACUUAUUUUUGUUGCAAUAGAAUAAUUCUGCUACCAUUCUGGAUGUUUUCUCCAAUGGGAGACAAGCUCCCACUGGAAGAAUCAAGAAGUGGUGGAAACAACAACAAUAACAACAUCAGCCAUUCUGGACGGCCUCCAACAUAUAAAACAUGAACUCAUGCUGUUUGAAAUGGUCGGCGUACAACACAUUGGGGUAGAUCCAGCGGUGCAGCAUAAUCAUUUGCAUGCUUACUCAGUAGUAAAUUCCUCUGUGUUUAAUGAAUCUGACUUCCUAGUAAGUGUGUUUAGGACUUGAGCCUAAGUUAGUUGAAAUGAAUGAAUCAAGCUAGGUCUGACUAACAGCACAGUCCUAACUGUGUCUACUCAGAAGUAGGUCCUAUUGAAUUCACUGAGGCUGGCUCCAUCAAGUGGGGUUAGGUUCGCAGUCUUGGUCCCCUCUGAAAUCUAUAGGCGUCAAUUUUGCUGAACUCACCAGUGCAAACCAGUGCAGGUCUACUCAGAAGUAAGCUCCAUUGUGUCCCGUGGGACCUGUUCUCAAGUCUGUAUGCAUAAGAUCCAACCCAUUGGCCUUGACAAAGGUUUUAAAGGCUUGUAAAGCAAUUUGUGUUUAUAUUAGGACACUGGUUAGUUCUCAAAUGGUAUAUAUUUCCACUUGCAAAUAGAAGAAAGUGGAGCUGGAACUUUGUACUGACAAUAAGUCUUGCUUUGCUUUGUUUACCCGGGACCAGCUGUGACUUAUAGAAAUCACAGUUUUGCAUGUCGGUCCCUGUGGAGAUUUUUUGGCGAUGACUGUAAGAAACUUAAGUAGCCCCAGGACCACCCUAAACUGUAACGCAACACCGGGUCUCAAAAGUGGGGGGUGGAAAACAGACUUACAACAAAGCUGCAUGUGUUUACCAGGAACGAUUCUCCAUUGGUAUUGGCUGUACUUGGCUGGAGAUGUUUAGAUAUUUAACAAACCUUGAACAGUCACUGGUAAAACAAUAGUGACCGGCAAGAACUGGAGGAAAACAAGUUUGUCAUUACGUUUGGCUUACCUGGCGCAACUCCAAAAGGUGCAACUUGUUUUACAUAUGAGGGCUGGGAGCUCAGUAUUGCCUCUGGCCCCCUUUUGAACAUGGGAAACUUGGAAAGGGGUGGUUAAUACACCUGAAGAAAGGAGACCCGGAAGAUCUAGGAAUGGUUUGAUUAAAAUUUCCCAUCCCAACUUUAUUAAAGACAUAAUUGAUCCAGAUGCUUUCUUGUGCCAGCCCAAAAUAUUUACACAAGUUUUCAGCAGAAGGAAAUCACUGUCAGAGUGUAUUAUAACAAUAUUUAAAGCAUUCUACAAAGGUCACAGAAUUUUUGCUUCCUGAGAAUUUCAGUUUUCAUUUUUUUAAAGCAAGUUUCUAGUCCGUAAGAGUGUGAAAACAGCCUUGUACAGUGAAAGAAGAAAUUGAUAGUGCACCUCUGUAUUUUAAUUGACUACUAUGUGUGCAUUUCAUCAGAAUGUUUGCCAGUCAAUAAAACAAAAACAUCAUUGUAUAGUUAGUCUCAAAUUAUAGUAAACAUGUAUACAUUAGAAUAGCCUCAGAAUGACAUCUUACCCAGAUUUUGUGGCCUGUAUAAAUGUUGCAAAUUGAACACAGUUCCUUUUAACAUUGUUUUGCUUAAUCUGUUUUGGUUUGAAGUACUGAGGUACCUUGGUACUCAAACAACUUGGCUUCCGAACAAAUCGGCUCCCGAACGCUGCAAACCCGGAAGUAAGUGUUCCGGUUUGCAAACGUUUUUUAGAAGCCGAAUGUCCAACGCUGCUUCCGCUUGAGUGCAGGAAGCUCUUGCAUCCAAUUGGAAGCCACGCCUUGGUUUUCGAACGGUUUCGGGAGUCAAACGGACUCCCGGAAUGGGUUAAGUUCGAGAACCAAGGUACCACUGUACUGGUAAGUGACCUGGAAGAUCAUCUCCUGCCACUUGUGUGUGUUCUGACCUUAAGAUCCAUUUUGGAAGUCCUGCCUUACCACGUGGUGAGCCAGGUAGCUACCAAAGCAAGGGCUGUUUGGCUAGUGACACCCCCUUUUAAAAAAAAUAUAUAUAUUUUUAUUAGUUUUUUUAACAAAUCGUUUCCAACAUUCAUAUAACAUAUUUUCUUAUCUUAUACAAUAUUUUUUACUUCCGUCAGCUCCUCUGGUGAUAUUGUGCAUUUCCUAAUUUUUCUAUUACUCUUAAUUAUCAUUAACUAAUCAUUUUCUUCAUAGUCUUUUUUGCAAUAUUUCAAAUAAUCCUCCUUACAAAACUUCUUGCAAUCCUACUAGCGUAAUCUGUUCAUGACAAUUACUUUUCAAAUAGUAUGUGUAUUUACUCCAGUCUUCUGAGAAUCUCUGGUCCCGCAGGUUUCGAAUCCUUCCUGUUAAUAUAUCUAGCUCUGCAUAGUCUGGCUAGUUGCACCCCCAACAAUGGAAUACCCCAGAGAGGCUGACCUAGUCAGGGGCGGAGGAAGGGGGGGUGCAUUGGGGGGGGAUCCACUCCGGGUGUCACCACUGAGGGGGGUGACAAAAUGCUGGGCAGCACUCACCGCAGGGCCUGCAGCGCGACCGAGCCACACAUCUCUCCUGGCUCAGGCGCGUGCAGGGUCGGCGUUGUCCCAAACUGUCCGCCCACUGCCUCUCCCUCAGCUGUAGGGUGGCUGAGUGGGAGGAGCCAGGCAGAUUCCUCGGAGGUCCCACGGGCCUCCCCAGGCGCCCAAUCGGCUUGCUCCGCCACGGCCCCUAGUAUUUCUCUCUGGUCUUUGGGGCACCAGUCGAAUACCUUUUUCUUCACCCCCGCCUUCUAAUUGUAUGUUAGGCCACAACAGCCCGAGGUGAAUUUAAAGUAGCCUAAUCUGAUCUGUAAACUGUUUUGCUGCCUCUGUGCAAAGAAAGCCCUUCCCCAUUUCCAAGGACUGCAUAUUGGUUUAAUGAUCAUGCACUGUGCUUUUAAUAUUCUUUUGUUUGUAAGAUGCCCAGGGGAUACUUAUUGAUGGACAGCUAUUUACAUUUAAACAAUGCAUGUGUUUAAUAACCAACAAAAAUAUAUUCAUAAUGUUGCAAGAAGGAACAUAAUAUUGCAAGAAGCGGGGAGGCGAAUUUUUAUUCCCCUUUUGCAUGCUUGAAAUCUUUUUCUGUGGGUCCGUGUAGGAGUUUGUUUUGUCCCCCCCCCCCCAAUUUUACCUUCCUGUGACAAGGAAGAGUGUGAAGCAGCAGAAAUGUCCCGGUUUUGCCUCAAGCAGUUUCCAGACAUUGCUGCUCCUGUGGUUGGGAGUUGUCCCUCUGUCUGAAUCUGCAGGGCAGCUUGGCAAAGGAGUCCGUGGCUUGUGGAUUUCUGCCGCAGUGGCUUCCAUGCUUCUGGAAAUGUUGGCAGCUGAGUUUUGUGACCGAGCAGCUUGCCCGCUGCUGUGUUGCUCCUGUGAAUGUAGAGCUUGGUAUGACCGCCGGAACUGAAGAAAUGCUUGCCAGUAUAAAGUCUGGAAAUGGCCUUUGGUUGCAGUUCAGAGGCUCGGCCUGUUUGCUUAAAUUCUGCCAGUCUCUCUAUACAAGAUCUCAUGUAGCAGAGGGCUUCAGUCAGUCUGUACUGCAGAUCUACAGUGGUACCUCAGGUUAAGUACUUAAUUCGUUCCGGAGGUCUGUUCUUAAGCUGAAACUGUUCUUAACCUGAAGCACCACUUUAGCUAAUAGGGCCUCCUGCUGCUGCCGCGCCGCCGGAGCACAAUUUGUGUUCUCAUCCUGAAGCAAAGUUCUUAAUCUGAAGCACUAUUUCUGGGUUAGCGGAGUCUGUAACCUGAAGCGUAUGUAACCUGAAGCGUAUGUCACCCGAGGUACCACUGUACUGGGUUCUUUAGAAGGCCUGUAGAAGCAAGGCCUAGACUUGGAAUUACAGAAUGGUAGAGUUGGAAGGGAUCCAUUAUCUAGCCCGCCCUCUGCAAUGCAGGAAUCACAAUCAAAACAUUCCUAGCAGAUGGCCAUCCAACCUCUGUUUAAAGACUUCCAAAGAGUACACCACUUCGAAAGAGAGUCCAUUCCACUGUCAGACACACACAUUUUUGCAUUGUGAGGAACCAGAAUCUCCAAUAAGAAAAGCUGAUUGCAUACUGUUAAGAGGCCUUUGUCCCCCUUUUUAAAAAUUACUUCCAAGGCCCUUGAACUUCUUGUUAUUGCACCUUAAAGAAAAGUUGACUUUCUGGUACUUUAAAAGUAUUUUGUCCCUGAAAAGCUGCUUUUCUGGUAUUCCUGAGUACUCUUCCCAUCUUACACUGGCGUUUAAAGGUCAUCUUGAUAUAUCUUGCAAACUAGCAGGAGUACAUUGCCUUGGUUGCAUUCAGGGCUUGUAUAAACAUGUAGCUUCAGCAGGAGUGGUCAAGAAUAAUAGAGCAGAUGAGGCACUAAUUCAGCUUAGCUCGGUUUCCUAAAGGCAUGUUUUAACUUGGGGUAGCGGUUGUAAUACUGAGGGUGAGCAAACGCACAACUUUUAACAGCCUCAUCUCAUUUCCUUGCUUUACCUGCAAAUCCCAAGGCAAGUCUUUGAAACAGUGUACAGUGUCUGUGUAUGUUUACUCACAUGUAAGCCCUAUUGUGUCCUGUGUAGCUAUGCGUGGGAUUGCACUGCACAUUUGCUAUUGAGCGUUGUCGUAAAGAGGCCAAUUUUUGAUAAAUGUGAUUUUUUUUUUAAAAAAGGUAUGUUCAAAGCAGUAUUAGCAACUGGGAUAGAAAAGCUAGGAGCCAAAUGGCUUCUGGGACCUGGGCUGUGGGCGCCAAAACAGAAUGCCAGGCCGUCACAGGGGGGGUUAGGGUGGUCAGCAACACUUUUUAUUUAUUAAUUUGGUAAGCAUGAAUUAAUCCACAAUACACAUAAGUGACACGUUGUUAAUAUCACAUUUUUAACAGAAAUUGUUCAUGCAUGUUUAAUUUGGUGUUUACAAUAAAAAUAUUGGUACCGUACUUCAGUUUUCAAAACACUCUACUCUUUCUUGUUAUACCCUUUAACAGUGUUUCUCAAACUUGGGUCCCCAGAUGUAUAUUGUCUAUCCUUAACAUAUACUUCGGGCCUUCAGAGCACAUACAUUUCAGUGAUCCUUGAGUGUCAGCCAGAUGCAAAAAAAAUGGUAAAUGGUUAUUAUUAUUACUACAAAGUAGGCUUCACCUGAUCCUGAUGAAGACUCCAUAAAAUGAGAUGCUUCUAAUUUGUCUUGAGGCUCUUGCUAAAUCCAAUUGCCGGCGCUUGGACGUGUUGCGAUAAUACAAUGCAGGGCACGUCCCAGCAUCCAAUCAUACGUGCGAACCUUGGAAAAAGCUGUAUAUGCAGCAACGUGUUGAGGCAGAUAUAAUCAGGACUUCAUAUAGUAAAGCAAUUGUGUUUUGUAUUUGCUUUUCACUUAUACUUAAGUAAUCAUUGAUUAUGGGUGAUUAUUAACUUAAGCUGCUUUGUGCCUGGCAACAGAUUGAAUGGUGGCAUUCAUGAUCGUGGGUAGGAAUGUAUGGAAGACGGUAUGGAAAACAGGGUUGCCAUAUAUCCAGGAAUUCCUGGACAUGUCCCCUUUUGGGGGUCCUAUAUGCCUAUCGGGGGGGGAUUGUACAUUUUAAAGCAAAUGUCCUGGAUUUUGGGUUAAAUAAUAAUUUUUGGGGGGCGUGGGCAGCUCGGUUCAGUCUCUGGGUCUGGUGUGGGCUCGGCGGUGGCUGUGGGGCUAUCAGGCAAUUGCCCUACAAAAGCUCAACAACUUUUUGUGUCUGGAUUUGUACCUUUUGAAAUAUGUCAACCCUAAUGGAAAAUGGGGGAUAUAUAUAUCCUAAACAUAAGGAGAAACUUACUGAAUGAAACUAAGGGCCAAUCCAGUCAACUUUCUGAUCUCAUACUGGCCACUCAGAUACCUAUGGGAAGCCCACAAGACCUCUCUUCUGUUUGUGUUCCAUGGCAAGUCUUUAGAUGACAUAGUAGCCCUCGAUAUAGCCUUCAUAGAUAAAUCCUGUAUGAAUUUAGUAGCCCUCAACAUAGCCUUUAUAGAUAAAUCCUCUAUGAAUUUAUCCUCUAUGAAUGGCUCCAUUUGGAGAACUUUGGAGAAAACUUUGUAGGAUUUUUCUGAAACUUGGAUAUAGCUCAUUUACACCCCAUUAAUAGCAGCCAUUGUAGCAGUUCCAUAGUUUCUGUGCAGAAAUGACACAUGGACUGUAGGCUCCUGACUUCCAGGUUUAUAUUCCUUGUGACAAGAGACCAUUGCUGGGUUGUAAGAUUAGCAUUUCUCUAUCUGUGUAAAUGUUGCCUUCUCAUUGCACUGCUCAACGUGGAUGGAAGAGAUCAAAAGGAUUUCUGCGGACCAAGAAUGCCUUAUUAAUGACCGCAAAUUGACUCCUGAGUAAUGGCCGCUCAUUUUGCACUGCUCAUUAUUAAAAGUAGCUCUCCUUUUUCAAUUAAACUGUUACCCGCUCUGGAACACAGCCCAGGUACCCAAGUGAGGAGUGCGGGAGGGAAGGUUUGGGUUAGCUUUCUCCAACCGGUGCCCUACAAAUGCUUUGGUUCGUUCUUGGCUUCCUGGUUGUGGUUUGUUUGGGAGAAACAAACGAUGGCCCCAGGGUCAGAUGUAACGGCAACCCCUCACUGAGCUACUCCAUGGUUUGUUUCUGGGCUCAACAAUGGGAGGAGCAAAGCACAGACUUGUUGGCUUAGGGACUUCUUGUUACUUUCAGUUGCUGCCAAGGGGUAGCUAUGUGGAAGAACAGCCAAAUCAAUUGUGCAAAAAAGAACAGUAAGUACAUAUGAAGAUCCCUGCUGCAGCAGACAAAAGGCAUGUCUAGUCCAGCAUCCUGUUCUCGGAUGCCUGUGGGAAACCCGCAAGCAAGACUAGAGUUAGAGAGCACCCUCUCCAUUUGUGAUUCUCAGUAAUUGAUGACAUACAGAUGCAUGGUACAAUCUGACAGUGGAGGUAGAACAAAAGUCAUCCUGGCUAGUAGCCAUUGAUAGCUUUAUGAAUUUGUCUAAUCCUCUUUUCUUUUUUUCUUUCAAAACCAAAGAGAAUUACAAGCAUCAAAUUCAAAAUCCAUAUUCGUUUUCUAACAUAAACCUAUUACAUAAUUUACCUAAAUUGAAAUAUACCUAAUUACUCUAAACUUCCCUUUGCUGUAUAUAAAUACAACGCAAUUGGAAAGUUCAUAUUAUAAAUAAUAUUAUAAAUUCCCCUAUACCCCCCACUUCCCUUCACCCAUGCGUGGUCUCCAUUUUUACUUCUUCCGUCUUGUUGUGUUGUUAUAAUUUAAUAAUUGUCCAAUUAAUUCUGUUGUUAUUUUCUUGCUUACCCCUGCACGUUUUACACAUUAUCUAUUUGUAUUUCAAUUCCGGAACCAUCUUUUUUCAUGUAUUCCUUCAUUCCAUCCCUCUUUUUAAUUAUUCUUUGUUUUGAGUGGCCUCUAAUAAUUGCCAUCAAUUUUGCCAUUUCUCCAAACUCACAGUUUGUUUUGCCAUUCUAAUGAUGGGAUUUUCUCCCCCUUCCAAUUCCUUGCAAUCAAUAUUCUGGUUGCUGCUGUUACAUAGAGGAAUACAUUUUUCUUGUCUAAUCCUCUUUUUAAGCCAUGCGAGUUGGUGACCAUAUUCUACAUGGUGAAUGAAAUGGCAUAGAGUUUUGGGGGUGGUGUUUUGUUUUUGUUUUUUUUGAUGGGGUAGGGAAGUAUUAUAUAGUUUUUGGCACCCUGCGGAGGGUUAUCUAUGAGCCCAGAUAAGUAGGAGAGUUUUAAUUAGGGUGGCUAUUCUAAUCCAGCAGAAACUAGGCUGGAAGUGAAGAAACAAUUUCUGGAGUUCUGAGAAGGCCCAUUCGAGACUUGCUUGGAUUGAUGGGUAUCUAUUUCGGGCCUUGGCUUAAGAGUGUCUGAAAAGAGCAUAGUAGGCACUUCUAAGUUGGUGUGUUGUAAACCGAUUCUCUCGAGCUGCUGCAGCUGAAACGAUAGAUCGUAUUUAUGAUGAUUUCCAACGGGCUGUUUUAACAAUGUCUGUCUUGUAUAUGAAGAAGGAGGUCUGCCAAGUGUGAGGCUUAAAACGUAAUUACAAUUUUAGAGUAAAAUGAAAGGCGGCUAGGGUGGCGGAGUGAGGAAUAUGUGUAACAAUGCUCAGUUCCAUUAAAAUACUAGGUCCUCAGGAGAAACUUGGAACAGGUAAUUUCAGAAUCAGUUUUAUUCACUUGAGAAAUAGACAAGUAAGUGGGCUGACUAGAUAAUUCAGGUGUUGUUGUUGUUGUUGCUAUAUCCUUAAAGAAACAUGGCAGUUUUUCAAAAAAAAGUUUCAGAAGGCUUUCUUAGCAACCUGCCUGAUGUGGUAACACCAGUUGAAAUGAAGUUAGGAAGGCAUGGAGUAAAAUUAAUUAAGUCUUUGUUUGUUUUGCCCAUCGUAGCCAGUGGCGUAGCGUGGGGGGUGCAGGGGGGGCCGGCCGCACCGGGCGCAACAUCUGGGGGGGGGGCGCGCUCGCACUCGCAGCUCUCUGCCCCUACCUGGCUCACUCACUCUCUCUCACUGCAGUGCUGGCUGUGCGAAUCCGAUCCGAGCCGCUGGGUCGCCGCCCACUGUGGAGGGGGUGGGUGCCAGGCGUGCGGUGCGGAGAGAGAGCGAGGGACUAUCUGGGGGAGGGACAGUGCAGCCGCCGCCCAGCGCAGCGCUGAGCGCGGGAGAGAACCACACCAGACCAGCCCAGGCAGCAGCAAGAAGAAGCUGGCAGCGGCGGCAGGUUAGGGGUUAGGGGGCGCAAAUUACUUGCCUUGCCCCAGGUUAGGGGGCGCAAAUUACUUGCCUUGCCCCGGGUGCUGACAACCCACGCUACGGCGCUGAUCAUAGCUGGGGCUGAUGGGAGUUGUAGUCCAAAACAUGAGGAGGGGAACCAGGUUUGCCAAAGGCGGAUGUAGACUAGACAGUGUGCAGUUAACGCUGUUACCCAGUUUUCUUCUAACUUCUCUCUAGAUCCUGACAGAAGAACUAGCUGUUAGGGCGGACUUGCUUCCUGACAGAAAUGUGCUUUUGAAUGCAGUUGGAAACCUGUUUAUUUCAAUAACUCUGGCUGUUCUGCCUUACCCAUAAUUCCUUCACUUUGAUUGCCGAGGUUAUUAUAGGACAAGAGCGCCUUUGUAGCAGGGUGCAUGGAGCACUCUGAGGCCUAGCGUGACUAGCAGAUAUAAACUGUAUGGAAGCAAUUAAAGUAGAAGGAAAUGUCAUACAGGCGGAAUUUAAAUGUACAGGCUUGUGGCAUUGAUUCCCUCCCUCCUCGUUUUUAUAGAAGGAGAUAAUGACUAUUUUUUUUUUUUAAUGUUCCAUCCAAACUGAUCAAAUAUUAUGCCGUUCUCAUAGAAUAUCCAGUAAGAUAAUUCCCUGGAGCGAUUAUAUUUAUCCUGAAAUGAAUGAAGAAUGGCAAUAGAAAGAGUAAAAAGAGGGAGGGAGGGAUCUUUGAAGAAAAUAACAAGAAGAGGGAAAAGUCCUUCAGCCUAGCAGCUAUGGGGAAUUCUCACAGAAUUCCUUGUUAUAUUCUUCGAGCCUAGGUCAGAUCCUGAUUCCAUCUUUACUUUGCUUUUACAUACUGGGGAGGCUGCUUUUAAAGGAGUCAGAGGACUGCAUUACCUCAUGGGCUUCCUUCUGGGGUGGCAUGCCAGGGGUAGGUGAGCCCCAGAGGCAAAGUGGGGCAGAGCAAUACUCUUAGCUUUGCACAAUGGACUACAUUCUAGCCACGCAAAACUCAGAGAUUUCUAGGCACCUAGACUCAGGCACAUCUCUCCAUCCCGGCAAGCAAAGUGUGUUAUCACAGUUUGAAGACACAUUUCAGCCAGGCAAAGUUCUCAAAGGGGAGCAGAGCUGAAGAGAAGGCAUGACCUGGAGUUCGACAGAGAGAAUAAUAGAACUGUAAUCUUGUGGUCAACUAAUGCGCCUCGCUCCCAAGUCAUCUCUUGUUUCUGAUUCAAAGCGAUUUGUGGUUCCGUUCAUUCUUUACCCCCAGUGGAUCAGCAAAUACCUGUGCCCUCGGAUGAAGGAGUUUUGAUACUCUAGUUUUGACAGACCUAUAUUAGAGCAUGAACUUGUGCAACUGGAAUUGGUAAAGGAAGCAGCUACCCAGUCUUAUUUAAGAAAAACAAAUCUGCAUGCAGUGACAACCUCCUGAGGAGAAACCUCUGAAGAGCUAAGACUGUGUAUAAUAUGCUCUGGGUGGGUGUGGGUUAGUGGAGAGCAAGGCAGAGAUUCUCAGAGUUCCAGGAAGUUGAUCCCAUAUUGAACUUGAGGCUUUAAUCUCUGGAUAAACUUCUCUAGUACAGUACAGUUGUUCCUUGGUUCUCAAACGGAAUCCGUUCUGGAAGUCUGUUCGACUUCCAAAAAUGUUCAAAAACCAAGGCGCGGCUUCUGAUUGGCUGCAGGAGCUUCCUGCACUCAAUCAGAAGCCGUGGGAGCUGCGUCAGACGUUCGGCUUCCAAAAAGCAUUCACAAACCAGAACACUUCCGGGUUUGCGACGUUCAGGAGCCAAAGCAUUUGAGUCACCAAGGCUUGAGUGAACCAAUGUACGACUGUACUGGUUUUGCUUUUGGGUGAAAGUAUUGACACCAGAAAAUUAAUUAUAAUUUCCCACAAGCCCUUCUGUUUGGUUAGAGUUGGGACAGUUGCAUCACGGCUGCACUAUUGCAAGAUGGCCUCUGUCUCCAGCCAUGUUUGAGUUAGUGGGGAAAGAGGAUGUGAGGGUCUGCAGAAAGGCUAAGAGGGCUUCAGAUUAGCAGCAGCUGCUGUAGCCCAGAUCUUUCACAUGUUGGAAAUUGCUGGCUCCUGCAAGUGUUAAAGAGUUUGCAUGAUUCACCCAAAGGAGGAAUCCUAAGUGUGUUUUACUCUGAAAUUGACUCCACUGGGCUAAAUCGUACUUGCUUUCAAUAAGGAGGCAACAGGGUAAGUGGAACCUCAGAAACAAUUAGCACUGUGAAGAAUAAGAUCUUUUGUACAGAAACUCCCACACUAGAUUUCUGGUCCUCUUGGCUUGGAAAUGUUGACCUUUAACAAUAUUCUCAGACAACGGUUCACAGUUCAAACCAUUCAGCACCGGCUAUGCAAUGGUGUAACUUCAUUUAUUGCUGGUGAGGCCAGCUCUGUCUUCCAUAAUAAGUUUUACGUAAGUAAUGUGAGAGACCAAGGCUCUGCAAAAGGCAAUCCCAGUAAAGAUAUGUUUUACAGAUCCUUUGUGUUAGGACAAUUUGUAAAAGGCCAUCAAACCUCAAGGUUCCCCCACCACUGUUGUACAGGAUCAGGCUUGUCUUGACGCAGAGUUGUGGUUUUAGGUUGCUAUCCUUAUUCGUUUACACAAUGGGACUUCAAUCAAUCAUUUUAUUUGUAUGCCACCUUUCCCAAGUUAAAACCAUUCUCAAGGUGGCUUACAACAAUAUUACAAAAGUAGUCAUAAACAAAACAUCAGCUAGUACACAACAAAACAGAGCAAUUUCCACAUAAAUCAUGAUACAAAAAAGUAACAUCAACAACUCCCCCCCAACAAACCCCCACUAAUCAAUACCCCAGUCCAAGAUUUUGUUCAACUUUUGUAGUCUCAGCUUUUGUAGUUGGAGUCAGUGAGGGCCCCUGCUUAGGCCAGGUGGAAAAAGAUAUGCAAGGCAGGGAGCAGGUCUUCCAGGACUAACAGGUGGACUUACUUCUGAACAGACAUGUAUUGGACUGUAAUGUAAACCUUUUAACCAUAUGCAACUUCGUUAAGACACUUCUUUAUGCUCAUGUGAAUGAUAGGCUUUGAAAUAGCAUACAAAACACCAACUGUGUCAAAUGCAGAUCUUUUACUACAGCAGAACACUUCUCAAUAUGCAUUCUUGUUGUGUCUCUUGUUGCUGUUAAAAGUAAUAUUAAAAUGCUUAAAAAAAAAAUAAAGCAGGGGGAAAAAUAGAUCCUUGACAGAAUCUUGUAGCUUUGCCAACCUUGAAAAACCUGUACGUUAUAAUGCAGUUUCUGUCUUAAAAACAAUGGCUGCCAAACAGAGAUAAGCUUUUAACAGUUUUUACUGCCUCUUGUUUAGUUUUGGUAAUGUUUGCUACACAAUAAAUCUACUGGAAUGUUCAGCUGGAAAAAAUGAAACAUUAUCCCUAACAAAAGCAGAAGAUCGUAUUUGUGAUUCCCGAUGUUUUCAGGGUGAAGAUUCAGAAAGAAUCUCUUGCUAAUAUUUCCCCCUAAAAAAGGUCUGCAAGCAGAUCCAAUUUAAGCCCUCCCAAACAUCCACAAAACCUUUCUAAGCAAUCUUCUUUAAAGCUGUGAGUUUCUAUUACUUAUCAUUGCUUAGAACUUUUCAUUAAUCCCCCCCCCCCCCUUGCAGGCCACUGUAUGUAUUCCUCAGUACUUGUGAGCAGCUUUUAAAAAAACAUCUUCAGAAUGUUUAGAGUUAAGUCUGGGAGUCUUGGUUUGAAAGCCAUUCUGAUUUUUUUCCGUCAAGGCCUUCUCAGAGAAUUGUAAGCUCAAGGAGCAUUGACGUCACCCCAACAAGAGAGUCUGUUGCAUCUGAAUCAGUAGGAAUAUUGUGUACAGCAAGAUAACUGGUGUCUUAUACCCGGAGGAGUUGUUCUUUAUUGUUCCUUGCCUUAAAUUUAAAUAUUCUGUCAGGAUAUGUGAUAUGUUUAAGGCAUCACGUGAUAAAGCGAGUUUCUGAAACCUUUACUGGCUUCUCACUUAUUCAUUAGCAAGACGACUUACUUUUCAAAACAAGUUAAACUGAGAAUGUUUUGGGGCCAUUUCUUAGACUGCCUCCACCAAGCAAAUAAGCACUUACAGAGAGCAAGUCUUAACUGUGUUGCCAGCCCAACGUCACAGUGAAAAAUACUGCAUUAGCACUGCAAUGGCAUUAUGAUAACACUACAGGCAAAUAUGCCAGAACAAAUGUGCAGAGCUGAUUAAAAAAAAAUGUCAGUAGGGGGCCUUUGUUAGCUCAGUGGUUUAAUUCCCCCAGUUGUUGGUGGUUCAAAAAGGCACUGGAAAAUAGCAAAAGCAUGCAAUAAAAUAUACUGCCUGACAAAUUACUUGCGUAGGCUUUAAACUUUCAUUUAUCAUACCUACAAUCUUAUGAAAGUACUGCUAAAAGCUCUGCUGGAGAAUUUCCUGGUACAAAGGAGGAUUAAUAUUAAUUAUAAAAGGAUUGUGCUGUUUUAAAAAACAGGAUGAAGUUUUAUAGUCUUCUGCGCACAGUCUUCUUCUUUUUAAUUUAUCUUUUUAAAUGCAUGUGUGUGCCACAUUCCAUCCUAUCCGUAUUCUCUUGGCUGUUAUCCUCUUUUUAGACAAGCCAGUCUUCUUCAGAAACGUAAUUACAAAAGGGUGGGUUGAGCCGGAUGAGAGUUCAAGUCCGAAACAUCUGGAGGGCACCAGCUGGAGGAGGCUGGUGUAAAUCAUGAGUGUGAAUGAGGACCACUUGUUAAGUUUGGAAGACUUGGGCACAUUCUUAAGAGGAAUUCCCAUAUACAGGGAGAGUCCUUUAAAAGAGGCCCCGUGCAUACAGAGUACACAUGUUCCUUUUAAAAGACCCACCCUGUAUAAAGAUCUGUGAAAAUGUUGGGUCAGAACAAAAAUCAAGAUGUGUAUUUAAGGGUGAAGGUAUAUGUAGGCAACCAGUCUAAAACUGGUUGUAGAGUACUUUGCCUUUCCUAGAAGAUUCUGCUCUUUGAGAAAUUAUUUGCAAGGUAUCUCAGCCUAGCCCCUUUAAAUAUACUGCAACAAGCUAGGGAACAAUUGGCUUUAACUGUGGGGGAAUGGAUGCUCAGCAGUUGCUCCUGCAACUCAAGUAACAAGGCCUUAGAAAAGAAGACCUGAAGGUCAAGAGAUCUAUUUAAGGCACCUGAAUUGAAUAACUUUAAAGCUUGCCUCACGGAACGUGUGUGAUGCUGACCUGCAACACUUGCUUAGCAUAAUCUGCAAAGCAGCAGUUGUGUUUCCUUCCCGCGUGCUGAAAAUGUAUUGGGAAGAAAGAUUCCCAGUGUGUAAAUAAUGACUCAAUAGCUCUCCUAUUCAGAACGAGGGGAAAUUAAAGAAGGCACAAGAGAUUUGCAGUCCACAUGAAGCCGAGGUAUGGCUGGGGCCUGAGAUCAUAGAAGUGGAUCUUGUUGAUAAGGCAGGAGAGCUGAAAAUAAUGCCAAUUUAUUUCACAUUUGGCAACCAAUGUGCCACUUGGGUUUCAGAUAGUACAUGGGUAGACGAGUCUAAAUAGUCCGGGACACAAAUUUUCAUGGCCCUCUAGUGACUACGGUGGCUCAUUUACCAGAAGUAAUGUGUUUAGUGUUAACUCUGGAAGUGUAUACUCAAUUCUGACCAAAUUAAGCCUCCUUGAGCAAAAUAUACACCAGGAGGCUUAGUUUGGUCAGAAUCGAGUGCACACUUCCAGAGUUAACACUAAAUACAUUACUUCUGGUAUUUGAGCCACCAUUGUCGCAAGAGGGCUGUGAAUUUUUUUGCCCUGGGCUUUUUAGACUCGUCUAGCCUCGGACUUGCUGAUCAGAAGGUCAGCGGUUCGAAUCCCCGUGACAGGGGUGAGCUCCCGUUGCUCGGUCCCUGCUCCUGCCAACCUAGGAGUUUGAAAGCACGUCAAGUGCAAGUAGAUAAAUAGGUACCGCUCCGGCAGGAAGGUAAAUGGCAUUUCCGUGUGCUGAUCUGGUUUGCCAGAAGCGGCUUAGUCAUGCUGGCCACAUGACCCGGAAGCUGUACGCCGGCUCCCUCAGCCAAUAAAGCGAGAUGAGUGCCACAACCCCAGAGUCGGUCAUGACUGGACUUAAUGGUCAGGGGUCCCUUUACUUUUUUACAUGUACUAUCUGUAACCAAAGCAUGUAUUGGUUGCCAGAUGGAAGCCACAAGAUGCGUAUGCUAGUCCAUUGAGACCUGCAGUGCUCUUCCUGGGAACUGGGGAUUGACUGGUUAAAAUGUGCAUGUAAACGAGACGCUGCAUUAUGUAUAAGGUUUCUGUUUGCCAGGUUCCCUGUAAUCAUCAUAGCACUGUGGAGGAAUGGUGAAGAGAGGUGCUGGAUUUGUGCCAACAGCAUGUUGAAACAGAAGUCCAGGAAUGUGGAGAGUUUAAUGGCAGGCCACUAGCUCUUAGCGCAUUAUAAUCUGUGAGUGCCCCUGCAAAUUUGGAUGCUGUAUGUCUGUCUCUCUCUCUCUCUCUCUCUCUCUCUCUGUGUGUGUGUGUGUGUGUGUGUGUGUGUGUGGUGUGGUCGGGGAAGGCAAGGAGAUCUUAAAAAUUCUUCUGCUUUCACACGGAACCCCAAUGAACAAAGACCAGGUUGCUGUUGUGAUAGCAAAUCCCCUUGAGUGACGGAUUCGACUGAUCUCAAGAUAAAUUGUCCACGUAAUUAUAAAACACUAAAGUACGUUUGAACUGAAACUUGUUGGAAAGCUAUCCCCUUGCCCCAUUUCAUAACCAUUACCAAAGUGUUCUGCAAAUCUUGUGUCGGCAACGUGCAGGGAAUAUGAGAGGGAACGCUUGAGUCAUAACAUGAAGUCUAGAUUAAGUGUUUGAUAGGCGAAGCUGCGCUGUGUACAGCAAACAAGACGUUUCUCCAACAGUUUUGCUGUGCAUUUCAAGCUGGAGUGCGUUCAGAGACCAAGAGUCUCAUUUCAAAUAAUGGAGGGAGGAGAGAAGUCAGCCAUAUAAUACAUUAAUAGUUAACAUGUGGAACUCAAAAAACAAUGGAUUUUCAAUAGGGUAGCCGCUUUUGCAUUGCCAAGCAAGAGAACAAAAGAGGGCACAGAUUUGCAUAAAAUGUGUGUGUGCUAAAUCUAAAAUGCGCAGGCGAAACAUUAUUAGGAUUUAAUUAGAAAGAUGAUGCAUCUCACCACCAUAAUGGGGAAUACUGUGUAUUAGUAGGCAACGUGCUGCUCUGUCUACUGUGCGUGAUAGGCAAGGCCUUUGCCUCUUUCUCUUAUGCAUAUGUUUAAACAGGACUUGUGCUAGGCAGUCCUUCAGACAGAGGACUGUCCUCUGUAAAGCAGGACACAUGGCCACUCGUAAUUUUAAAAAGCAUUUUUAUGCACUUCUGUGCUUCAUAAUUAUUAUUUAUUUGUUGAAUUGGUUUGUUGAAUUUAUUCUCUGCCCUUCUCCCCUAAGGAGCCCCAAACAGCAAGCAGACCCACAACUUAAAAAACAAAGCAAAACAUUCUGAAACAGUGAAGAACAUUCCAAAAGCAGUUUCAGUGGAAAACAUUACUCCAUGCAAUGAUAACAGGGUUGCCAGAAGCAGUCCUACAGCAGUGUUUCCAGUGCAAGAUAAUGAGGCACACUUCUCUUAAGCAGAAUUUGGUGGUGCUCCUCAGCUGAUGGAAAGUGCCAUGAUCUCUAGUGGAAGAUUCUGUCAGUGAAAUGGGGAGAGAAUUCUGUCUGACUCUCUCUGCCCCUCAUCUCCUUCCUCCAAUUAUUCUGAAAGGGGUUGGAUGACCUUUUGAAAACAGCAUGGAAGGUGGUUUGGGUGGGGAAAGGGGGAAUUGAUGAAGAUUGUCUCCUUUUCUUUCCCAAAUGGAAGCCUCUGCUACAUCCAAAAGUCUUCCCACUGUGGAGGAGACACCACUGGAUAGAACCCAAGGAUUUGUGCAUAUCUAACAUAUGAGCGAGAAAGCUAGAGAGAUGGACAGUGUUCUCAAAGCUACUAACAUGAGUUUGACCAAACUGCGGGAGGCAAUGGAAGACAGGAGUGCCUUGCGUGCUCUGGUCCAUGGGGUCAUGAAGAGUCAGACAUGACUAAACAACAACAACAUAUGAGCCCACUUAACGUAUAAUAGCUGCCCAACCACCACACACCACACUGGGUGGUUUUCCAAAGGGAGCAGGUGAUCUCUUGCGAGUUCCCUGCUCCUUUCUUAGCCAGUGUUCUUGUACAAGUUUGGCCUCUGCUGUAUUGAUGGAACAAACUCGGUGGAAGCUUCUGCAGCGAAGGCACCGCAAAAAGAAUAUGUGGUUUAAAAUAAAAAUGCACGGAAUGCCUACAAGGUUGUCAUUUUUAUCCAUUUGAAGAACACGCACACAGAUCAGUGUGUUCUGCAUAUAUAUGGGCAGUUCUAGCAAAGGCAAAAGCGGCCAAUUCUAAGUGGACGUCUUGCCCGCUGAGGAUGUUAUCUCAUAUACAUUUCCUCUUUGUAUCAGGAUGGCUGCUAUUAUAACAAUAUUGUUAUCGGGCUUCUCUCUCUUUAUCUCCGCAAAACACAGAUGUCUGGUUCAUUUUCCUAGGAAAAACAGGAUGCUAUAAAGCACCCCAAGUGACAAUGGCUGUUACUGACAGUAAUAUUUCUAAAAGUACCAAACAAUGAGGGAAUGAAAGUAGCCUAAUCAUAAUACGCAACGAUGCAGUGGCCUCCUUUUUCUCCAUGUGUUUUCUGAACACUUGUUAUUAUUAAAAUUUAUUAGCCGCCCUUCACACCUAAGGCAGGGGUCAGCAAACUUUUUCAGCAGGGGGCCGGUCCACUGUCCCUCAGACCUUGUGGGGGGCCGGAUUAUAUUUUUUUGGGGGGGAAUGAAUGCUUAUGCCCCACAAAUAACCCAGAAAUGCAUAUUAAACAAAAGGACACAUUCUAUUUAUGUAAAAGCACCAGGCAGGCCCCACAAAUAACCCAGAGAUGCAUUUUAAAUAAAAGGACACAUUCUACUCAUGUAAAAACACGCUGAUUCCCGGACCGUCCGUGGGCCAGAUUUAGAAGGCGAUUGGGCCAGUUUGCCUACCCAUGCACUAAGGCCUCAGGGCAGGUUACAAUAAUUAAAACACAACUUGAAUAUUAAAACACAUCAUUAGAACAACUUAAAAUGCAAAUAUUUAUCCUCGGUGCAGCUCUCUGGUUUUGUUCCGCUUUAAAAUGUAUUGCAUAAAGGCAAUAAGAACUAGCAGCAAAUGGGUGAAAAUGAAAUAUACUUGUGGUUCCUGAUGCAGUUCUGUCUUUGAAAUGUGGCUGAUCUCGGCUUGGCCACAGCUAAGAAGGGAGGCCUGUUUUGCCUGCCUUGGAACAAGUUUUCUGCUCUAUCAUUGGCUAAGCUGUGUCGAUAUUAUGGUUUGCCUAUGAAUAUUCUGAAGGGACAGCCGUGUGGACGGAAUGUUGACAGACAAUGCAGGUUCUGUGAGGGAAGGGGAAAGGUCUGUUUGGCUGGAGAUGGAUGGUAUGUAACUAAAUUUUACUCAGAGCAGACCCACUGAAAUUAAUGGACCUAACUUAGAUGUGCCUGUGAAUUUCAAUGGAUCUACUCUUGAGUAAAACUUAAUUGAAUGCCACCCAGAGUUUCUGGAAAAGAAUGGCUGUAAGCUACUGACAGGAACUGGAAGCAGGCAGAGAUGCUGACGCAGAUGAGGGCUGAGGGUUGAGGAAACAGGGAGGGCUCAAGUGCUGGGCAAAACUGACAAUAGUCUUGACUAGCACCGGCCCAAUGGGAAUAGAGAGGUAAAGCAGGCAGAGGGCCGAUAUAAAGACAAACAGAGGAAACAAAGAACUGAGGAAACCAAGGGCUAAUGGAAAACAGGAGCUGUGGGAAAGCCCCUCACAGAGCUAGAGGCAGGAAGUGUCAUGUGCUUUGAGUGUAGAGCAGGUGAGACAGGUAAGGCAAGGCUAAGGGACAGAAGGUCAGGGAGGUCCUACCUGAAGGAAUGACGUUGAAGAUCCAUUGAGCUAACAAGCCAGAUUCUAAGUCGUACCUAUCUAGAGUAUGAGUCGGGGAAACUUCAGGCUUGUGAGGUCUACUUUGUUUCACAGCUAUCACCUGGUGGAAAAGGCUUACCUUAGAAUAAAAGGAUUGUAAGUCCAGGAAUUAGACUUUUUGAGUGCCAUGAGUUCACAGUUCUUCCACACACAAAAACACUCUCCUGGUUAUUCCCCUGAGCUUUCUUAAUUUUGGCAAGGAGGGUUAUUUAGCUGCCACCAUUGUUCAAAGUGAGGAAAGCCUUGCUGAUCUACUGCAAACCACCUGGAGAUAUGCCAGCAGAUCCAGACCUACCUACUGCCCACCCUUUAGUGAGAAUACCCAGGGACAUUCAUCAGAUGUUUUUGUUGGCUCUAAGUAAUGGCAUUGCAAAUUGUUUAACCAGUUGGUUUCUGCCACUGAAUCUAAAAUUUGAAGCCACCUUUUUAAGGUUUGUCAGAUUCGCUCGGGAAUUGAAAUGCCAUUCUGUAGCUCUGUGGAUGCUUUGUGUGUAUUUGUGUGUUGUUGAGUAAACAUCAAUACACACAGAGUGUUUCCUUACUGUGGUGCAAAGAAAUGUGUCUUUGCCAAAGUCUUAUUGGUGUUUCAGACUAGGCAGUCUCAAAUCAGUUGUGUGCUUGGUUUUGCACAGCUGUGUAUCGAUGUGCUUCUCUACAGGUGCUCUCAAUAUGAAUAAUGUAAUACAUUUUGGUCUCAAAUAGUAUCGUGCACACACACACAAUCUACACCGUCACAAAGGUUGUAUCCAAUGAAACAAUCUAAUUCACACAGCAGUGUUUCCCCUCCCUCUCCUCUCCUCAUGCUGCCCCCCCAUCUGCUCCAGAAAGUUUGGGUUAAACCCAGAAAAUAUUUUGGGGGUGAGCACACAGGGAGAGAAGACAGAGAGGGACACCCAUUGUGCAAGCAGAAGUCCUUGAACUUCUAGGAUGCCUUCAUUUUAUAUACAACCCAAAAAUGCCCUCCUUUGGAGGCAAGUCCCUGUCAUGGACUGGCUGGUUGCAGAGGAGUGGUGGGGUGGGGUACCAGCUGGGGAACCCCCAGGGGAAGAAGGCUCAGAGCCAGGGAAUUGGUGGUGGGACCACGAUGAGAGGGAGAAGACCGGGAGGAGGAGCUGUCAGAAGCUGAAGAGGCAACAGGAUUUAGUGAGCAGGAAGAGGCUGUGGCAGAGGGCUGUCCAGAUUUAGAGGCAGGAGAGGAGGCAGGCCAGGAGGCAGAGAUGAGGCAGGCUGCUGAAGAAGCCAGGGAAUUUCUCCCUCCUGCUGUGACCAGCUCCCCUGGUCUCCCAGAACACACACAGAAAUGAAGAAGGUGGAGCAAAGAGAGAAAAGACACAGAGCAUUAGGCUGCCAGGGAAGGAGAGCAGUGGAAGACAGGGACCUUAGGCCUUGAAACUGUCUCAUGGGGGCAAGACCUACUGGGAAGAGUUGCUGGGAUCGCUAGGGUUUCUUUGAAUAAAGAGUUCACUUCACUGACACUGGGUGUUUUAUUGCUGACCUGUUCCUGACUCCGACUGCUGACAGCCCCCCUGCACUUGGUGGGAUUCCUUCUGGAAAAAUACAGAUCGGGUAAGUCUGCACAUGGAAAAGACUCUUCUAACAAAGAUGUUGCGUUUUCCUGCUUCAAACAGCCUGUUGUCGGAGAUGUGAAGAAACUCUCUUUAUCCAUUUAGUCUUUGGGAGUUUGCACAUCUCUAGCUAGCAUUUGAACUGAGGGCAGAUUUACUGGUUUCAGCAAACAUUCUUCCAGUGCAAUGCAAGGUGGUGUGGUGUAAUUUGAGUGGCAGCGUCAGGAGCAGCUGCCCUGGACGCAAACGAAUAAAAGUUGCCUUUAAGGUGAUACUGGGGAAGGAGGAGGAAAGCUGGGGAAUCUGAAGCUUUCUCAUUUAAAUAAAAAAUUUAAUGUUCUUUUUUAGGUGUGGUGUACAGUAUAGGCAGUUGCCAUGCUGAAUAAGGGUGCUGAAUAUAAAAGAUUGGGUGAAAUUCUUGAAUCAGCAAGGCAUUCGACAAGGUGCCCCAUGAUAUUCUUGUAAAGAAGCUGGUAAAAUGCGGUCUUGACUAUGCUACCACGCAGUGGAUUUGUAACUGGCUGACUGACCGAACCCAAAGGGUGCUCAUCAAUGGUUCCUCGUCAUCCUGGAGAAGAGUGACUAGUGGGGUGCCACAGGGUUCUGUCUUGGGCCCGGUCUUAUUCAACAUCUUUAUCAACGACUUGGAUGAUGGACUCAAGGGCAUCCUGAUCAAAUUUGCAGAUGACACCAAACUGGGAGGGGUGGCUAACACCCCAGAGGACAGGAUCACACUUCAAAACGACCUUGACAGAUUAGAGAACUGGGCCAAAACAAACAAGAUGAAUUUUAACAGGGAGAAAUGUAAAGUAUUGCACUUGGGCAAAAAAAAUGAGAGGCACAAAUACAAGAUGGGUGACACCUGGCUUGAGAGCAGUACAUGUGAAAAGGAUCUAGGAGUCUUGGUUGACCACAGACUUGACAUGAGCCAACAGUGUGACGCGGCAGCUAAAAAAGCCAAUGCAAUUCUGGGCUGCAUCAAUAGGAGUAUAGCAUCUAGAUCAAGGGAAGUAAUAGUGCCACUGUAUUCUGCUCUGGUCAGACCUCACCUGGAGUACUGUGUCCAGUUCUGGGCACCACAGUUCAAGAAGGACACUGACAAACUGGAACGUGUCCAGAGGAGGGCAACCAAAAUGGUCAAAGGCCUGGAAACGAUGCCUUAUGAGGAACGGCUAAGGGAGCUGGGCAUGUUUAGCCUGGAGAAGAGGAGGUUAAGGGGUGAUAUGAUAGCCAUGUUCAAAUAUAUAAAAGGAUGUCACAUAGAGGAGGGAGAAAGGUUGUUUUCUGCUGCUCCAGAGAAGCAGACACGGAGCAAUGGAUCCAAACUACAAGAAAGAAGAUUCUACCUAAACAUUAGGAAGAACUUCCUGACAGUAAGAGCUGUUCGACAGUGGAAUUUGCUGCCAAGGAGUGUGGUGGAGUCUCCUUCUUUGGAGGUCUUUAAGCAGAGGCUUGACAACCAUAUGUCAGGAGUGCUCUGAUGGUGUUUCCUGCUUGGCAGGGGGUUGGACUCGAUGGCCCUUGUGGUCUCUUCCAAUUCUAUGAUUCUAUGAUUCUAUGAUUCAUCAUAGAAUUGUAAAGUUCAUUGUAGAAUCACGAGAGUUUGGAAACCCCUGAUGAUUCUUUGCUGGUUUGUGCUUAAAGCACUAAAUAUUUUGCAAUUGGGCAACUAUUGGUCCGAUGUCAAAGCACUUUCACACCCAGUUGUGGCAGGGAAGCACCAUUAUUGCCUCAGUGCAUCCUUCUGUAGUAAUACUUACUGUAUUAAGAAGAUUGCACAAGCCACUUAAUUGCAGGCAGCGGUAGCCAAUGCCACUGCUCCGUUAGCCCAAAGAUGCUUCGGCUACAGAAAUUCCCCGCCCUCUCCUCCCUUUGUGCACACCCUGUGCCCUCCCCGUAUAUGCUGUGGAGGGCUGGGGAAAACCCCCAGAACAGAUUUAGUGGGGUGCACGGAGGGAGGAGAGCAGUUCCAUGGCAUAUGUGGAGCAAUAUAAAACAAUUAUUGACACACAAAUAAAAUCAGCUGUGUUUAAAAACAGAGAAUGCAUCACUGGUUUACAUGUUUACGGGCUUGCUAAAACGAAAUGAUUUUUAGGCUCCUGGAACGGCACCACAAGGGUGCCUCCCUCAUGUUAAUAGACAGGGAGUUCCAAAGCACACGGAAAGCUUGAUGUCUCACAGAUGUGGAGCGAACGUCAUAGGGUGUUUGCAAGAGUGCAAGCUCCGUGAGUUGAAAUGGUCAGAUUGCCCCAUAUUGGGCAAAGUGAUCCCGCACAUCAACUGGUUCCAAGGUGUUAAGGGAUUUAAGUGCCAACAAGAAACCUUCGACUUGGCCUGAUGGGAAAAUGACAGCCAGUACAGAUCUUUGUGCAGAGGUGUAAUAUGCUGUUUGCAGUUGUACUGCAGCUUCCAGACCCAACUGCAAAGGAGCUAUAAAAAAAAGACACACCAACUAAUGGAAGAAUGCUUUCGUUACUAUAUUUUUAAAAUUUCAUUUCUUGCCGGCAAAUGCUGGCAAAUUUUCCUGGAAGACACACGGCCACACAUGUUUUCCUGCUGGUGUGCAAGCUUUAUGUAUGCAAGAAGAUCUUGAUGUGGCCACUUUUCCAAGCAAAUGGUCGCCAGGGUGCAUUUCCAGGUGGGACAGUGGCAAGGCAAGGUCCUCUGUGCCUGCGUGAAAUUGGGUUGACUCACAGGGAAGCCUGGAGCUGAUGGUACUUGUAGUUCAAAAAUACUUAGCACCAAGUUGGGCAAGGCUGUUCUAAGUGAACAAAACAGGAUACAGGAAAUAAUGUUCCAACUUAAACUGAAUCUUUGGAAAGUCCAGUUCCUAAAGACCAAUGCAGUACAUGUGCAACAAGACAUGGGCAGUAAUUAACUAUACCUACUUGAAAGCACAAAUAUUUGGGUGGUUGUUGCCAUGGGUUAUUGAAACUAUUUAAAAUAGCAUGUGAACAAGUCUCUGUAUUUCAAAAAAAUGCCUUAAAUAUGUCCAAAUCUUCAGCUGUGGACUGUGUGUGCGUGUGUGUGUGUGUGUGUGAGAGAGAGAGAUGUUAUAUAUAGAUAUUUUAUCUCUUAACAUAUGCAUAAAAUGCCAGUUAUUGUUCCACACCCCUGACAAAGUAAACCAGAAAAACUGCAUAAUAUAAUGCCGCCUGUGUGGAAUAUGUUUUAAAUAAAAGUUCACUUCCGACUUCAUCUGUAAUGUAGGUCAUGGCCUCAAGGGUACAGAAAUGAUAUAGAUUGGAGGUCAUGGCACUCUAACAGCUUGAAAAAGAGAGACUUUAUAUUCUUAACCCGGCUUGGCAAAGGCAAAUUGCCCUUCCUUUAAACAAACAAACAAAAAAACCAAUAGCAGAAUGGCUCGUAGAAUGGCUGCUCUGUGUUGAUCUGUUAGAAAUUAUUAUUAAAAGUAAUUUAUAACCUGAUGUUCAUUUAUACGGAUACCAGGGCGGAAGUAUUACAUUUACUAUUUAGUAUUCGACAUAAUGCUGAUGAGCAGAGGUGAGCCGAGGCAAAAGUAGGUGGGGACAACUCAGAGGUUUCCUCACAUGCACCCUCCAUCCUCCAGCCAAGGAAGCAAGGGGUGCUAUUGCAGUUAGGCACAUUUCAGCCAGGCGAAAGCUCUUAAGGAGGGCAUGGAGUAAGUUUGGUUGGGGGUGGGGGGAAAGGUGCAGCCUGAGGUGUGGUCACAUAGGCCUGGAGGGCUGCCUUUGGCCCUCAGGCACGAACGCCUUCAUCCCUCCUUUAGAGCAUUUGCAGAACUUCACAUACAUUAUUAUCUCAGCAAUCUGUAUAUAACCAGGUCAGUGUGACUAUAGAUUGCAGGAGGUGAGGUGUGAUGGGAAAGAGAGAGAGAGACUGACCUCCAAAUGACAGAGGUGAGAUUUAAACCAGAUCAGUCUUUUGGAUCCUGCCCUCAAUUACCAUGGCAUAUAGCUGGCAUUUUAAAGAGAAAAUUGAGAAAAGCAAGAACUUUUUUUUGAGUUCUGCCAUCAGGAUGCACAAGCAGUCAAAGCUCCCCCCAACCGAUGCAUCAUUUCAACGGAACGGACUGUUGUGUUUUCCUUUUCCACCAAGUGUUUGCUUUGAUUUUGAAAAACUGAAAUGAAUUCACUGUUACCUAGGCUGCGUACAUAUCCGCUAUAACCUUUAAAGCACAUUCUUUCCCUCAAAGAAUUCUGGGCAUUCUAAUGUUGCCCCUCAGAGUUCCCAGUAACCCUUAACAAACUACAGUACCCAGAAUUCUUUGAGGGAAGAAGUGUGCUCCAAGUGUGUGAGAGAGGUGGUGAGGAAAGUGUACACAGCCCCAGUGUGACUUACUGGCUUCCAUAUUGUGUAUGUCCAUGUUCUGUUGGGUUUUUUGGGGGGGCCCUUCAUGGUGCUGCUUUCCAACUUUGGUCAUGAAAAAUAUAAAACAAUAUACAAAGCACUUUCCCCCCUCCACUGAGAAACUGCAGUCUGUGCCCCCACCCACAGGCCUGUAACCUGCCACGUUGCUCUUCAGAAGAUUGUUUCCAUCUUCCUUCGUAGCAUGACAUUUUGAAACUUCUCAAGCUUAGAUUUUCUGGUGGUACCCCUGUACAACCAUUAAAAUUUAGUUUGGGGUGGGGACUGGGCAGAUCUCAGGCUUGUGGGGUCCCUUUUGUCGUUAACUACAACUCCCAUCAUCCCUAGCUAGCAGGAACAGUGGUCAGGGAUGAUGGGACUUGUAGUCCAUAAAACAGCUGGAGACCCAGGCUUGGGAAACCCUACCUUAUAAGAAUACAGUGGUACCUCAGGUUAAGAACUUAAUUCGUUCUGGAGGUCUGUUCUUAACCUGAAACUGUUCUUAACCUGAAGCACCACUUUAGCUAAUGGGGCCUCCUGCUGCCGCCGCACGAUUUCUGUUCUCAUCCUGAAGUAAAGUUCUUAACCCAAGAUAAUAUUUCUGGGUUAGUGGAGUCUAUAAUCUGAAGCGUAUGUAACCUGAAGCGUAUGUAACCUGAGGUAUCACUGUAAAAGACGGCUUUGCUUUAGAACAAGGGUGGUAGUCGGCUAGAGAGACUGGUGGGGGAUUCACCAACCCUUCUUUAGAAGGAGGCAGUUUAGGGCUGGGUCUCCACCGCAGUGUCAAAGCUGGCAAGAGCGUCUUCGUCUCUUUGGUACAAGCCUUGCUUUAGCUCCUUCUCCUCACGCUUUAAUUAGGUAAGGCUCCGUGUUGGCACAGACCCGUCACCCUCCUUCAUUUGAGGUCAGCUAGCAGCCAGCAGACACUCUCUUUAUUUUGGAAAGGCUUCAUUUGGGCAAAGGGUUGGUCGUUUAACCAGAGCCUGCCUUUCAUCUGUUUUCGAUGGCAAGAGACCAUAUUUCCCAGCCGUUUGCAAACAGUGACUGUCUGGCAGGAUUUCCUGGAUACACAGUAGUUUUUGAGAUUGUGAAAGGCUAACAUUCUGAACUUCGCAGAUUAGUCUAGCUAUUUGUACUCCCUCUUCUCUCUCCCCCCCCAACCCCACCCCACAUGGGAAUCAAUCAGUUUAUCGCCAGGGAAGGCAGAUGUGUAAUGCAAGGAAAAGCCUAGGGCUACUUUGCACCCUUCUUCGCUAGCUGCCAUCACAGCUCUUCUAUGGGGAACUAGACCCAUUACCCCUUGCAAAAACUGGUUGCCUGGGCUGCUUCUGCCAACUCAGCCACCUCCUUAGCAACUGCAACCCUCAGCCAGGUCCUCUCACUUUGCCAGCUUGUAGGGUAGACUUUGGAGCCAACCCCAUCUCUGUUUCCAUUUCCCAGGCUGAGCAGUUCCAGCUUCUCCAUUCCCAACCUGGAUGUGCCAGGUGUGCACUUCCUUUACCUGCCGGUACAAAGCCCCCAAUCUGACUCUCGAGACGCUCCCUAUACCAUGCCAGUCCCACACCCUGUCCCCAGGCUAUGCCCUUCUUCAUGGGCUCUGUUUCACAGCCUCCUUUUGUUGUUGUUGUUUAGUUGUUUAGUCGUGUCCGACUCUUUGUGACCCCAUGGACCAGAGCACGCCAGGCACUCCUGUCUUCCACUGCCUCCCGCAGUUUGGUCAAACUCAUGCUGGUAGCUUCGAGAACACUGUCCAACCAUCUCGUCCUCUGUCGUCUCCUUCUCCUUGUCCCCUUCUCCUCAUCUUGCCCAACAUCAGGGUCUUUUCCAGGGAGUCUUCUCUUCUCAUGAGGUGGCCAAAGUAUUGGAGCCUCAGCUUCAGGAUCUGUCCUUCCAGUGAGCACUCAGGGCUCCUUAAGAAUGGAUAGGUUUGAUCUUCUUGCAGUCCAUGGGACUCUCAAGAGUCUCCUCCAGCACCAUAAUUCAAAAGCAUCAAUUCUUCGGCGAUCAGCCUUCUUUAUGGUCCAGCUCUCACUUCCAUACAUCACAACUGGGAAAACCAUAGCUUUUACUAUACAGACCUUUGUUGGCAAGCUGAUGUCUCUGCUUUUUAAGAUGCUGUCUAGGUUUGUCAUUGCUUUUCUCACAGCCUCCUUGGACUCUGAUAAUACCUUUCGCUUGCUCUGAUGGAAGACAGAGAGCGUAAACUGUUCAAAGCUAAAAAAAACUACUUCAGUUGCUCCAUCUGCUUUUGCCUCUGCCCAGCCCCUCUGGCAUGUGACCUAGCUCAGAAGGGAAUGUGGAUCUCAGACGGAAAAAAAGGUUUCCCACCCUUGCCAUGGAUCUUCAUAGAAAAGAGGCUCCCCACUCUUGGUUUAAAUACUGCUGUGCAAAUUGCUAAAGGUCAACAUGUUGCAAAAUAUAUAUUUUGUCGGGGAAGGAGGCACGCUUUGCAUCUCAGUUUUUUUAAAUGCCUAACUCUCUUGCUGACACCACGGUUAGAGCUCAUGAAAAAUGCUUUUCUAGUUCAGAGCAAUCCAGAGUAGAAGUGUGGUCUCUCCCCUUCUCCUUGCCCCAUAUUUUCUCAGUUAAUUAUCCUGAAAUCUGGAGCUGCAUGAGAAGGACUUGCUGGCAAAAGCGGAGCUCUGGUUAGUACCAAGACCUGUUUUGCACAGCUGCUACGGCUCUGGAGCAAUCGCGCUGAUCAUCUAAGGAAGCAAAACUGUUUGUUAAAGAAAUGGAAUUCCUGAAAGCCCAUUGUGUUGGCAUUUGGAAAAUCUGAGUAGAAUGGGGAGGAAAGGAGGAUUUUGUCACAGGAAAGUCUGAGCAGCGCUCUGCAGCCUUCUUGCAGAAACGGCAUUGUGGAAUCCUCCGGAGUCUGUUUCAUCAUUGCCCCUCUCUGACCAGGCCUGCGCAGCCUGUGAUCCAAGUAACAAAGUCACGUAUUGUCAAAGGCUUGACAAAAGCAGCCUCCUCCAAAGCCCACAUAGUUAAAAAGGGCAAGAGAACCAUGGCAGCUGCCCGGAGAGGAAAGUUGCUGCCACCAGCCAUGAGCUUGGUGCUGCUUCACAAGUUGUAUAGCAAGCCUUCUCUGUGGCUUUCCUAACAAAGUGAAGAUAAAUGUACCCUCAGGAUGGAGCUUUAAACAGACUUUUGCAGGUCAUGCCUCCCUUCCAAACCUUCGUUUUGCAGGCGUAAUCGAAAAUUACAGUGGUACCUCUGGGUACGAACUUAAUUCGUUCUGGAGGUCCGUUCUUAACCUGAAACCGUUCUUAACCUGAGGUACCACUUUAGCUAAUGGGGCCUCCCGCUGCCGAUGCACGAUUUCUGUUCUCAUCCUGAGGUAAAGUUCUCAACCCGAGGUACUACCUCUGGGUUAGCGGAGUCUGUAACCCGAGGUGUUUGUAACCCAAGGUAGCACUGUACAGUCAUACCUCAGGUUAAAUACGCUUCAGGUUGAGCGUUUUCAGGUUGCGUUCUGUGGCAACCCGGAAGUAACGGAACGGGUUACUUCCGGGUUUCGCCGCUCGCGCAUGUGCAGACGCUCAAAAUAAUGUCACGUGCAUGCGCAGAAGCGGUGAAUUGCGACCCGCAGACGCGCAGGUGCAGGUUGCGUUCUACUCAGGAUGCGAACGGGGCUCUGGAACGGAUCCCGUUCACAUCCAGAGGUACCACUGUACUGCAAAUUCGGAAGUCUGAAUUUGGUAAACAUAGGAUUGUGUUAAUGUCUACAUGGGGUCAUCAACCUUUAGGUGCAGUGGGCCCACCCACAACCCUUCCUGACUCACUGCACCCUUAGUCAGGAGGUGGUGAGGGGGGGUUACCUUCCCCCCCAUGGGCGUAGCCAGGAGUUUUGUUGGGGGGGGCAGGACUUUGUGCGGGGGACAGGACUUUUGUUAGGGGGCAGAAUUGACGAGAUUGGUCAGUUAGUUAAGUAUUUCUAGUGUUUUACUUGAUGGGGGGGGCAUCUGCCUCCACUGCCCCCCUUGGCUAUGCCCAUGCCGCCCCCCCAAACAGUACACAGAGUUGGAGGAGGAAAUUGGAAGAGUGACGGUCUUUCCCAUUUCCAGCUCUGUGAUUUUUAAGGCUCAGAUUAAUUACUAGAUCUGACUUUUCACACCGGUCUUUUGAAAAACUGAAAGGUGUGGGUGCACUUUUUUGUUGUUGGACUGUGUGCCAGGAGAGGGGGAGGUGGUCAAAAAAUCCAAAUGUGCACAAAGGCCCCAAACAGUUGGCAACCUCUGGGGAUCGUUCAUUGGUUUUUAGACAGGCAACCACAAGGCCAUGAAGGGCUGGUCGGCAACUACAGUGGAACCUCGGUUGUCGAACGUAAUCCGUUCCGGAAGACCGUUCGACUUCUGAAACGUUCGACAACCAAGGCGCAGUGGGAGGUCAGCAAAAUCCAUUGAAAAAAUGGAGAAAUGCGCCUCGGAAGCCGUUCAACUUUCGAGGCGUGUUCAAAAACGGAAGAAAUUACUUCUGGGUUUUUGGAGUUCGAAAACCAAAAUGCCCAGCUCCCAAAACACUCAUAAACCGAGGUUCCACUGUAGCCGACAGCCAGGCCUCAGGAUCUUGCACUCAGAGGAAGCCAUGUGGCAUGUUCGACUUCCGAGGUGUGUUUGAAAACCAAAGCAUUUACUUCCGGGUUUACGCCGUUCAAAAUCGAAAUGUUCGUCAACUGAGACGUUCGACAACCAAGGUACCACUGUCGUUACAAAAAAAAAGAGGUGUUACUGAUUCUCUCAUGUGCAGCAGGAACAUAAGAAGGAUUAUAUCAAGGCUUUGUGUGCACCAUACAUAUAAAGCAUAUGACUCCCCCCCCCCCGAAUCCUGGGAAAUGUAGUUUACUUAUCACACAGCUACAAUUAUCAAAUUACAGUUUCUGGGAUUCUUUGGGGGGGGGUAUGCCAUGUACUUUGUCAGUUUCAGACAAUUGGUCCAUCUUUUAAUCUGGUUCUUGCUGUGAGAUGUGAAUGCAUACUAUAAAGACAAAAGAGAGGAGGUUCCCUUUACCUCAGAACAGCUGUUUUGUUCACAUGCAAAUUAUUAUUUUAUUUACUGUUUGAAAAAGGCUCAUAGUGACCUGCAAAUAUACUUUUGAUAAUAUUUUUCAAUAAAUAGUGGAAUGAUCUAAGGACAGCUGAAACCAGAUAAAGAAAUAACAGAGGCCGCUGAACACUUGAGUACACAAGAUGGAUUUUUGUUUUGUUUUGUUUAUAUAAUGUGUGUGGAUUAAUUAUAUGAGUUUUAAUUGAUUAAUCAAUCAAUCAAGUGACAGCUCUAAUGAUGGUAAUAAAGCUACAUUCAUCAUGUAUUACACAAAAAGCAGUGGGCCAAAGAAAUGUAUUAAACUUAUGUGCUGUGAGCAUUUAACUUUUAACCCCCCUGCUAGAAUGCUAUAUAGUGUCAUUCAAUACCCUUUUCCUCCUCUUCUCUGAAAAAUUGGGAUUUCAUCCAAACUUUAAAGGUUAAGUUGUCAAUAGAACUCAAAGAAUGUUUUGUUUCCAUUUGUAUAACUAGUUUAAUGUUUUUAAGUCCACAGCAUUGACCAACAAUGAAACCAGUAAAUUACUGAGGCAUUCUUUAAAAGUUCAUAAUUGCAGAUGCACUUAAAAUUAGCUCAGGAAAAGAGCAUUUCUUUUGGAAAAGCAAUGGUUUUAAUUAGUAGUCUGUGUAGGAGAAAAGAUGCUGAAGCAAUUCAGUAAUGUUCCACUUCAGAAUAAGAACUUGUCAUGACAGUUAAUUGAGUGAGAAAUUGGACUUGUGACACAGUUGGUUAAAUAGGCCCAGCAGCUUGUGACACAAAAGGGGCUCUGAAGUUCAGAGUGCGAAGAUGGCAGGAGCGAGCAGCAGCAAAUCGCUCUGAGUGAGUUGUAGUUAACUCUUUACAGUGGUGCCUCGCAAGACGAAAAGAAUCCGUUCCGCGAGUCUCUUCGUCUUGCGGGUUUUUUCGUCUUGCGAAGCAAGCCCAUUAGAGGUUUAGCGGCUUAGCGCUACAGUAUUAGCGGCUUAGGUUUAAAGAUCAGCUGAUAAGCGGCUUAACGAUCAGCUGAUAAGAGGCUUAAUGAUGAGCUGAUAAGCGGCUUAACGAUCAGCUGAUAAGCGGCUUAGCAUCAGCUGUUAAGCGGCUUAAAGAUCAGCUGAUAAGCGGCUUAGCCAGCAGCUGAUAAGCGGUUUAGCGGCUUGGGAAAAAGGAAAAAAACCCCGCAGGAACUGGCAAGACAUUUUCGUCUUGCGAAGCAAGCACAUAGGAAAUUCGUUUUGCGAAGCACCUCCAAAACGGAAAACCCUUUCGUCUAGCGGGUUUUCCGUCUUGCGAGGCAUUCGUCUUGCGGGGCACCACUGUAUUAGCAAAAUGGGGUGCAGACAGGAGCGUGAGGCCAAAUGAGCACAGCAACUCAUUUCCAUGUUGCCCCUGUGAAGCAGCUGCUGAGACUAGAGGUCCCCAUCUCCCCACAGUUGCCUAUGUCUCUUCUCCAGGAUUUCCCCCCAAGCAAUUGGAGACUACACCCUGUAUUUUCUCCUCCCAUUUCCUGCCUCUCCUGGUCCUGGGAGACCAGGGGAGAGGAGAGCUUAUCACAGCAGAAGGGGGAGACACCUGCAUUUGUUCACCAGCCUUACCCAUCCCUGCCUCUUGGCCUCCCUCAUUGCCCUCUCCUGCUUCAGCUUCUGGAUUUCUCUCUGCAACAGACUUUCCCUUCUCACUGAGCCCUGUUACCUCUUCAGCUUCUGACACCUCCUCUCCUUCCUGUGGCCACUCACAGUCAUCCCAACCCCAAUCCCCUGGCUUUAAGCCUUCCUUCCUUGGGGGUUCCCUGGCUGGUUCCUCUCACUGUUCCUCUGUGUCCAACCAGCUCCUGACAGAAAAUACCAAAAGUUCAAUUGUUUCUCCUCAGGCACCUUUCUCUAUUCUGCUUAAAUAUGCCUCAUACGGAGCAACGAAUUUCAGUAAAAUACAGUUAUAUUUUCCUUUUAAAUUGCUUUGAGUUUUCUUUUCUUAAAAAAUAUUUUUAUUUGAUUUUUCAGCUUCAAAUUUUACAGAGGUAUCUCAAGCAUAAAUCACAAAAACGAGAUUCGAAGGAAUCUCCUAGACUUCCAUCCUCUCCUAUGUGGGUCCUAUUAUUAAGCAGUUCCUCCUGCAUAUUUUAUGAUUAUCCAAACCCUUUACUUCUUCCAUUAUGUCCAAAAUCAAACUACAAGUUCUAUUCCAAUCCUACUAAUGAUUUCAAGUGUUUACAGUGGUCUUUAAGUUAUAAAUUUCCCCCAUUCCUUAUUAAAAUUUUGGUCUUCCUGAUUUCUGACUCUUCCGGUCAUUUUUGUCAUUUUAGCUUAGUCCAUUAAAUUAAUCUGCUGUUCUUCUCCGGUAGGAACUUUAUCUUCCUCUCAUCUCUGGGCCAGUAACAUCUGUACAGCCAUGGCUGCAUACAUAAAUAGUCUUUCCUGCUCCUUUUGAGUUUUCUUCCAUUUAUCUAUGUGAAUAAUUUCGACAGAUGGCCCUUGUUUGGAAGGCCAUAUAGUCAACCGGCUCACGAUCAAAUUCCUAAAAGCAUAAAGGGCAGAACCUGUCACGGAACGCAAUCAUUUAAUCAAACUCUAUAUAACGGACGCCACAUCCCCACAGCAUUUGUCUUUGCCUGAAAUCCUUUACCCGCUUUCUUGGGAGUAAGGCUCACAAAGCUGAACGGGACUUAAUUCAGAGUAGACACAUAUAGGAUUGCACUGUUAUUUUGGGAAGUUCUAGCUUGCACUCCUAACUGUGAGUGAUGUGUUACCAGGAGAUGAAUAGCUGGCUAAAGUUAGCAAAUAAUAAGAACUAGCAGCUGUCUUCUUUUCUUCAAUGCUUGGGACUUGGUUUCCCAUCAGUUGUUCCGCGGUAUUGAGUCAAGCCACCCACAGUGCUUUGCCGCAGCUGUGACUAUGAACCAUGAGAAGGUAGUUAGCGUUGGUGUGUGUGUAUUUAUUAUCACAUUUGUUAUCUUGACCUUCCUCCAAAGAACUCAAAGCAGCCACGGAUUAGUCUGAUGUGGUGACCACAGCAAGCUUUAAGGAUGGGCAGGGAUUUGAACUCGGUCCUCUGUCUGCUAUAACACCCUGUCUGGGGCCGACAAGUAUUUUGUGAUCAUGUGUUAAGGACAGACAUAAUCAGACAGCUCCUUUAAGGGGCAAGGAAGCUUCAGGCAUGUACAGAAGGGCAAACCGGUGUUCCUCUGUGACCAGGAAUUCAUAGGGAUGUGAGACUGGAAUUGAGGUCUCACUGUCGAAGGUUAUUUGACAGUGGAACCGUCUCGCUCUGGAGGUUGUGGACUCUAGUCCUUGGUGGUUUUUAAGCUGAGGUUGGGUAGCUAUCUCACAGAUGCUUUAGCUGAGAUUCCUGCAUUGUAGGGGGUUGGACUAGAUGACCCCAGCUCUUAAGAUUUCAUGAUUCUAUGCGGUUGCAUGAAGAGAUUCCUAAGAUUGUAUCUAAUGAAGUGGUUCCAUUAGUGCAAGGACUCUUGAUUGUACGAUGGACCUUGCCUUCCCUUUAAUUUCAUUUCAUUUUAUUUCCAUACACCCCCAGAUCAGCUCUUGGGGGUUGUGGGAACCCCCAGAAUAGAUUUGGGGGGGGGGGCGCACAUGAGGAGGAAAGGGAGAGCAAUUUCAUUGCACAAGUGAAAGUCCUUGUGCAAAUGGAAUGACUUGGUUGGAUAUAACUAUUAGAUGAUAGUUAAAUGUGUGUGAGCAGUUUGAAGGCCUAUGAUUACAACCCUCCAAAUACCACAAAUUGCAAAAACAACCAAAUAAAUUCUCUAUGCAAAGUUGUUCACAAAUUUAUAAAGUUACAGGUUUUGGCAAACUAUCCUCUCUAAUUGAGUAAAAGAGGUUUGGGGUGUUGUUUUUUACUUUGGCUAGAAUGAAACUGCAGCCACAUCUCUUCUAGACUACGUUUCCACUUGAUUUCGUCUUUGGUUUUUGUUUUUUUAAACUUGUCUUUUGUGCACAGCGUUUAUCCCAUCUUCAGCUAAAUCCCCUCCCCUCUUGUCUUCAUUUGCUUUGUAAUCGUGUAAAAAAACGUGGCUAGACGUACCAUUGUGGCGACUGUAACCUAGGUUUAAGGUGCCAUUUGGCUUUUACAUCUUUGUUUCUAAUACUGCAACCAGAUAUAUAUAUAUAUAUAUAUAUAUAUAUAUAUAUAUAUAUAUGUGUGUGUGUGUGUGUGUGUGUGUGUGUGUGUAUAUGUAUAUAUAUAUAUAUAUAUAUAUAUGCGUGCUUGUUGAUAUUCCCAAAGAACUCUAAUAGGUUUGUAAGACCAGACAAGCCCAACCACCCAGCUCCUGUGAGAUGAGAGGGGAAGGGAAGAAGUGAGGGAAUGAGAGCCUUCUUCAAAAUGGCUCUCACAUUCCAUGCAUUCUUCGUACACCUCAGCCAUUAGCUGUUUUUUGUUUUGUUUUUUACUGGUUGUGGGGGGCAAGCUCUUGAGCCAUUAAAGAAGUCAUUAGCAUUCUUUUGCUGGACAUAAUGAUAAGGCCAAGCCAGCCUUCAUAACAAAUCUUUCUUCCUGUUUUGGAGAUUAUUUUUAUCUUAUUUUAUAUUGCACCUUUUCCCCAAGGAGAUCAGGGUGGCAUAAAUGCUUCUCCCUCUCCCUGUUUUCUCUCUCUUCACAAUAACCCUGUGAAGUAAGUUGUGCUGAGUGAUGGUGCCUGGCCUAAGGUCGCUCUGUAAGCUUCAUGGCCAGAGUAGGAUUUGAACCCUGGCCUCCCAGGGCCUAGAUCAAAGAUGUGACAAUUACACCAUCCUGUUGUCACAUUACUUACCAAGCAAUGCCAAGGUUUUGUAGGACUGGUGGGUGUGGCAGAAGAGCCCCCACUUCCCAAGUCUUCCCAACUCACUCUGGCCAAUUUCCCAGUGGACCCAAAGUCUUCUAUGACUCACCCUAACACAUCAUCUUCCAAGACCUAUUGCCAGCGACAGGCAAUAUAUCUCUACACAUGGCGCUUUCCCAGUCCUCUCCUUUCUGUCCACAGAAUGGCCCUCUUCCUAAGCCCCCCCACCCACCCAGCUGCCCCUUGGCCAGCUUUAGGAUUUCAGCUUUAAGCAAGUAUUUUCUCUUAAAUGCAUACUCUGAUUUGGAAAUGUUCAAACCAAGAUGUGUUGACUUCAUUCGUUUUGUUCUUAGUUGUCCAUAUCAAACAUACCUGAAACCUGGACCUCUCCAGGCCCCUUAUAUUCUUUGUUCCAUAUUGCAUUCAAAAUCGUCACUUUACCAAAACUCAAGCGCUCUGGCCCGAUUGAAAUAGCACACGAGCACUCUUGAGAAGCAGGACAAGAAUAGAAGCUGUGACUUGCUGGUGGAAGUUCACCAGCGGAAUUCGCCUACACAACCCCUGUUAUUUGCCACUGUCCCAUUUUCCAGUCCGUGAAGCAGCUCACACAGGAAGCGAAAGCAAUAAAAAUCCAUGUCAGAAAAAAAUUGUUUUACAUAAAUAGCUAUAAAACAUAGCACAACCAACCAACCAAACACAAACAGAAGCAACAGUCAAUGAGCAAUUAAGCAGCCAAUCAAAAUAGUAAAAACUCAUUUACGAAGCGAGUCAUCGUCCCUAACGAUUAAAAUCCCCAGAGAGCAAAAGAGUCAUGACUUGACAUCUAAAUGUUGCUAGUCUUGGCAUCUCCCAUGUUUGUUUGGCAAGGCCAUUUCAGAAGCAAGGCAUUGCCACUGAAAGGCUCUCUCUCCUCUGUUGCCAGCUGCCUAAUCUCUGAAGGCAGCAGCACCCAGAGGAGGGUGUUGGAUGCAAAUGAGAGCUGGACCAGUUCACAUAGGAGAAAACAUGGAUGUUUCCUCUUUGUGUUCGUUUAUGGACAAUUGCAGCUCUUGCAUGGGCUGUGCACCUCCAUCAUCCCUGUUUAUUUCAGCGGCACCUUCACAGAAGACUUUCCCAUCAGCUUGCGUGCCUAAUGAACUGUGUUUUUUGAUCACGGGUAAGAAAGAAGCAGAUCUUGAUACCCGGGAAAACUUGAUAAUUCUUGGAUGUGCGCCACCGCCAUCAUUACAGAGCUACUUUUACAAUACAAAUAUUUUCAAACGAACAUAAGACAGUCUUGGCCCUGCCUGGAUUAAGACGAUGACGACAAUAAUGGAUGUGCCGACCAGAGUCUGUGGAUUUAAAGAGACAGGUGUAGGAUAUAAAAUGUCCCUGCAAAUGCUGGAGAAGCAGGGACUGUUCUGAAGAGUGAUAGGCUGAAUUUGAUCCGGUCCGGGGGAGCGUUCUGAGCCAAAGUGGAAGCCCCCACCCACUUGAGCCUUAUGCUGGUUUCAGCAGCUGUCAAAAAGGGUACGAUUGUGAAAUUGGCUCAGAAUGCUUUCCCUGAUCGGAUUAAAUGAAAUGCAGAAAAUUCUAUUAUUUCCACUUCCUUGGUGGAUUUUUAUUUCCACACCAACCAUCCCAUUCUAUAGCCAACAGCGCUUUUGUAAUGAAUGAAUCGAGGUUAUGUAUUCAUAGCAGCAGGCAGCAAAUUUGUAUGAUGAUCAUUAUUAUUAUUAGUAGUAGUAUAGUUUCUAUCCUAACCUUCCUCCCAAAGGAGCCCAGGAUAGCAAAAAACCAAACAAUAAAACAAUAAAAACAUCUGAAAAACAGUUCCAAUACAGAUACAGACCAUGAAAGCUAUUUGCCUGUCUUAGAGGAAUUGCUGGUUCUGCUGUGUCAAAGGCCCCUUAAAUGUGGUAAUAAAUAAGUUUUGUUGUUGUUUAGUCAUUUAGUCAUGUCCGACUCUUUGUGACCCCAUGGACCAGAGCACGCCAGGCACUCCUGUCUUCCACUGCCUCCCGCAGUUUGGUCAAACUCAUGUUCGUAGCUUCGUUAAAUAAGUUUAACUGUGUGGUAUAAGGCGCAGCAAUAUUCUGGGAUGAGUAGCCUUAGGAUCCUAUAGAUCUUGGUCUUUCUGGCAAUUUUUUAAUCUGUUCUCAAAGGGCUGAUGUGCCGUCUUACCGCUUGACUAUAUUGUCACUAGUGCCCUUUCCUCAGCUUUUAGAGGAGAACCCCCAGUUCAUCCACAUGCACACUGGCUGCCCUUGGGAAAGCCAGUUUUCUCAGGGAAUAUCUGCACCAGUGCUUUAAACACACGGAACAUUCAUUUCCUCUCCCCACUGAAUCUUGGGAACUGUAGAUGUAGGGAUAUAACACAGGGGGCGAGGAGCAUGUGACCCUCCCAAUGGUGCUUGCCUCCAAGUCCCACCAGCCCCAGCCAGCAUGGCCAGUGGUUAAGGAGGAUGGGAACUGUAGUCCCAACAACAUCUGAGGGGCAACAGGUUCCCCAUCUCUGCUCUUAGAUAGUUGCUGGGACCCCACCUCCCAGACAGUGCCCACAGGCCCAGAUACCUGCCCUGACGUCUGGGCCAGCAAGCCACCAUUUAAAUUUCCCACAAUGCCCCUUAUGCUGUGUCAUCUACUGCACCCUUCCACCACAGUCCCUCCAAGUGUCCCUAUUUUCCAGGGACGUCCCUGAUUUAGAGGAGUCGUCCUGGUUUCUGUUUUGAUCCUGGAAUGUCCUGCUUUUCCUUAGGAUGUCCCCAUUUGCAUUGGAGAAAUGUUAGAGGGUAUGGAGUUAUCCGACCCCCGAGCCAUCUGAAGGCAAUCCUGUACAGGGAUUUUUUUUUUUUUAAUGUUUAAUGUUUUAUUGUGUUUUUACAGUGGUACCUCAGGUUACAAACACCCCGGGUUACAGACUCCGCUAACCUGGAAGUAGUACGUCGGGUUAAGAACUUUACCUCAGGAUGAGAACAGAAAUCACGCGGCGGUGCUCGGCAACAGUGGAAGGCCCCAUUAGCUAAAGUGGUACCUCAGGUUAAGUACGGUUUCAGGUUAAGAACAGACUUCCGGAAGGAAUUAAGUACGUAACCAGAGGUACCACAGUAUGUAUGUUGGAAGCCACCCAGAGUAGUUGGGGCAACCCAGUAAGAUGUGUGGGAUAUAAAUAGUGAAAUUAUCAUUACGGAAUAGGACGUCCCUAUUUUCACCGGAGAAAUGUUGGAGGGUAUGCCACCACUGCAAGUAACCUGAACUGGUCCCAAUAACAAUGUACAUAUAUUUCCAGUCUCACUUUCUUCUGUGAUACUAUAUACCUCUCUGAAGUGCUGUUAAAAUGAAAUACCAAAAAAAAAAAAAAAAAGGAGCAACCACUUAACAUGCAUUUCAGAAAUGCAGCGAAUAGAAUUCUAGUGGAGCUGUAAAUGCAAAAGGGCUGGUCUUUUUCCUGAGGUACUUGGAGGGGGGCUAUUGCUGCAUUUUCCUGCCCAGUGAGGCACUGAUAUACCGGUAUAUGCAGGUGAAGAGGCAGAGAUUAGCACUUGAGGUGAGCGAGUUUGUAUGCCUUUCAGUCAAGGGAGUGGUUACAAGGGCUGGAGGGCAUUGUAUACAGAGCAGGCUGGAGCUUGCCUUACAAAACUGAGAGCAACAGUAAGCAAGAUAAUACCACUUUCCUCACCAUCAUCUUUGUCUUUCAUCACAAAGUCCUGGAGGGAAAAGAGAGGGUCAGAAGGGUAUGUAAAAAAGGUAAAGGACCCCUGACAGUUAAGUCCAGUCGCAGACGGCUCUGGGGUUGCGGCGCUCAUCUCGCUUUACAGGCCGAGGGAGCUGACGUCUGUCCAUAGACAGUCUUUUCAGGUCAUGUGGCCAGCACAACUAAGCCGCUUCUGGUGAAACCAGAGCAGCGCACGGAAAUGCUGUUUACCUUCCUGCUGGAGCAGUACCUAUUUGUCUAUUUGCACUUUUUGGCGUGCUUUUGAACUGCUAGUUUGGCAGGAGCUGGGACCGAGCAACGGGAGCUCACCCCGCCGCGGGGAUUUGAACCGCUGACCUUCUGAUCGGCAAGCCCAAGAGGCUUAGUGGUUUAGACUACAGCGCCACCAAAAGAAAGACCCCAGAUGUAUCCUCAUUUGAUGCCGCUGUUUCAUUAAAAGUAUUUUUUGAGAAUGGGAGACUGGGUGAGAACGAUAUUCACGUGGACUUGUGCAUGCAGAAAAGUAAAUGUUUCCAAAUGCUAUUUUCCAGGGAAGGCUGUUCCACAAGAUCCCUCCUCUUCUUCCCUCUCUCAUCCCAGCUUGUUCCCUCUUGCUUUUCUCACAACUCUGCCUAAUAUAUCUGUCAAGUGCUGGAAAGUCUGAUAGAGUUGAGGCCUUUGACUCACAGCAUUUGGCCUUAAGGUCAAUUACCUGCUCCAGAGAUGUUGCCUUUAAUUGCCUGCCAACCAUCACCAUAGUAAUACCAUAGAACAGGCAUGUCCAACAGGUAGAUGACUCAACAACUUAGAAAAAAGCUCAACAUUUUGACCUGAACCUCAAAAAAGGGGGUAGAUCACUUCCAAUUUAUAAUGCUGUGAGUAGAUCGCAGUCUCUUGGGAGUUGGCCACCCCUGCCAUAGAAGAAAGGAAAGCUUGUGUUGAUGAUUCCGAGGGAGAAAUAGUGGGGGAGACGAACACCUCUUUUUUUUUCAGAAGGCAACAAGAACAACAAAAGCAGUUGAGCAAUGGUUUUCUGUAAACAGAUGUCCCAAUGUUUAGUAAUGGCUCUGUAGAGGUGGAAGCUGUUUGACGGGGUUAUUGUGCAGGACAAUGUAAGCUGUCACCCUGUGAAGAGCAGUAAAUGAGUGAAAACAUGUGGGUUGCUGAAGUUGAUGAGUCAUCAACUUCCCACUUGCUCUAAAGCAGCCUUCCUUUGAUGUAGCCCAGCCGCAAAAUCCACUCUCCCUUCUGUCCCAGGAACACACGGCAGAGCCUUGAUAAAGGAACCCCCGUGUGAUAACUGUGUACAAUAUGUACAUUUAUAAUAGCCCCUUAAACAAAAAUAGGAGAUUUUUGCAAAUCUCUACGUUUCCUUUCUUCCUCUUCUUCUUCUGCUUCUUUUUUUUUUAUUAUAAAACAAUUAAUGCUUAGGUGUUGAGUAAGUAUUCCAAUCUGGUUUCAUGAGCCUGUAUAAUAUUAAAUCCAGGAAACAGAGACUGGUGCAGAGAGAUGGAUCAUUACAGCUGGCGAGUAGUAGAAAAGGACCGGCAAUAUUUUUCAUGCUGCUGCCUGCCUGCUGGUUGUGGGGAGAAAAAACACCAGCCCUGCUUCUUUUUCUCCCUCUCUUGGCUAGGAUGCAGUGGAAGUGAGGGAUUAGAAGCUAGUCACUCUUUUAAAAUAUCACGUGUGUGUCAUUAGUACAAAAUGCUAGAGGACAUGCGAUCUUUUCGAGUGGGAAGUUCCGAAAGGAAACGUAACCCCGCGGGGGAAUGUAGACUUUGGCCCCAAACUGCCUCGAUUCUGAUUCUCAGGCUCGCUCUGCAAAGUGGUCCAACCAGGAGACCCCUUGCUCUUAACUUGCACUAACCAGAGUCGAAGGGCGGAGAAAAAAUUCUCAUCCGGCAAGAGGCAGUGUCAGCCAUCCUUGCUGCCCCUUCCCUCCUUACAGCUGUCACUGUAGCUGUUUGGUUGAACGGCUAUGGGAGGGAGGGAGAGGUGAUAGAGAUUUAGCCUUUCACUUAUCCAACCCUCAGCUGUUCAGCCAAGCAUUGGGGGACCGGGCAGCUUCGCCUCUCCCCAUAGCGUGAGGGAGAGAAAGAGGGGUGCUGCUGUUGCUCCACGGCUCCCUCCCAGCUAUGUUGAACAUUCAACUGAGUGUGCAUUAGGGACUAAUGUGACACACUGACUUUCCCAAAAUAUAUACACAAGUAUGACUGACCCAACAGGAGUGCUCUUGUUCAGAGCUCAAGCCAGGCGGCCUAUGUCUCACUGUUAUCCAUUUUCAUUUUCCAACCUAAAGUCAACUUUCCAGGGCUAGUGAGCAUGCUCAAUUCUCUUCAGUCUGUUUUGGCAUGUCUCCACCACCUCCCCUUUAUCACCAGUUACAUGGAAACAUAGGGAGCUGCCUUAUCCCAAGUCGGACCGUUAAAGUAUAUUGGUCUACUACACCUACUGUCAGGGUUUCAGCAGCCCGCUUUGGGUUCUGGUCCUGUUGGCACAACAGUAACUGCCCUGAGAUGUCCAGGUGUAGGGCAGUAUAUAAAUUCAAUUAAUAAUAAUAAUAAUAAUAAUAAUAAUAGUAGUAGUAAUAAUAUCUGCUUUAAGAUCUGCUCAGGCUCUUUCUUUCUUUAUCAGCGACAAGUUGUACAAGAGGCAAGGCCUUUUCAGUAGUGACCCCCUCAUCAGGGAAUGUCCUUCCCAAAGACGACGACGAUGAUAUUUAUUUAUUUAUACAUACAUACCCCACCCAUCUAGACAGAUGGCAUUUCCCCAGCUGGGGAACCCCGGGCGGCUCCCAACAGAAUAUUGAAAACAUGACAAAACACAAAACAUUAAAAACUUCCCUAAACAGGGUUGUCUUCAGAGGUCUUCUAAAAGUCAGAUAGUUAUUUCCUUGACAUCUGAUGGGAGGAGGUUCCACAGGGCGGGCGCCACUACCAAGGAGAGGCCUGCGUAUGGUGCAAGUUUUUUGGAGUCAGGCCAAAUUUUAUUUUUUAUUUUUCUAAUUUCACCCAGGAAUUUUAAUCUUCUACAAAUCCUGGUCUGCUGAGGUGGUAUUAUUAUUAUUAUUAUUACAUUUACAUUACAGUGCAAUUUAGUUUGCAAAAUUAUUUUGUAUGCUACCCUGAAAUCCAAAUAGGAUGAAGAGUAGUACAGAAAUGUUUUGAUAAAUAAAUGAAUGAACUCACUAAUAGAGGGAGCGCCGAAUAUUCUUUUGUGACAAAAAAAAUGACAAUAGGAUGUUUUUCAGAAUCUGCAUUCUAGUUUAAGGAUGUCAGAAGCUGUAAAUAACUUUGCAGUAAGGUACUCUUGCAUCCUGUCAUUGUUGUUUUGAGACCUUACUGUACUGGCCUUCACUUACCUGGCCUAGAAGACCCUUUUUGAGAACCACAUUCUCCUGUUUGCAACCAGGAACUGCGACAGAAGCCUGACACGCCUGCAGAGCAGGUUUGCCUAACCUGCUGCUGACACAAUGCUUGCGGAUUGCUGUCACCGACCAAACUUCAGGAUUUACCUGUCUUAAGCUUUCCGUAAGCUUAUGCGAAUAUUUUGUUCUCUCUUAACAAAAUAUUAAAGUUUGCCAUGAAUUAUGCUGGGUUCGUACUCCCCGCUUCCUGUUUUUACCCCUCUAAAGGAUUUAAUCCCUACAAAUGUUUGCCUUCUUUUUCAAUCAAUAAUGUGGCAGUUUCGUAUUGCUUCAGUGACCUCUCUUUUUCAGAGACACUGGCAUGUCCUGGUUCCAGCAGACUUUGAAUCAGGGGUGGGGGACCUUUCUCAGCCCCGGGGCCACAUUCCUCUCUGAGCAGGCUAACAGAGGCCGCAUUCCUGUGGCUGUAGGGAUAAGAGGCAAAAGUGGCCAGAGCUACAAAUGUGAAUUUUAGCUUGGUACAGUAGACCUUGCACUCGCACAACCAGGCAAGCAAUAAGCAUUUUCAGCGUUUAAGGACAUAUUCCAGCUAGGCAGAAAUACUCAGGGUGUGUGCAUGAUAAUGGUCAGAUUUUGGGUCAAAAUCUGUACAUUCACAAACUGAAGUUGGUUUUACCCGAUGUACCGAUUUUGUUUAUAACCGUCUAUAGAAUGCUUACUUUCGCCAAAGAAAGCAAGGAGCAAUUAUUCUACGUGUCGGAAUACAUGGAUAGUGAAUGACUCUCUUGAAUCCAAGUAUAAAAAGACUCUCCUUUUUUUCAUACUUGCCUCAGCUUUCUUGGCCUAUAAAAAGCCUUAGACAUUUUUUUCCAGGGAUAGCUGAAAUUUGGGGGCUAAUUAUAAACCAGUCUUUAAAAAUAAAUAAGCAGCUUUCCACACCUUAUGAAGUUAAGCCAUGUUUGCUAAGUGCAGCUUUCCCUUGAAUUCCUUGAACUAGGAGCACAUUUAGAUGUAUCUCAGAGUGAGGCCGCCCCUCCAAAUAGAUUCCACCUCCAUGCUCUUGAAUGAAGUUGAAAUGCUUUUCCUUCGCCAGGAUGGCACCAGAAGGGCAAUCCAGGGCACUCCCUGGCUUUUAGCUUCAGGCAGUUUGAACAUCUAAUGUUUGCAUAGAACAUUCCUCUCUCUCUUGUGCAGCUGCAGAGUUUCAGAUUUAUGCACCCUGCACCUUUUGAUCAGUUUUCCAGGCAGCGUCGAAUACCUUCUGUUGCAUCGUUUGGCAUAUUUGAGUCCCUGUUCCCUCUAGUUGAGCUCUGCAUCGUAUCUGGAAAUCUCUGCAGCAAUGCCCAGUUACCUGUUUCUGUCUGUUGUGCAAAUCUGUUGGAAUUGAGCACUCUGUGGAUGCAAGCGUGGUCAUUGAUUGAUUGACUGCAACACCAGGUAAUGACUCUCAUGUUGGGAAGAGGCAUUGUGGCGCAAACACCACACUACAGAUAGUUUUCUUCACCUCUCAGGACUUUUCAGUGAAGGCAGUUUAUGUGCUUAACUAUGAGUCACUCUGUUGACUAAUCGAGUGAGGAGAGAUUGAGCGAUGCCCGUGCAUGUGAAACUUCAAGAAUCAUUGCUUACAUGCUUUCAAACUUUUCAUGAGGCCACUGGAAGCUCAGCAAUUACGUGUUCGAGGUGGGGUGUUUGAAAACUAAAGUUCUGAGAAGCCCAAUAGACCUGAUAGAGAGUGUUGGACAAGAAGCUGGGAGAUGAGGGUUCAAAUCCCCAAUCAGCGUCGAAGAUCACUGGGUGGCGUUGGUCACAUCCAAAUCACACAUUUAAAGCCUUCUCCCACCACUUAGACAGUCAUGGCUUCUCCCAAAGAAUCCCAGGAACUGUAUUUUGUCAAGGAACCACUCAACAGCCUUAACAAUCUACAGUUCCUAGGAGUCUUUGGGGGGAAGCCAUGACAGUCAAAGUUGGAGCAUCUCUCAUUCCAACAACCUGAAAUCUAUCUCUGUGUUUCAUGGGUCUGCUCUUGCUUUUUCCUUUCUGUGUGACCUCAGCUUCAGUACAGUGGUACCUAGGGUUAAGAACUUAAUUCGUUCUGGAGGUCCGUUCUUAACCUGAAACAGUUCUUAACCUGAGGUACCACUUUAGCUAAUGGGGCCUCCUGCUGCCGCCGCACCGCCGGAGCACGAUUUCUGUUCUCAUCCUGAAGCAAAGUUCUUAACCCGAAGUACUAUUUCUGGGUUAGCGGAGUCUGUAACCUGAAAUGUCUGUAACCCGAGGUACCACUGUACUUUGUGCUGUUUUGCUUCCUUAUUCCCCCCACCCCCAGUAGCUAAGGAGGGACAGGAAGCAGCUGGCAGGGCUCAGCCUUUCAAAUCCCUUUGCAGAAAACAGGGGCAUUUCCAGUGGGUUUGGUCCAGAUUACAUGAAGGGUUAGAGUAUUGGCUGGCAAAGCAAAGAGGAGCAAAACAAAACGCCAGGCUCUGCGGUUCCUUUCAUUCUCAAUUGGUGAGCAAGAAAGCAAAUGCUGCAGCAAGGGAGUGCUGUGUGACAAAUGUGUUUCCCAAAAGAGUAGAUAUCACUUGGCGCUGUGACAUUUACAGCAUGCCAGCAACCCGGGGUGGGGGCAGGAAGAGGCUAUUGCCGAAAACAAUGGCUGCUUUUAAAGUGGCAGUGUUGUUAAAGUAAGCCUUCGUGUUUGCUCCCUCUAGCAUUUAUUGGAGGUAGGUCUAGUAUUUUGGACCUUGCCCAAAUAUUGAUUGAUUUUACUUAUACUGUAUGUCGCUUUCCCACAACAAGCUGUGCUACAGCAAACAUUCAAUACAUCAGAAAACUGGAAAUACAUACUGUAUAUACAAAACACAGAGCAUGUUAGCAAAUUCAAAAUAACAAAAAUCAGCCAUUUAGCAAACACAGAAUAAAUCCAGUAUUACAACAACAACAAAAAUCUAGGCUUAAAUUGCAUAAAUACAAGGCAAAAAUGAAAGUUAAGCAACAAUAAAGUUUUUGGUACUGGCCAAGGAAUGUUUCAUAAAUGCAGUUCAGAGGGAGCUAUGCAGCUGGCAUACAGGCUAGAUGACAUAGGCUCUCACAUUUCUCCUCCAUUUGCAGCAAAAUUCAAAUGGCAGGAUGGGCAAUGAUGGCAAGUCUUUCCCACAGCCUCCUGGAAGUACCAACAGCUGGUGCAGGUCUUAUUGCAAAUAUGCAGGUGAAACAGUAAAACAGUGCUCACCGUUUUUUAAGGCCCAUCAGCACAUUUGGGUUUUAGGCACCACACCCUCUGAUCACUUAUCCCCUCAGAUCAGCCCCAUACUGAACAACAGAGAGAAAGUAUGUGCAUACUCACAUUAUUUUCCCCUAGAGAUUGGGGUGAAAGUAAAAUCUACUAGAAUUAAUCUAAGUCUUGGGGAACAGGUAGGAGCUGAACAAGGAAGUAGGAAAAGUAUUGCUCUUCCAGCUUCCUCCUUAAUUUCUAUGUGCUUUUCUUGGGGGGACGGGGGCGUUUAGAUCCUUUGCGGGCACCAUGGGAAGACCUCAAGGGCACCAUUGUGCACACGGGCACCAUGUUGGCGGCCCUUGUGGUAAAAGCUUCAGCUACAUUUUGGACCUCAGGAAGAAAGCUGAGUUUUGAAUGGAGGUGCUAAGUUGGAUUUUAAACAGCUUCCCUAACUGAGUUCGGUGAUUUACAACUUGCAGCCAAGUUGUAUGUUUUCAGUAACGUUCCUAAUUUCUCCUAAAAUCCCAAGCGUGUCACCACCUGCAGCUUUUAUCUUUUUUAUGCAGGAGAAAGGAGAGUACACUUAUAUCUGCUUAAUUACUGGCUAAAACUAGUAUGACAAAAGAAUAUGGUGAAGCACUGCAAUAUGGAAGCUGUUGUAUGUGCAUCAGCCCUCAGUGAAUGGAAUUUAAGUGUAAACUUGUCUUUACAUUUUGAAACUACCAGUUUAUCCAUUCAUUUCAGAAUUUGGUUUUUGGAAAGGAGCUCCCAGGUUCAAUCCUUGGCAUUCCCAGUUUUGGGGGCGAGCACUUAAAUAUGAGCAAGAUCUCUUCUCAAGAAUCAAGAGAGCUUCUGCCAGUCAGUCAUUGCUGAGCUAGAUGAUAAAGUCUGUGCAUGCAUACGCAUUCCGAUUUAACAGUUGGAUUUCUGAUUCUAAGAAAUAGUUUGUGGGAAAAAUAUGGGCAUGGCUAAUUUAAGGCACUAAGACCAAAUGGGCAACUAUGGAGAGCAUCAUCGCAAUUAUUCUCAUAAACAUGCCUUUGGGAACCUAUCCUUUGCCAAAUUUGUAAACUUUACCCAGCAGUCAAAUAGAUAUUAACCUACUCUCAUUUCUGCUAGAAGCAUUCUCAUUUAAGGUCAUAAUGUGGGUGGCGCUAUGGGUUAAACCACAGAGCCUAGGACUUGCUGAUCAGAAGGUUGGCGGUUCGAAUCCCUGCAACGGGGUGAGCUCCUGUUGCUUGGUCCCUUCUCCUGCCAACCUAGCAGUUCGAAAGCACGUCAAAGUGCAAGUAGGUAAAUAGGUACUGCUCCGGCAGGAAGGUAAACGGCGUUUCCAUGCGCUGCUCUGGUUUGCCAGAAGCGGCUUAGUCAUGCUGGCUACAUGACCCAGAAGCUGUAUGCCGGCUCCCUCGGCCAAUAAAACAAGAUGAGUGCCGCAACCCCAGAGUUGGUCACGACUGGACUGGACUAAUGGUCAGGAGUCCCUUUACCUUUACCUAAUACAGUUGUACCUUGGAAGUCGAAUAGAAUCUGUUCCGGAAGUCCAUUCGACUUCCAAAAUGUUUGGAAACAAAGGCAUGGCUGCCGAUUGGCUGCAGGAAGCUCCUGCAGCCAAUCAGAAGCUGCAUCAGACAUUUGGGUUCCAAAGAACGUUCGCAAACCGGAACACUCGCUUCUGGGUUUGCGGAGUUUGGGAGCCAAAACGUUCGACUCGCAAGGCGUUCGGGAUCCAAGGUACGACUGUAAUGAAAGAAUCACUCACAGGUUAUUUUCACAAGGGAACUCUUUCAGCCCAAUAUAUUAUUCAAGUCUUUAUUCUGAAAUGAGUCAAAAUCAGAGGGAAGGGGGUGGGCGGCUUGGGAACCUAAAGAAUACAGGAAAGGCAAACAUUGCAUGGUGUCAUACAAAGGGAGAAUGAAUUAGUAUUGAAGGAAACCUUGAAGUGAGGAAGUGAGUCAGUUGCUGGAAGGAAGGGCAUGUGAGACGUACAAAGUGAAAGUGACCUUGAGUUGCAAAGUUUGAAAAUGUAGGGUAAAGGUGAAACCAAGCUUCAAAUUACUUGUAAUUCGAGUGUAUAUGUUUGACACUCUGUUUGACAGAGUGUAUAUCUUUUCAUAUUCGAAUGACUUCUAUUUUUCUUAUUAUUAUUCAUAAGACAUUUACAUUAGGGGGCACACAAACCAACCCAACAUAAUAUUAGGGGAAAUGAAGAUAACACGAGAGAAGGAUAGUGGGGGAAGAACGAUCAGAGUACAAAGGCAUAUUGUUUAAACUGGGGUGUCCCAGACUUGGGUCUCUCUCCAGCUGUUUUUGGACUACAACUCCCAUCAUCCCAAGUUAGCAGGACCAGCGGUCAGGGAUGAUGGGCAUUUUUUGGAUACUGAUAAAUGUUACAGUUGUAAGACCUAACAAAAGUUAGGGGGAAUGGCUGAUGUGCACAGAUGGACAAUCGGAGCUCUGGGUCAUAUUUGUGACUGAAAUCUCCUCAGUUCCUCUCAGCCUAAAAUGCCUGUGUUUCUGUUUUGCAGCCAUAUAGAGAAGAUUACGACGUGGCAAGAUCCUCGAAAGACCAUGACCCAGCCAUUGAACCACAUGAGCCAUCAUCCUUCAGCCGCUUCCACCCCUGUAUCGCAGAGAUCCAUGGCAAUGUCACAGCCAAACCUGGGUGAGUAACAGGAUGUUCAGAAAGGGCAUUGGACUCUGUGCAAACAGCAGCACGAUUCCAAAUAAUAAAAAGCUUCCCCUUUGAUGGACACUCAGUAUGACAGGUGAGGGGAUGAUGCCUAACUUCUUGUGAUUCAUAAACUGAUAUAUUUCCCCUUCUGGGUUAAGGCCUACAUUGGGAGGCAGUGAGGGUGAUAUCAGAGGGGGGCCCCUCCCAUUGAUAGCUGUUCCUGGAAGUCUUUCUUGGUAUCAGGUCAUAGUAAAUGUGCACACCCUCCAACAGUUUUCUGAUGAAAAUAGGGACAAGCUAUCUAAUAAUAAUAAUAAUAAUAAUAAUAAUAAUAAUAAUAAUAAUUUUAAACUAUUUAUACCUCACCCAUCAGACUGGGUUGCCAUUCUGGGCAGGUUCCAACAUAUAAAAAAACAUAAUAAAACAUAAACAUUAAAAAAACUUUCCUAUACAGGGCUGCUCAGAUGGCUCAGGGGGUCAGAUAACUCCAUACACUCCAACAUUUCUUCAAUGAAAAUAGGGAUGUCCUAAGGGAAAAUGGAAGGGACACAGGUGGCGCUGUGGGUUAAACUACAGAGCCUAGGACUUGCCGAUCAGAAGGUCGGCGGUUCGAAUCCCUGCGACGGGGUGAGCUCCCAUUGCUCAGUCCCUGCUCCUGCCACCCUAGUAGUUUGAAAGCACAUCAAAGUGCAAGUAGAUAAAUAGGUACCGCUGCGCCGGGAAGGUAAAUGGCAUUUCCGUGCUCCUCUGGUUCACCAGAUGUGGCUUAGUCAUGCUGGCCACAUGACCCAGAAGCUGUAUGCCAGCUCCCUUGGCCAAUAAAGCAAGAUGAGCGCCACAAUCCCAGAGUCAGUCACGACUGGACCUAAUGGUCAGGGGUCCCUUUACCUUUUUAAGGGAGAGUGGGACAUUCUGGGAUCAAAUCAGAAACCGCCCCAACUUCUGUAAAUCAGAGAUGUCCCUGGAAAAUAUGGACAAUUGGAGGGUCUGAGUUUGUGCUAUGUUUUACUUUGAUAGAGAAACCACAUUAACUUGUGAGUGGAUGGUAUGCAUAACCAUACACAGAUAACUUGGGAGUUCUUCAAGUUCACUUUGUGGAUCUGUGUUUGGAUUUGCAAUGCUGAACCAAAUCAGUAUUAUUUGUGCUACGAUAAACUUCCUUUCUGUUUGCUUUCUCCUGGCAACCAUCUCAGCAACUUUUAUCUGGAGCAUAAAGGGGGAGUGUGGGAUUGCUCUCUGAGUCACUGGACAGUGGCAAAUGUAUCAUGAGAAUUAAAUAUAAAGAAUAAACCUGAGUAAACCCCCGAAGGCUAGGGGACAAUUAAGUGAGUCAUACCAAAUGGUAAUAGUGAGCUUGCUUCCUGCAAUAUCCUAAGGAUCAGAGUGAGUAAUACGUUGUUAAAAACUGAAAUUAACACUCUUAUUGCUUCACACCAAUCAUGACAUAGCUGCCUAUACAGAGGUUUGAACUGGCCUAAUAAAAUAUAGUGAAAAUGGUAAGCCCCCAGUGGAAGAGAAAGCCCAUAACUGACAGAUCCUCACCCCUCAGAUGCACCUCUCGGCCUCCCUGACCAGAUUGGUGUAUGUACUUAAGAUACUUGCAUACUUCUUUGCAAAGUGGUUCUCUUUAGAAUCACCUCCCCUUUGAAUUAGAUUGAUGGCAUUGUGGUGUCUGCUAAAAAUGAAUUUUUCAUAGGCCAGUUGACUGUAAUAAUUCUCCUGCUUAUAUGUAACCCUAAUCCAGACCAUGGUUUAGUAUGAAUUAGCAAAUAUACAGACUCGUGGAAAGAAGAUUGCAACUGUUUUUCUUUUCUUUAGUGGUUUUCUUGCUGUGCUAUACUGAGUGAAGCCAUGGUUUGGCUCAGUAUAUCAUCUGAAUUAAGGCUCAUGGUUUACCUCUCUCCAGAUAAACCACAAGCUGUAACCUAGGUGUGCCCAGGUAUUUGGGCCUAAUGUUGGCUGCUAUUGUAUUUAUUCUUUAAGUUUUAAUGUACUUUUAAUGUUUUUUGUACACUGCCUUGUGAUGUUUACAGGAAAUGCAGUACAGAGAUUGUUUUAAUAAAUAACUAAUACUGACCAAAGUGUUAAGACCAUUUUAAGAGAUUAUGACAGAAAAUCUCAGGGUAUUUUUUAGCAAGUGGAAUGUAGUAUGCUUCAGAUUAUAUGAGCCAAAACUAACCAAACUAAGCAGAUGAGGAUGUAUUCAAGUUUUUAGACAAAUGCAAAGUUGUUAUUUUGAAUUAGUGAAUAUUAAUACAGCACCUGAGCAAAUGAGAUUGGGGAAGACUAGGCUGUAAUUCACAUAGGGCUCUGGUUGGUUGGUUGGUUGGUUGGUUGGUUGCAUGUAUAGUCCCAUGCAUACUCAGGUUAGACAAUGCAAUUACGAACUGCGAUUCCAAGUGCACAGAAAGCCUGAUGGAGAAUGCUUCCUGAAUGGUUUGCCUGUUGUAUUGCAGCCUGGGCCAAUGUAGUCAUUGAGAAUGUGAGAAGAACCUACUGGAUUAGCCAAUGGCCCAUCUAGUUCAGCAUCAUGAUCUCCCAGUGGUCAACCAAAUGCCUAUGGGAAGCCCAAAAGCAAUUUCUGAGUGCAACGGCAUUUCAUCACAUGAGCGUGCUUUUUGAAAAAAGAAGUGACUUUCUCUUUAUUAAUCAUAGCAGUUACAACCCCAUUCACAUUUACCCAGAGUAAGUCCAGUUGAAUUCAGUUGGAGCUUCUUUGAGUAGAUAUGCAUAUAAUUGCAUUGCACGCUUUUCUUUCGGGAAUCGUAAUUCUGUGUAAAAUCAGGAUCUGAACUGGAUUUAUAAAACCUGGUUAAGAGGGAACCUGAUUAGCAUUAACCAUGGUUAAUACCUACAUGGAUGCGACUACUAAGCUAGAGAUAAAGCUGACAAGGGAAGAGGAGAUUCAUGCUGGCAGUGGGGAACCACAGCAUACAUUCCCAGACAUUGAAAACUGCCUUAUACUGAAUCAGACCAUUGGUCCAUUGGUCUACUCUCAGUGGUGGUGGCUCUACAGAUAGGGGACACUCCCAGCUCUAGCAGGAGAUGCUGGGAUUGAUCCUGGGUCCUUGUGUAUGUAGAGCCUGUGCUCUACUGCUGAAUUAUGUUUUGUCUCCUAAUUUGCAAAUUCUGAUUUUCAGAGCACCGGUGUUUGCAGUUCAGUGGCAGUAAGACCCAUUUCCCCCCGGUCAUAUCCCAAUGCUGUAAAAUCUGUUUCGUUGAGUUCAUGUCAGGUAUUUAAGCAAGCAGAUUUUUUGGAACGCUGCUUGAGCCCCGAAGCCAGUUCUCUUGUGCCAACAUCCCACCAGACAACACAAGCAGAAUGGAAACUGGAUAAGAAGUCAAAACCACCCUUCUGGCAAUAGCUGGUUCAAAACCUUUUAGUGAAAGCAGGCUACACCUCUGUCUGUUGCCCUCGCGUUAUUCAGCACCAGAGGAAUUAAAAAAAUUCUUUUGAAGUUGUGCCAUGAACAAGGUGGGGGCCUGGUUUUUUUCCAGGUCUGUGUCCUGGCCUGCACUUCCAAUUACAAACACGUGUGUCUGUGUGUGUUUAUCUUGCACUGCUUCCCAUGAUGAGAUGGAAAGUUUGGCUGUUCCUAUAUGGCGUGUUGCUUUUGCUUUAUAUCUCCCCUGCAUCUAUGUUUGCAGGGAAGCACACAAAAGUACCUGUGGAGGAUCUAUCAACAAUAAUGCAACUAAACGGUAGUAACCCCGUAGAUAAGUCUUGAGGUAAAAAAUGAUUGAAAUUAACAGUUGUUCUGCCUGGUUUUGCUUCUCCCAUUGCUUUCUAGUCUUUAACUCAUGCUGUAGAUUUAUGAGCUAAAGAUCUCAUAUUCCAAGCUCAAUAUUUCUGAGAUCCCUGCCGGUGUGUGUUCAUCUCUUGUAUUUCUUCAUGAUGUAUUGACGUCUAGUGCUUAUGGCAGGACCAUCUUCUUAAUUGCAUGCAUUCAAUUUAUAAUCCGUAUUGAUACUGUCACUGUCUUACAUUGGGUCUAGAUUGAUUCCUUCUCCUAAUAUGGUUAUAUGCAAAGAACAGUUUCCCAGACUACAAGAAGAUGUGUGUCUUGUGUUUUUUUUAAUUAUUAUUAAAAAAAAACCCACCUGUGUGGUGAAAGUAUUCCUUCUUAAAGAGAAAAAUGGUAUAAGAACACCAGAAGAAGUUGCCAGAUCAGGUCAGUGGCCCAUCUGACUGUGAAGGAAGAACACUGGCUGGUAGCCAUUGAUACUUACCCUCCUUGAAUUUGUCUCAACCUCUUUUAAAGCCAUCCAAAAUGGCGGCACUCACUACUUCCUAUGGGAGCGAAUUCCAUGGUUUAUCUAUGGAAUGGUCUGUUCCUUUGAAAACGAGAACAAACUUGACAAGUCCGCAAUAACUCCUUAUGCAGAGAAACACAACAGCACAGGCCUGGUGAUCCCAGCAACUCUUCUCAGUAGGUCUUGCCCCAAUGAAACAGUUGCAAGCGCUGAAGGUCCCCACCUUCCCACCACUCUCUCCUCGGCUCCUCCUCCCCAGGGCCUUUCCCAAAUAGUCACAAACUGUGUUUGCACACAACCCAUCUCUGUCCUGCUCUUUUUAUUUCUCUGCAUGUUCUAGGAGAUUUGGUGGGAGGGGAGCUGGUUGCGGCAGGAGAGUGAGACUCCUUGGCUCCUUCAGCAGCCUGCCUUAUCUGUGUCUCUUGCCCGCCCGCCCCUUCUCUCCAGCUUCCACUUCUGCCUCUGAUUCUGGACUGCUCUCUGCCACAGCCUCUUCCUGCUCACCAAACCCUCUUGUGCCUUCAGCUUCUGAUACCUUCUCCUCCCAGUCUGCUAACUCCUCUCCCUAUGACCAUUCAUUGUCAUCCCACCAACAAUCGCCUGGCUCUGAGCCGUCUUCCCCUGGGGGUUCCCCUGGGUGCCUCCCACUGCUCCUCUGUCUCCAGCCAGUUCAUGACAGAGCCUUCCAAGGGCCACGUGCUAAUGGUGGAUGGCGCCAGUGGUUAAAGUGGGUGGAGCCAAUAGUGUAAAUGUUACCUUUGUGCAAUAAGCUAGUUUCUACCCACAUGCACCUCUGUAUCCUCCAGGACACGGGUGACGCUGUGGUCUAAACCACUGUGCCUCUUGGGCUUGCUGAUCAGAAGGUUGGCGGUUCAAAUCCGCACGACGGUGGUAAGCUCCUGUUGCUGUGUCCCAGCUUUUGCCAACCUAGCAGUUUGUAAGCACAUCAGUGCAAGUAGAUAAAUAGGUACCACUGUGGCAGGAAGGUAAAUGGCCAGUAGCAGUUUAGUCAUCCUGGCCACAUGAUCCGGAAAGCUUUCUGUGGAGGAGGAGGAGGAGGAGUUUAGACUUGAUAUCCCGCUUUAUCACUACCCUAAGGAGUCUCAAAGCGGCUAACAUUCUCCUUUCCCUUCCUCCCCCACAACAAACACUCUGUGAGGUGAGUGGGGCUGAGAGACUUCAAAGAAGUGUGACUGGCCCAAGGUCACCCAGCAGCUGCAUGUGGAGGAGCGGGGAAUCGAACCCGGUUCACCAGAUUAUGAGUCUACCGCUCUUAACCACUACACCACACUGGACAAUCGCUGGCUCCCUUGGCCUGAAAAGCGAAAUGAGCACUGCCUUUGACUGGACUUAACUGUCCAGGGGUCCUUUACCUUUACCUUUACACUGUAUCAUCCAAGCAGACCUUCCGAAUGCAGAGCAGAUUCUCUGCUGCUGAGCUAUGGCCCUUCCUUUGUGUACCUCCUGGUUUCUUUUCCUAGAGGCCUUGCUGACACCAACUUGUUCCCGUUAAUGCUACUUUGCCUUUCCUUCUAGUUGGCAAUUCCACAAGAAAAUAAGAAGAAGGUGCUCCCUCUCCCCUUUCUAUCCUUUCCACCCGAAAAGGAAUUCCGAUCUGACCUUCCUACUUGGCAGUCUGCACCGUUGGCUUGCCAGACAGGCUGUAGGCCUCUGCAAUUGCUGUUGUGACGUGAUUGAUGGGCGGCAAGUAGAAAAGCUGGCCGGGUGUUUGAGCUGGAUGCAAGGGGUAGAAGUGUCAAAGGAAAAAAGACCCAAUGAGUUGCCGUUGAGUCAAGAACCAUGCCACACCCGUUCUCUGGGACAGCUUUCCAUAUCCGAAGUAUUUUAUCCUUUGGCUUCCACCAGCAGUGUUGAACUAAUGUAUUGGCCACUCUUUCUCUGUCAGCCUUCUUGGCAUAGCAGUGCAGAAUUUUUGGCCUGGUUCUCAUGUGCAAAUGACAGCAGAGUGGCUCUUUGAAGUGCAGCCACUUGGAGAGAGCUCUGGUUGGUGAGCCCCCCUUUAAAAAGAAAAGUCUUAUGGUAUCUUCAGGACUAGCGGCAUAAGCUUCCAUGGACUAGAGCCCACUGUAUCAGUUGCAUGAAAUGUUCCCCUCUGUUGGCAGAUUGCAUACACAAUAAAGUUGCAAGGACACCUUCUAGCACUAUGGUAAAGGUAAAGGAACCCCUGACCACUAGGUCCAGUCGUGACCGACUCGGGGGUUGUGGCGCUCAUCUCGCUUUACUGGCUGAGGGAGCCGGCGUACAGCUUCCGGGUCAUGUGGCCAGCAUGGCUAAGCUGCUUCUGGCGAACUAGAGCAGCGCACAGAAACGCCGUUUACCUUCCCGCCGGAGCGGUACCUAUUUAUCUACUUGCACUUUGACGUGCUUUCGAACUGCUAGGUUGGCAGGAGCAGGGACCGAGCAACAGGAGCUCACCCUGUCACAGGGAUUCGAGCUGCCGACCUUCUGAUUGGCAAGUCCUAGGCUCUGUGGUUUAACCCACAGCACCACCCGCAUCCCAGCACUAUGGUACUUCCCUGCAAAAUCUGCUCCAGAGAGUUGGGGGAACUCCCAGAACAGAUCUGGGGGCAUGUGGAUGAAGAAGAGAUAAAGGAGGUUCCAUUGAGCAAGCUGAAGUCCUUGCAUGAAGGACACAGCUCUGUGGAUACAGCACAAACUGUUUGUGAAUGGAGAUAGAUAGAUAUACACUAGGGUUGGCAUAUGUUCCGAGUUUCCCAGACAUAGCCAGUAUUUGGCCCUUGUAAACAGCAUCUGGGUGGAAAUCGCUGAAAUGACCGGGAAAAUCUGGACGUAUGGCAGCCCAUGUAGAAAGUGUAGACUUCGGUGAAUUUCAUUUUUUAAAAAAAGCUCAAAACCUCAUUAUUAUUAUUAUUUGAGAUUUUGUGUCACUUUUUGAAAUAUGGCAACCCUAUAUACACAUAACCACACACACACAGGUAUGUGGGGUAAGUGGAAUCAGAAGUCCAUGAAAUGCAAAGGGCACCCUCUGUGACAGCUCCCUGCAGCAGUGUUUUCAAGCAACUGCGUUAUGCUAGCACAAACUGCAUUAAAAAUGGCUGGCAUUAUCUUAAUGAGAAUCGGCGCACAUGGAGCUGCUUCACACAUAAAUGCAAUCAUGACAUAGAUCUGCCUUCAUGCAGCUGCAUUUCAAGUGGCCACCCACACUGCUAUUCAUGUAUGAGGUUUCCCCCCCAGCUAGGAUUACGAUUUGAUGUGCUCGAUUCUUGGCUGAUAAAUAAGAACUGAAUUUGCAAAAAGCAUUCUUAUGAAUGCAGGCAAAUGGAAAUCUCUCCAUUACCAGGUUUGCAGCAGCACAGCAGGAGGAGAAGUGGAGGAAGAAGACUACUCCUGCCAUCUCCUCUCUGGGAGGCAGCAUGCUCACAUUAGGCUGUGUGUGUGUGUGUGUGUGUGUGUGUACGCGCGCACAUGUGCAAGAUACAUGUGCUAUAUAUUUGUGUGUGUGUGCAUGUAUGAUGUGAUAUAUAUCUUCUUCUUUUUCUUUGGCGAUCACUCAUAGCCAAGUAAGAUUGUCUUCCAUAAACACGGUUUUAACAAUGAGUCCAUAAGUGACUGUGGAGGCCAAUUCUGGAUCCACACGUCCUUCCACAGUGGGGACAUUGGUUCCCGGGCGGGAGCUGAUCACGAUGUGGAUUUGCCAAGUGUGCCUUCCUCCUAGCACAUUUCUCCCUUGCGUCCUGAGUGUCUUCAAAGCCCAUGACACCUUUGGUAAAGGUUGUUCUCCAAUUGGAGCACUCGCAGGCCAGUGUUUCCCAGUUGUCGGUGUUUAUACUACAUUUUUUAAGAUUUGCCUUGAGACAGUCUUUAAACCUCUUUUGUUGACCACCAGCAUUACGCUUUCCAUUUUUAAGUUCGGAAUAGAGUAGUUGCUUUGGAAGACGAUCAUCGGGCAUCCGCAGAACAUGACCAGUCCAACGAAGUUGGUGUUGAAGAAUCAUUGCUUCACAUAGGCACACUUUACAAUUGCCUAUGCUGUAUUUUUCACAGCAGGUGGGAAAAAAGGAGAGGCAAGGAAAACACAAGCCUCUGCUACUGCCCCUCCAAACUGCCUUGAAAGUGCCCACCUCGAGUGGAGGAGAUAGGGCAGGCUUUCUCAGGCUUGGCUCCAUUAAUACUUUCCAUCCAUUCUGACUUAUUUUUUUCUCUUUCUUCAAGUCACCAGGAAAUCCUACAGAUAAAAGCAUAGUGCAAACCUCUGUUAACAACAAUGAGUGGGUGAACCACACUUUCCACAUCCUGCUGUGAUAAUAUGGGAUGUAACCUUCAGAGGUGGCGAUUGUUCAGAUCUGGGUACAUUAGUCAUGUGGAACUUCCAGAAAUAAGGAGAAUGAACUUACCUUUGCCAAAGCUGGUGUUCGCUACAACAGACCUGAGAUUUUGAGAGAGCACGCCCCAGCCUCAGCUCUAUCGUAGCUUCACCUGCGCUGUGAAAGCUCUUCCGGUUUCAAGCUGUGUUUGAUCACUGCAGAUCCUGAAAUGAACUGGCAGGUGCCAGAUGGGGAUUGUGAUGAAUAAUACAGUUUUCAGGUGAUGGAUGUAUAAUUACUGAGGCACCUGAAUCAACUUCUGCCCCAUUUUGUAGAAAGGCUUUUCCUUUUCAAAAAUGUUUUAUUUUUCAUUUUCACAUUUUACAAUAUAAUCCCACAUCUGAGUUAGCAGAUCCAAUUGAAAUAUCCAGUCAUCAAUGACCCCCCUUUCUGUGGUUAAUUUUGUUACAUCUUUCCCCACUGCAUAUUCAGUUCAUAUCUUAUCCACUAAUCAUCCUUUAUGUUCUAUUUAAGUUAUUCUCACUGCACACUUUUAUAUCAGUCCUGCUAGUGAUUUCAGUUGUUUACAGUAAUUCUCCAGAUAAUCAAUAAAUUUUCCCCAUUCUAUAUUAAAACAUCUCUCUUCUUGGUUUCUUAAUCUUCUGCAUAUGCCAUUUCUGCAUAUACCAUCAGUUUUUGUUGCCAGUCUUCCUUAGUUGGAACUGUUUCUUUGUUCCAUAAAUAAUUUCCUUUGUUCUUUGGGUAUCUCCAAACCUAUUAUUCCUAAGAAAAAAAGCUUCUGGGUUGGUUUUUUUUUAAAGCAAAUAUUAUUUUCAACAUUUUUUCCAGCUUAAUAUAUAUCAUUUCCCAGUAUGCUUUUGCUACCUUACGAGACCAUUGUAGAAAUGUGUUUCCUUUCACUCAGUUGAUGGAAGACCAGGCUGAAAAGAUUUUGCUUCACAAUCAGAGGGUUGGCUUUAGACAUACCUACUUUCUCAAAUGUAAUCCUCCAGAUGUAAGCGGCAAUAUAUGUGUGAUGUUUAGUGGGUAGAGACAGCCCGAGAGAAAAAGGCCUGAGUUCAAAUCCCCACUCAGUUAUCUUGGACCAGUCGUCUUUUCUCUUGACCUAACCCCAUCUCAGGGUGGAGACACCUUGAGCGCAGAACAAAUUGCAUAAAUUUGAGCGCACCAUACUGUAAGCAUCAAGCAAUUACAUGAAGCCUAUCCAUGUCAGAACUGUCACCAGAGACAGGCCAGAACUGGUGUGCAAAUGUGUACACAAUUAGAAGGUUAAAACAGAGAUGGACAGACUUUAGACUUCCUUCCUUCUUCUUUCUUGAUUACUAGAAAUUCUGAAAUUCACCCACAACGAACCAGGCGAGAAAAGGUUUCCCGGGGGACAGAGCCAAUGAUCUACCCCACUUCAGUGAGCCAUACAAAUACAAAAUCUAUAAAUACAGAUCGGCACCUGAAAACUCAACACAACACAACACAACACAACACAACACAACUUAAAACACAAAUCUUAAAACCAACCAUCAGAGCACCACACAGACCUGGCAAAAGCAAUAUUAAUAUGCAUGUUUUGCAGGUGAGGGUCAUAGAAGCUGGCAGGUAAAUGAUUGGCAGAAGGCCACGACGGAUAAUCCUCCCCUCCUUUCAAUUUUGUGUGUUAAAUAAUUGGGAGUAGGAAACUUUUUACUGAUCUUCUUCAAAUCUUCCAGAAAUGUACCAGUGGGUUCUUCAAAAAAAACCCUAAACUUCUACCAGCCCCUGUUGGAAGGAGGAAUUGAACAUUAUACCACUUCUGUGGGGAACAGGUUUUUGGGAGGCACUAAUUUGGCAAAGUAAGGUCUAGAGUAAUUUUGGGUAGUAAUUUCUAGUGUCUGCCACAUUCAGGUUUGGAAGGGAAUUCCUGCUUCCAUCUUCCCGCUUGGCUCAUUUACUUGAGUCAUUUGAAGCUAUGUAUGCUGCAUGUACCUUGAUGUGGAAAAUCAUGUUUUCUCUUAGAAGGGCUAUGUGCAUUCUGUGACUCUGCAGCUGGACUUCAAGCUCUUUGGGGAGACAUUUAGCAUCCUGAGCACCUUGGUUUUAGAAAUACAUAUUAAAAGCAGGCUGCUGAUUCAUAAGUCUGAAAAGAGAGGCAUGACAGCAUGUGGUCAAUGCCUGGUGAAAAUUUAGAAGCCAGGGUGGGAAAUGGACUGAGUGGUGUUUUUUCUCUUUCUGUGAGUGGGGCUCCAACACCCUCUAUGUCUCCACCUUCACCAUGGCUUGUGGAAGCAAAAUAAGUUGUGCAGUAUGAGCAGAAUUAUCUAGAUUUCCAAAAGAUGCGCAUGCUCCAAAACAUAGCUUUGUUUGGCACAGAAUCUAGGUCACCUUGUCUCACAAUGCAGACUCUAAUAUAGGGUUUGCGAAGUCCAAUCCAGAGAGUGCAAAAAUACCAUUCAUAAAACUGCAUGCCAGUGUCUUAGUCUCUACCCCCCCCCACACACAUCCCACAGCUCCACCUGUGCAAUGAAGACCACAAUCCUAAAAAAGCUAUGCUUGUUAUAAGCCCGAUUGAACACCCUGGAAGUUACAUCUAAGUAAACAUGUGUAGGAUUUUGAUGUCAGACCAAGUUUGCUAUAUGCAGGAAGCAGGUGUACUGCAGAAGGGCAACUCCAAGGUGCACACUUGCACACUGAUUGGAUCCAUCCAGUCCUUGAUGUGAAAGGUAAUAUGGCUGCAGUCUCUAAAAACCACCUGGUUAAAACUGUUUUGCAAUUAAUCCAAAUGAGUGGCAUUGCACCGGCAUCGUUUUAACAACCAACCAAUGAGGAUAGGAAAUGGAUGCUGAGUGUUUGCUGCCCUAGACCUCUCUAGGUAUCUGCUCCUAAUGGACGGGAGUUUUCUGCAUGGUUAUUAUUCUCCACCCAGAACUCCAGAGGAGAAGGUUCUCUGUGCACGUAGGACAGUGCAGUGUGUUUUUAUUUAAUACUUUACAGAUUUUUGGACCAUGGCAUGCUCCAAACUGAAAAGCAGUAUUUUUGCUGACCUUGUUGGAAGGCUAAUGCUGUUUCUGGGAAGUAAACGAAACAGGCAGUUCUUUGUUGGCAAGAGCAGAGAGAGAGAGAGAGAGAGAGAGAGAGACUCUUCCCCCCCCCUUCACAAUGUCGUGACUAAGUCAAAAGUGUAAUGUGGCUGGGUUUUGCUUCUGCAGACAUGUGUUUUUCAUCAGACAGCUCUGCAAGACACUUGACGCUGGCCAGUUCGUAAUGAACUAUUCUGGGGGUGGGGUGGAGUACCUUUUCUAUGGGGGCUAACCCACAACUGUACUUAGACUCUGCCGAGGCCAAAAGAAUAAAAACUGCGCCAGCCAUUUUAACAAAUGCGUCAUUGACGUUUUACACCUGUGCUGAUGGGUGUCUCCUCCGCCUGUAGCCUCCGCUUUGCGUAUAUCCAGCAAAUAAAUCGCCCCUUUCCGCUGCCAAAGGACCAUUCUUGCUAAUAGUGGUUAACCCUGCUCUGUGGUAAAUUUGUACAUGAAACUUACGAAGAAUACAGCAAGGGCCUGUGCGAGGCCUAGUUGGAAAGUAAGCGUAGCUGAGUUUCCCAGUGGACUGAAGAAAAAUCAUCUUGCUUCAGUUUACAGUGCAAAACGAAAACACAGAUGGUCACAAAUCACACGUUAAUCCUGGGACUUAGAGAGGUCAAGGUUGUCUCGUGUGAAGGUGGUUGUGGCCUUGUGAUCUCAUUUGCAUGUCCUUACUGAUGGCGCUGAAUGCCUUUGAAUGCUCAGGUUCAUCUUACUUUUCCUUCCUCCGCUCCUCCAUUGUGCAAGUAGGGUUUGAAUCCUAAAGCUGGACUUUUUGCAAUAAGGAAGGUGAUGAGAAAACACACUGGAAAGGCUCUGUACAUUGUGCAACCCUCCCUGCGAAUCAAUGGGAACGAUUGCCUGAUAAAUAGCCAACGUUGUCUGACUUCCCCACAAGCUUUGUGUAAGCAAGUCAGAACACAUGCUAAAUAAACAGCUUAUCUGGAAGUGGCCCAAGUGAGGUCGCUUUCCAGCUGGUGCCAAAUGAGAUCACUUCCCUGUUUCUUUUCCUUGCUCAUGAGUCAAUGCUUCUGAAAACCAGUUGCUGGAAGUCACAGGAAGGAAGGUGCUCUUGUGCUUGGGUCCUGAUUGCUGGUUUCCAACUGGCACCUGGUUAGCCACUGUGAGAACAGGAUGCUGGACAAGAUGGGCCACUGUGACUGGCCUGAUCCUGCAGGAUCUCCUGACGUUCUUAAAAUACACUUGAAACUCAUGGGGCUUUUGAGCCCCUGUAAGUCUCAAGUUGGGUUUAAAGCCAUCUGUGCUGCUUCAUAGCCAGCAAGAAACAAGGGCAAAAAUGUGGGCAGAUUUGCUGAAUGCACCAGACUUAGAAAAGGCAGCCUUCUUCCCGCAUUAUGAAUGGUGGGUCCUGCCCUGAGGACGAUUUCCACCUCGUAGCCUGCAGAAAGGCAAGGGGAGGACAUUGGUAGCCAGCCAGCCAGCGAGAUGCCCUCCAUCAUCUAUUAACAAUUUGCCGUGCCGGCUGUGGCUCAUGGGAGUUGUAGUUCAACAUCUGGAGAGCACCAUGUUGGAUAUCCCUGCAGUACACAUAUGGUGUCACACAGAGUGUAUCUGGGCCAUUUCAUAAUAAGGCACACAUCUGUGGGUUGUGUGGAAAUGUGGCCCUUUUUUAAAAAAGAAGAAGGCUGUUCUCGCUGUAUGAAGGCCUCAACUGCUCUCUGCUCCUUCCAGGUGGAAUGAUUAUCAGAGAAACACUCUGCUGUUCAUUAUUAGCAGCACUGCUUCAGCCAAUUGCUCCUGGGGCAAUGUCUGAGCUGCUGCAAAAAUAGGAUACCCAGUGGUAAGGUAACUCAUGAAUGGUUGCUUUCGAGGGGUAAUAUUUGCAUCUCAUUUGUCCUCCGAAGGUGAUCACGGUGGCUCAUAUCAGAUGGUCUAUCCGGGUUACAGCUUAGCUUAAGAAACUGAAUUGCACUGGGUAACUUCAGACCACUCUUGCGUCCCACACUUCUGUUACUGAAACCAGCCAGAUAUCCCACACUUUAAGCUAAAUUUUAAAACCACGCCAAAUCUUUCACAGUAGGCACGUAGAGAGGGAUCUGCAGCUAUUAUAACUGAUGUCUCUGAUGGCUCUGGAAAUUGACCAGUCUAAACUUACCUUUUAACACGAGUGGGUGGGGAAUAGUAGGAUACCUAAGGAAUUGCUGACAUUACUGAAAAGGAAUCGGUAUGGCAUACCAGCAGUUUGUCAAACGCACCAUUCUGCUAUUCAUGCAGUUUGCAUGCUGUAAUCGCAGAUGGGCAGAUUUUCACCGACUGCAACCCAAAGUAAACCUUGUAGAGGCUAUUUGGAAGGGAAGGCGCUCUUUGUUCAGAUGGUAUAGACAAGUUUCUCGGGGGAAAGUUGGCAAGAGUCAGCCACAGAGCUUGUGUUGAUUUUCCUUUCUUUUGCUUUGCUUCCUUUUCUUCCUUUGUUAUUUAUGAAAGCCCUAUAGAUUCCGAGUCACUUCCUCACUCCAAGUUCAUUAUUGUUUUACCCACAUUGAUAUGUCAACUGUAAGAGAGAUUAAACAGAAGCAUUGAAAAGUUGUCUAGCUUUCUCCAAAACACUUAGUUUACCUGUCGCCUGCUGGUAUGGAUGCCUAUGUUUCCUUUUUCUCCUUGAACCUCCUAACUCUUGCAAUCUGUCCUCUGUUCUUUCUGCCUGUUCUGCUUACCGCUACCACCCACCAAGCAAGCCCAUCAGCCAGGUGUCUACAAACUCAGUUGCCUGGAUUGCUCAGUUGGCUAGAGCGUGGUGCUGAUAACACCAAGGUUGCAAGUUCAGUCCCUGUAUAUUCCUGCAUUAGAUGGUCCUCAAGAUCCCUUCCAACUCUGAAAUUCUAUGAUUGCAUUUUGCUGAAGACACACACCCCUACCUACAAGACUGUUGUUCUUAUGUCGUGGUUGGAUCUAUGAGGCAACUGAGCAUGAAAGGGGAGCAUGGAGGACCUCAGAAAGAGGGGCAUUCCUGAGCUCUGAGAGCAAAAUAUGUUCAGUUGUUGUUGUUGUUGUUGUUGUUGUUGUUAAACUAUUAAAUUAGGAGUUCUUGGACAUUGUGGAUUUUUGACUUGGACAUUGUUCGUCAGAUUUAAUUAACCACUUUGGGGGACUUUCAAUUAAAAGACCGAGUCACUUAUGGUAAGUUUGUGGUGAUUGUAACACCCCACUGAAAACUUGUCAAUGACUUUUAAUAUGGCUUUCACAAAGCGUUGGCUUUCAACGUGGUUUGAAGUCGCAGUUCAGUUAUGAAUCUGAAUGGAUAGCUCGGGGCAAAUCCACUGGCACUGAUCCACCAAGUUAAACCAUGAAACUCGCUCCCACAGGAGGCAGCGAUGGUCUCAGCAACUUGGAGGGCUUUAAAGGACAAAUUCAUGGAGCAUAAGGCUAUCAAUAGUUACUUGCCACGAUGGCUAUCGUGGCAUACAGUGAUGCUUCCGAACAUCAGUUUCUGGAAACCACAGGAGGAGAACUGUGCUCUUGAGGUCAGAUCCUGCUCGCCAUCCCACUGGCAUCUGGGUGAGAACAGGAUGCUGGGCUAGAUGGACUAUUGGCCUGAUCCAGGAAAUCAUUCUUCUGUUCCUAUGUUCAGAACAAUGCAUGGGGAAGUAUCACGCAUACAGUAGUAAGGACCUGUCAGUGUCGUUCCAAAGCUGCAGAUUUUAAAACAGCUGCAUUGCUUUCCAGCGUGUUUCUGGGCCAAAUUCAAAGUGUUAACACUGGUGUUUAAAAGCCUAGAUUAGAAGGGAGGUGUAUGCUGAGGACAUGCCUCUUUGCCUUGGCCUGUAAUUUAUUUUGGACGGUUUUUAAAGCUGUAAUUAAUAUUCUGUUGAAGGGCAGGUGCUAAUAAUAAUAAUAAUAUACAAAUAAUUUUCUAAACUGUGUUUUCUCCUUAGUAAUGAAUCACCAGCACCAGCCGCAAAUGACACCCAGUACAACUAUAUCCCAGCAGAACCACCCUACCCCAAACCCUCAAGCCGCCUUAUUGAACAUGCCGAAUGCCUUGACUUCCCAGCAGCAGCAGCAACAGAAGCUGAGGCUUCAGAGGAUCCAGAUGGAACGAGAGAGGAUUCGCAUGCGCCAGGAGGAACUCAUGCGUCAGGUAUUGCUAUGUUUUUAGGCACACCCUGUUAGUGCUGUUGGCUCUUCGGAAGAUUAAAGAGGUCUGAAUUCCUCAGAGUUGGGUGAACACUUGCGUUCAUGGAGUGUCCUGGCUUGGGUGUUCACUCCCUCACACAGUGAGGGAGCAUGCAGACUUGUUCCUAGCUUCUCCAAAUGGCGUAUGAACAGACUCACAGGAAGGCAGGGGGCAGGAUGUAUAUGGGGCACUAAUAUUCCCAUGUGCUUUGCUCUUAUUGGUGGCUAGUGCCCACAUGACCAUCACAUGGAGAGCCUCCCUGUGACAAAGGCUACAAAUACUCCCAAGGGCUAGUUCUUAAGUCUGUUUCAGCAGUUUGCGGCCAGCUGUGAAACUGAUGUCAUUUUGCAUUUACAGAUAUCUUAGACUUAAUGUUGUUAGCAAUUAUACACUGCCUGGAGACUUUCCUCAUCAUGUACUUGUUGCACAAUUUUGGACUUCACUUAUGAUACAAGAUUUGGAUUUUAUAAUGCCUCACAUCUGGUGCUUCCUUUACAUGGCUUUAAGGAAUUAUUAUUAUUAUUAUUAUUAUUAUUAUUAACUAAACUUGUAUAUAGCCCUAUACCCACAGGUCCUAGGGCGGUUCACAGGAUAAAAUCAUGACAUAAAAACACGAAAUACACAAAGGAAGAAAGCAUUCUGAACCAAAGAAUGCUUUUCACAAACUGGGGAGCAGCUCCCUUUAGAAGAUACUGUAUUUUGCCCCAAAUAUUAAUCAGUUUCCCUAGCUAACACAAUUAACCACUUACUCCAAGGAGCAAUGUGGGUAGGAAUUAAGUAUAGUCUAGUUUUAUGAAGGCAAUUUCGGCAUUGAGUGAAAGUUGUCUUCAUAUGUUUUUCAGUGCUUUAUUUUCCUGCAGUUGCGCAGGUCCAUUUCUAAGAAUGAAUGGAUGCCAACUGUAAAUACACAGUAUUAGAUAAGCUUGGCAGUUUCAAAGUUUUUAGCUUUGCUUACUAAAUACAAGCAAAAUAAUAAACGUAAGAAUUUAGAUCGCUCUCUAGGGCAAGGGUGAAGAUCUACAGCUUCCAACAACCAGCUAGCAUGCCUAGUGCCUAACGAUGAUUGCAAUUGCAGUUCAGUAACAUCUGGAGGGCCAAGCCAAAUUAUCCUAAUUUGCAUAGGCAAAACAUUCUGGGAUAUUUUUCCAAUUCAUUUUUUUAAAAAUUGAAAACCCACAUUGCUGCCUGCCCUCAUAGCAUACACAGUUAAGGGACGUUGCAAACACAUCACACCAGUUCCUCAUGGUGAUCUGUCUGCACUUUAAAAAACCCCAGCUUAGGUUGCUAUUCUGUGCUCAUUUUCUUAGGAGCUCAUCCUAAUGAACUCGACAGGGUUUAUUUCCGGGUAAAUAUGCAUGGGACAGGGAUGCAAAAGAUCUAGAAUGGGGGUGGGACUGGAAUUCUCCUGCCUACAGUGUCCUUUUGCCUUUGGGAUUUCUGCCUUAACCCCCUUUGGCUAUUCCAGGGUAACAUUUGUUUAUACUGUAUUUAGUAAGGCGGUAUCGAAUUUCUUGGCAGCAAACAGAGGUAUGGUUUCUAUUUGUGCAGCGACACCAGUUGGCAUGUCGCUUCUGGCGGGUUAUUAACGCUCCGUCAGAUGUACCAAGGAUGCCACUGACCCUAUCAGGACAUAUCAAAGCGUGGGCUGCAAAAUCCCCUCCCCCGCACAGCCCCAUCUUUUUUGCUUUUAAAAUAACUAGCCCAAGAUAUAUGUAGCUGUUUAUGUCAAAUCUCCCUCAUCGGAAAGCUGUGUCCAUUCAAAGGCCAAUAAUAGUAAAAUUAAAUAUAAAAAUGGAUUCCGUUUUAUCUUCAUUGACAUGAAUGCAAGCUGGUGACGCUAGGUUCUUCUGUAGGCAGUUAUCCCAAUGGAGCAGCUUUCUCAGUCUUUUUGUUGUUGUUGAGAAGUUAACUACCCCUGAUCAGUUUAUACUGAGCCUCUCUUACAUUUUGAUACACCGUAUUUUUCGCUCUAUAAGACGCACCUAGUUUUUGGAGGAGGAAAACAAGAAAAAAAAUAUUCUGAAUCUCAGAAGCCAGAACAGCAAGAGGGAUCGCUGCGCAGCGAAAGCAGCAAUCCCUCUUGCUGUUCUGGCUUCUGGGAUAGCUGCGCAGCCUGCAUUUGCUCCAUAAGACGCACACACAUUUCCUCUUACUUUUUAGGAGGGAAAAAGUGAGUCUUAUAGAGCAAAAAAUACGGUAAACAUCUUCUUUGUUUAUGAAAUGAUGCACAAGAUGGCAAAAAGGAUGCAGGGCAUAGUCUCUAACUGGGUACCCCUCAUAUCAGCGUUUGAAAUUCUCCAGGCGCAUUUUGUUCCUGGCUUCCGGCCACUUGCGACCAAGUGAAGAUACCUGGGCAACAGGAUGGCGCCAGAUGUCUCCGCCAUCUGGAGGAUCAUGCCUGGGGAUCCUUGGGUCUUGACUGUUUUCACACGCUAGCAACGCAUCCUGUAGAAGUCUAUCCAUUAUAUUUUAACUGCAUAAUCAGAAUGAAUUUCAGGAACCAAAAAGUCGUACCUUGGAAGUCAAACGGAAUCUGUUCCGGGAGUCCGUUUGACUUCCAAAACGUUUGGGAACCAAGGCACGGCUUCCAACCGGAAGCCGCAAAAGUCGCAACGGACGUUCGGGUUCCAAAGAACAUUCGCAAACCUGAACAAUCACUUCUGGGUUUGCAGCGUUCGGGAGCUGAAACACUCGUCUUGCAAGGCGUUCGAGUUCCAAGGUAUUGAAAAAUACAACUUUGGAGCCACCUGGCCCCAAAAUGGCAAGUUUUGGUUGCUGUAACCAUGGUUUAUGGAGCAUACGGCUUGCCUACAGUUCCCAGAAUGCUUUGGGGGAAGCUGUGUGCUUUAAAUGCAUGGCACAGAUGUGACUUCGGAAGGCUUAGAUUAUUGGCUCGGCAAGACUGCUUCCAGCAACCCAGAAUUGUGUUUCCUUGGCACUCCGUGGUCUGUGCCGCGUUCAGUCGCUUGUUGGAUGGAGGCCCCGAUUUUGCACCCUGAAAAAUCCUUAGCCGAGCCAUGCAAGGCAAGUCACUUGGUCUUGGGAGGACGGAGCUGUUCAAACCUUACGAGCUCCGCCGUGUCGCAGUUGUGCGUGCUAAUUUUAAUGAGGAGCAGAUUUUUUUUUUGCCCCCGCCAGCAGCUUUAAAAAAAGAAAUUGUGGUGCAAUCCUUGGCCCGCAGCCUUUAAUCAGCAGGAACUUUUAUGAACUUCCUGUCUGCAGUCUGGGCGGUACUGAUGGUCGACUCAAGGUAGCAGACCCCACCCAGCUGCCUGAAUGUUGCCUUUUCUUUUCAUAGAAUCGUAGAAUUAUGCAACCCAUUUAAGGGGAGGAAAAAUGAUGUGUGUUGGGGGGCGGGGGGGGCUGGCUGCUAGGCGACUGAAAGGAGGAGGGAAAGGGUUUGGGUGAAAGGGAGUGGAAUUAUUUCUCCUCCAGUACCGAGUCCCCAACUUGACGGCAGCUGCUGUUGCCUGGCUAUUUUACAGCAGGCUUGCUCUGCAGAAAUUUCCGACUCGGCAGCUGCCCUGCCUGGAGAGAUACGCCCAGCAGCUCUCUGGAGCUGAUGGGGUUUCUCCUUCCCCAUAUCCCGCUGCAGUUUUAGAAGGUUGGGACAAUGUUUGAUCACUAAUCACUUAAUUGUUAAACUAUGGAAUUUGUUUCCACCGAAUAGCAGUGACAGCCCCCAACUUGGAUGGCAUUAAAAGAGGAUCACACAAAUUCACAGAGGAUAAGGGAUGUCUACUGGCCACAGGGGCUCUGGUCUACCUCCCCUGUCGGAGACAGUAUGCCUCGGAAUGCCCGCUGGCUGGGAGUAACAAGUUGGUAGGGCACUGCUGUGCUCAGGUCUUGUUUACAGGGUUGCCAUAGGCAUUUGGUUGGCCACUGUGAGAACAGGAUGUUGGGACUAGGUGGCCCGCUGACCUGACUUCUCAGGCUCUUCAUAUGUGUUCAAGUAGCAUUUCCCAAACUUGGGUCUCCGCUGUUUUUUGGACUACAGUUCCCAUCAUCUCUGACCACUAGUCCUGCUAGCUAAGGGUGAUGGGAGUUGUAGUCCAAAAACAAGUUUGGGAAACCCUGUCAGCUAAAGAGGUUUGGUGAGCUGAGAGAGCUGCCUUAGUUUCGUCAGUUAGCAUGUGAUUCAUAUUUCAUGUGCACAGUUGUAACUUAAUUUGAUUUCUGCGCUCUCUCCCCAUCUGUUUCGGAAAUGAACAGUGUCAUCCCAUGAACGUCUCCCCUGAAUUUUAAGACUUGUUCCAUGGGGUUUACUCCCUAGUAAGUACAUUGAGGACAGCAGCCAAUAUGAUCUAAAAUGGGCAAACGGGCUUCGAACAGUUUCCUUGAUGAAGCUCGCAAUGGGAAGAGCGUCUGCUUCCUUUGCAUGCCAAAGAUCUCAGGUGUGAUUCCCAGAAUGCCCCCUGCUUGAAGCCCUGGAGAGUCCCUGCCAACCAGUGUGGACAAUAUUGAGCUCGAUGGACCAAUGGUCUGGCUCAGUAUAAGGCAACUUCCUAUGUUCUUAGAUCGUCAUCUCACCAUGCAGUCCUAAGCCUGGAGUAAAUCAGAAGGACAGCUUAACCACCUAGCCAAAACCUAUCAGGAUUUCUAAUAUUAAAUGACUUUCCCCCUCCCAUUAGGAGCAAUGGGAGGGAAAUCUGAGGGAGACAUUCAGAUCAGCUCCUCAGCUGGUAUAAUUUUCGCCCCAGUUCAGUGGUGGUAAUGGUGGGGUGUUGCUGGACCAGAAAUAUUUUGCAUCCUUUGGCUCCAAUCAGUUUCCCAAUACUACCCUGACAAUUCACACCACCACCACUUUCAUCUGUACACCUAUCGCAGCUCCAAUGUCAGCUGGGUCAGAGCAUCAAAUAUUUUUGUAGUAGCAGGCAAGGGGGAAUCUGGUAUCCAGUCUCUCUCUGGCAUCAAAGAUCUGGUUUAUCUUAGGGCUCCUGAGACCCUGUCCAGGGACUGUAGGAUUGCAGCAUAAGAAUGGUUUGCAGUUAAAGCACAUACUCUCCCAAAAACGAAUCCUGGGGACUGUGAUUUACUUCAUAACAGAGCAGCAGUUCCCAGCACCCCAUGCAAACUACACCUUCCAGGAUUCUUUGGGGUAAGCCAUUUGCUAUAAUUGUGCGCUGAAUGAGUUUCAAAUGUAUGGUGUGGGUGUGACUUAGAGUGCUGCACUACAGAACAGGGGAAUUUGAGGAAUACAAAUGCCAGGGAGGUGGGGUGUGAUCUGGAUGUUUUUUGUUGUUGCCCUCCAUCAGAGGACCGGGUGAGACGGAAGUACAGUGAGGAGCAGCAUGAAACCAGACCCUUCCCGCAUUCUCAAAGGGGCAAUUCAGCGGCUGGCGCAUCCGCAGCUAUUUCUGCAGGGAAAGGGUCCAGGAAAUGUGGCUGGAGAUUUCCAGAAUCAUUUUGCACGGAGUAAAUUAUGCCAGGGAAGGGCUGUAGCUCAGGGGUAGAGCAUCUUGUCUGGCAAGCAGAAGGUCCCAGGUUCAAUCCCUGGCAUCUUCAGACAGGGCUGGGAGAGAAUCGUGCCUGAAAACCUGGAGAACUGCUGCCAGUCAGUGUAGUAAAGGUAAAGGGACCCCUGACCAUUAGGUCCAGUCGCGGACCACUCUGGGGUUGUGGCGCUCAUCUCGCUUUACUGGCUGAGGGAGCCGGCAUACAGCUUCCAGGUCAUGUGGCCAGCAUGACUAAGCCACUUCUGGCAAACCAGAGCAGCACAUGGAAACAUCAUUUACCUUCCUGCCAGAGCGGUACCUAUUUAUCUACUUGCACUUUGACGUGCUUUUGAACUGCUAGGUUGGCAGGAGCAGGGACCGAGCAAUGGGAGCUCACCCCUGUCACAGGGAUUUGAACCACCAACCUUCUGAUUGGCAAGUCCUAGGCUCUGUGGUUUAACCCACAGCGCCACCCGCGUCCCUGCCAGUCAGUGUAGACAAUACUAAACUAGAUGGCCCAAUGGUCUAACUCAGUAUAAGGCACCUGUUCCUUCUCUCUCUCUCUGUGUGUGUGUGUAGAGACAGUGAACACUUUUGCAUGCUGCAGCCCGUUUGAAGCGUUUACAAUGUUUUGGCAGCCUCUACAGAAACUGCCGAAAGAGCAGGUCUCCGGCUGCUGCUGCUGCUGCAAUGUGGGGCAUUUGAAUGCUGCAGCAACAUCACACAGUUGCCUUGAUCUCCCCUUUCUGUGUUUUUUUCCUGACUCCUCUCCCCUUUGCUUUCUGGAAGAUGGUUGUACUCACAGCACCACCACCAAAGAGAACAGACUGCAACGGCUGCCAAAGGUCAUUUUUUUAAAAAAAAGAAAAGAAAGAAAAGAAGGUGUCAAUGAUUGAGCAUGUCAUGAUUGGCCUGCAGGUGGGACUCCUUUUGCCAGAUGACUUGCUGCUCUCCCAGAAGUGUCAUGUCUGGUUCUGUGUGCUCACAGACCUGUCAUCCGCUUCGCACUGCCGUAGCAGACCCGAAACACCCCUCAUUAAAGUCUUCUUUUGCUGCAAAGCAUGGGUGAAGAAGGCUUUUCACCUGAGGGACACAUUCCCUUCCAGAAUAGGAGGUGGGACACAUUCCUGUGGUGCAAAAGAGGGUAGAGGAAUGAACUUGAGUUCUACCUUCUGUACAGUAGGCUAGUUUCUUCUCUCUCUCAAUCUCUCUCUCUCUCGAAUCAGACUUCAGGUGUACAGUCCACACAGGCAGAGAAACACUCUUGAAGGCUUGAGGUUUUCCCAUACGUACUCUGAUGUUGACUAGCCCUACCAUGAGGCAGAGUGAGGCCUUGCAUUUAAAGCAGCGUCAUACUACCACAACUUCCCCCAAAGAAUCCAGGGGUCUCCUAACAACACUCCGCACCCUUAACAAAAGCCACACUGUGACUGGGAAUUUCGAAGCCUGGUCACUUGAAUCCUAGUCUCACACGCUAACUCACCCUUCUCCCAACAAGAUGCUUUGGACUACAACUCCCACAAUCCCUAGCUGUUGGAUGCAUUUGGUCAGGCUGAUGGGAGUUGAAGUCCAGCGACAUAAGGAGGACGCCAGUUUGGGAAAGGCUGAUCUAACCAUAACAUUACACUGCAACAGUUGCCGCUUGGGAAGUGGGAGAAAGUUGCAGGCAGUGUACCCAUGGACCCAGGAACUUCCAUGUGGAAGUGCCUUUAUCAAUAUGUGAUUUAAACAUGCAAAUUAGUGUCCCUCCCCUCCUGCUCUGAAACUGUAGGUUUUGUCUUUAGGCUUCAAAACUGGAUCGAAGGCCAGACAGAAAAGAGAUCCCAGGCUCUAUGCCAGUGCAGGGUACCUUUUGCCGUUUAGAUGUUUUUGCUGAGCAGCCAUGCUUGCAAGGGCUGAUGGGAGUUGUAGUCCAGCAACCUCUGGAAUGACAAAAAUUGCCCUGUGGCCAGAGUUCUUUGACCUUGGCUCCCCAGAUGUUGCUGGACUCAGACCCCCACCAGCACCAGCCAGGGUAGCCAGCGGAUGAUGAAAGGUAGUCCAACAACAUCUGGAGGCAGAAAAUCAAAGGAUGCUACUAUAGGCAAGGCUUUCGGCCUAGUUCAAGAGUGCCACAAAGCUUCCACUGCUUGUAUUACAGAAGGUAAAAGGUAAAGGGACCCCUGACCAUUAGGUCCAGUCGCAGACGACUCUGGGGUUGCGGCGCUCAUCUUUCUUUAUUGGCCGAGGGAGCCGGCAUACAGCUUCUGGGUCAUGUGGCCAGCAUGACUAAGCCGCUUCUGGCGAACCAGAGCAGCACACGGAAAUGCCAUUUACCUUCCCGGCGCAGCGGUACCUAUUUAUCUACUUGCACUUUGAUGUGCUUUCGAACUGCUAGGUUGGCAGGAGCAGGGACCGAGCAACGGGAGCUCACCCCGUCGCGGGGAUUUGAACCGCCGACCUUCUGAUCGACAAGUCCUAGGCUCGUGGUUUAACCCACAGCGCCACCCACGUCCCUGUUACAGAAGGUACCUGAGCUUUAUAGCCAUGGGGGUGGGCAACCUGUGGCCCAUGACCUAAUUCCAUGUGGGCAGUUGAGGAGGGGGAAAAGGUUAGCAGAAGGGGGGGGUGCCCUGCCCUAUUUUCUCCUCUGUCCCCACCCAUCUCUGGCAUGUGCCCACCCCCUGAAACAUCGCCGCCUGAGAGAAAGCGGCCACUGGCAGGGAAAAAGGUUUCCCACCCUUACUUUAAAUGGGGAGCACGUAAUAAGGAAGUCUGCCAGCUGAAAUUUAGGUAGCAGCCUUUGAACAUCAUUGUGUGAAGCAGCCCCAGGCAAACAGACUAGCCUUGCCAGCGAUGCAAGCGAGUAACCCAGCCCUACACCACAUUCCGCGUGUUCAGUUGCAAAUUAUUUGUGUGUUCUCCAAUUUUGCAAAUCUGUGCAACGGAGGCAACAGCCCUGCUCAUAGAUCCUAGGCCACAGCUUCCCCAAGAGCUCCUGAGAAGAGCAAAGGAAGGGAAAAUCAAUGUGUGUGUUGGGGGUGGGGUGGGGAGAGGCAUUGGCUGGCUUCAGUUUUUCCCCGUAUCGUGAUUUUUGCCAGUCCCUGCUCUUGUGAUUUGCUGCCCACUGCAAGGAGGCAGGGGAGAACUGAACUGGUAGAGUUAACAGGGGCUGCAGCAAUCGAGAGAAGCAUUGGCUGGCUUCACGGUUUUCCCCACAUUGUGACUUUUGCAUAGCACAUAUCAUGAUUCGCAAUAUAUUGCCAGGUCAAAAAAAUAUGAAACCGAUAUCAUGAUAUGGACUUCAAACCGGUUUGGAUGAUAUAUCGCCUAGCCCCCUUCAAUUAAAACACAAGCACUUAUUGACAUACAUUAAGUGAUUUUGGUGAAAGCAUGAAAGCGACAGGCACAGUUUGAAUUUAGCAAUCCGAGAGGAGGGUGCCACAUGUACCGCAUCAGCAUCCCAAACUAGGUUUGGUUCCCAUUUGCAUUCCAGAAGCAGCGUCAUUAGAUUUCCAGGGUGAGGAGUAAUUAAAUCUGCUCGGCUGGACAACAGGAAAUAGCGAGUGAUAUUAUAUUUCAUACACAUACUGUGAUACUUACUGCCACUUCAUUAGGUGUAGUACACACAGCAGGUUUGAGCAAAUGUGAGCCGUCUGAUAUUCCUUUGUGCUGGGAGAAAAGAAGGGGGAAGCGGGUUUUAAUUGUUUGAUAGUUACCUUGUCCUGAAGUGGCAAAGAGCUUGAAUGUAAAGGUACAGAGACACAUGCAACUGCCCCCCUCCCAUGGCAGGUUUUGUGUUAUUUCAUGACUGUUGCUGCUGUUAGUCAACGGGUGCAAGCGUAAGAUUAUAUCUGGAGUGAAGCAAUAACAAGUAUUCAAUUGCCCACAUUCCCAUCAUCCGUUCACAGGGAACUCUGGGAAUUGUGAGUUUAUGCAGGAGAAAUUCCCAGUGGAUUAUGCCCACAGACAAACUUGCAGACCUGUAAACUUAGAAUUGCAAUGUGCUAUAUUUUUUAACUUUUCAUAAUUUUUUUGCUACAAUCUGUAGUUGGAUCGGUAUGCAAUCAGUUGUGUAAACGACUCUCAAGAGAAAUAGGGAUUCUCUCCUCUUUCCUAUUACAGUAAUAGAAGUUCCUUUUUUAUUUUUCCUUAGGGAAUACAAGUACAAAUGGGAACACACCCUGUGUCAUCAUCUUUUCACCCACUUGGUGUCACUGUCACACUGCAAAAAAAAAAACAACAACACAGACAUUCCUGGCAUUCUCUCAUGUACUUCCUGUAUAGAAGUUUUGCAUGCUUACUUCCUCUUUUAGUUAGUUAUUAUAUUCCAAAUAAAGGGAAGGAAACAAGGUGUGCUGCUGCACAUUAACUGUAGGUCAUCCUGGCACAAAUUGUACCCACUUGCUAGUUCCUGGGUAUGAGUGGCAAACUUGGUGUAUUGAAUCAAAUGAUGCACGCAUGCUGUCUUAACUUUCGUAUCACGGGCUUCCUGCAUUGUCUUACAUCACUGCAAAUCAGAAGUCGCUCCAGGAAAUAACGAUGCACCUCCUGAGAUCAGUAUGUGGACAUUUUUUAACUGCUUCUUUGGGACUGCCUGUUGAGAAGCUUAUGUCUGUGUUAGUGAAAUUCUGUAAUGUAAUGAAUCACCUCUUUCCCCAACCCCUCUGCCUUCCUUUUCUAGCCUGUGAAAUAACGGAGGGUAUUUGUUUCCAGCAAAAGGGGCCAGGGUUUGGAAAAAGAAACUGGGCAGAUCCAGCAAUCCUAACCUCAUUUUGUUGUUGCAUGUUUGUUUGUUGUUAUUAAUUUGAUUUAUUACCCGCCUUUUGCCACACAGUCUUAGGGAAGGUCACAACGAUUUAAAAUGCAACAUUAAACACAGUUUAUGUGGGAGUAAGGCCCAUUAAAUUCAGUUAGGAUCGCCGCUUAAAAUAUUUGCAAUGCCUUGUAACAUUUGUGAUCUGCAGGCCGUUAGUAAGUCACAGCAAUUUUGUGUCUAUGCAUGUGUAUGCCUUGUACACUUGAGCGGUCGUUCCCAAACUCCCCCUGUCCCCACGGAUCACUUGGAACAUUUCUAAUGGACCGCUUACUGAUUAUUAUUUUUGCCUGUUGUAGCAAUUGUAAGGUGCAGUGCUAGAUCCUGUAUGAUUUUAAAUGGUGCUUUUGCAGACAAUGCCGCUGAACACCUGAAAGAAGUUUGUGGACCACUGGUGAUCCACAGACCACCUGCGCUAGAGCUAAGGUGCCUUGGUUCCUGAGUUAGACAUUUUAUCCUCUAGAGGUUGGAGAUGUGGGGCAAGCCGAACCCUGCAGAAUUCUACAGCACAUGUGUGCCAGCAGUUUUUAAAUUUUUUUGUUUAAAGACAUGCACAAAAUACCUCCCCAAAGCAAACCAGACCAGGCUGCAGGAAAUAGGCACCAUCCCUGGUAAAUAGGGAUGGAUGGGGCAUACAUGGGACUCGUACCUCUAGAAACCUGUUUUCCAGGCCCCCCUGGCCCCAGCACUGACAGUUAUGUAUUCGUUUUCUACUUUAGGAAGCUGAUUUGUACAGACAACUUCCCAUGGAGUCUGAGAACAUGGCUCCAGUUCAGACUGCUGUGAGCACACCUCCUAACAUGACACAAGACAUGAGGUCUGUUACAAAUAAUGGGUCGGAUCCCUUCCUGAACAGGCAAGUACACUGUUUGCUCACAAACAUUUUUUUAUAUUCUGCAGCGUAGGCCGCAUUUGAAAUUCUCAUACCUGCUAAGGCAUGUGAUUUCUUAGCAAAAGCAUUUAGCUUUUUGGGUUGUAGACCGAGACAGAAGCCACCAGCUUUGCUUGUAAGAUGCAAACCCUUUGAUAAAGCAGGUGUUUGAUCCUUCUGAUCCAGUUCCCACAUCACAUUAAGCCAUAGUUAAAAACAAAGCAUGGUUUAAUGUGGCAGGGCAGUGUGCUCGUGCUCAGUGCUGAAAAGUUCCCGCUCUGAUCCUUCCCAGCUCCUGUUACAGCCAGGACACUGAGAAGCAAGCCAGAGUCCGGCUUGUGUCAUGACGUUCAAACCUGGGUUUGUGGUGUGUUCUUCUCCAAACAAAUCACAAGCAGUAACUAAGGCUUGUUCUUGGCUUAGUACUUAAGGUUUGUUUGGAAAUAUACAAACCAUGACCCGCCGUUUUGGCAUCACAACAUGCUAGGCUGACUUUUUCCCCAGCAGCAAGUGAGGAAUGGAGUGGAGCAGGAUCUUUUCAGCAGCGUCUACAAGCAUGCUGCACAUUCACAAUAAACCAUAGUUUCGUUUUAACUAUGGUUUAACGUUACAUACAAACCAGGCCUCUAUGACCAAUUCUGAUCUUACUGUGUAUGACUUGCACCUUAUAAAUAUCAGCCAGAAACUGGCCAAAAAUCCUUGUGAUUUGGGAACAUUCCAGUGUGACAGGACAGGUUUGGCAUCCGUUCUGAGGACAACUUUGGUGUAACUGGGGAGCAUGUACACCGUAUUAAGAACCUUGGCUGGUCCUAAUAAGCUUGCUGGGAACUUUGCUUUAGCAGACCAACAUGGCUGCUUUUCAACAGUUGGCAUCAUUUCGUAUUUGUGGAGGUGUGAUUCCCUAGCAUGGAGAUCAUUGCUAUUGACUCCCAGUUAAAGUACUGGGAGUGGCGUGUCCCCCGCCCCCCAAAAAAGCCUUUGUUGCUGCCAAGAGGAGAAUGGCUGGGAACAGAUUUGGUUACUUGCAAAUCACCAUGCACUUCUGCUUGCAAUGCCUACUUAUUCUAUGGAUAAGCUUUCUCCCAAGAAUCUGGCUAUUGAUAAAUUUGGAAUUCUUGGCAAAGAGUGGGAGGAGGAGGGCAGAUGGGAAGGAGGGAGCCUGGCCAAAGCAAUUAGGACAGUGCAGGUAUGGAGAGGGAGCUGUUCAGUGCACAAAGUACAGUAUAUGAAUAUAUGAAGCUUUCUUAUGCCAGGUCAGAAUAUAUGUCCAUCUGGCCCAGAAUGGCCUACUGCAGAGAUGGGGAUCUCCUGUGGCACUCCAGACAUUGUUGGGCUGCCUCUCCCAUCAUCCCUGACCUUUGACUGUGCUGGCAAAGGCUGAAGAGAGCCAGGAACGAGAGAGAUUACAGGGAUCAGACCUGGAACCUUUUGCAUGCAAAGCACCGAAUUACGAUCCUUCUCCUUAACGCAUACUUACAGUAGCUCCGUUUGGCUUCUGAGCUCUCGCCAUGUUCUGCCCACCUGCCUAAACCACAGGGGUUAGAAGGUUUGCUUUUAUCGCCCUAUUCUGCGCUAGGUAGCAGAUUUUAGGCUGGUGAGCUGGAACCUACAAACAAAUGGGAGUACAUUCAGGCCUAUCUAGGGCAUUCAGGCCUAGCUGCAGGCUGUCCUUCCCUAAAGCCAUUCUGGUGACAUAUAUCUGAUGAGCGCUUCCUUGACCGAGGUUUCUUCAUGUUUUGAUUCAUAGUGGGCCAUACCAUUCCAGGGAGCAGAGCACAGACAGUGGCCUAGGCUUAGGAUGUUACAGCAUACCAACUACACCUGAAGACUACCUCAGCAAUGUAGAUGAGAUGGACACAGGUAGGAAUGAGAAGCAUUUUGAUUUUUGAAAAAAAUAUAUAUACUUCUUAGCAACGCCCUAAGAGAUCCGCUUGACUGUCAGUGUUACUUUUGCAUUUGCGCAGAGCACAUGCUUUCGUGUGGGCACAAGAAGAGUGGGGUCUGGGGUUCAUUAUUGGGGGGGGGGAGGUAGGGAGGCCCUUAAUAAAACCCACAAGUGUCCCUCCUUGACUCCCUCCAGUUUUAACCAAACCAUAGCUCCCUAUACCCUUCUAAAACAGAGAGCAAUGGGGCCCAUUGCAAAGGUGAAGGAACCCUAUUCUGACCCCACCUGUAAUUUGAGCUAUCAGUCCUUCCAUUAACCCCUUGGCAUGGGUGGGGCUGGCACUGGCGACGCAGGAGUGCAGAACAGGUACUCUGCACAUGAUCAGAGGUGCUCUCUUCUCCAGCUGGUCGUUUACAUGAGAGAACCUGAUUCCAUGUUCAACAAGAACUUCUGAAACAGAUUUGAGGGUUUGCCUCUGGAAGGUAUUCUCCGGCCUACUAGAAAUCAAAAGUUGUGAUGGUCUUUUGGAAAUGUGAUCCCCGAUGGGUCUUCACAGAUACCGACACAGGGAAACCUCUGUCCUGUAACUACAUUUGGUGUUAGUGAGAAAUGAAGUGUGGUUUUGCCAUCCAAGCACUGAUUAGGGUGUGAGCUAUAUCGUUUUGAAAGUUGAGCCCCACCAAAUAUUAUAUUAUUAUUAUUAUUAUUAUUAUUAUUACAUUGGCACUCCACCUUUUCUCCAAAGAGCUCAUACAUGGUUCUAUCCCUCCCCAUUUUAUCCUCACAACAACCUUGUGAGGUAGGUUGAGCUACAUGAUCACCCAGUGAGCUUCAUGGCUGAGUAGGGAUUUGAGCAGAGGUCUCCCAGGUCGAACACUGUGACCACUAAGCCACACUAAAGUACCCAGGGAGUCUGGAUUGGGAGAUGGAAGCUGAGAGAGCAACAAAGUCUACCAGUAGCUAACAGCGGCUGAUUUGCCAUCAAAGGCCGAAUAAUUUCCUGGUUAAGAAGCUCCCACCUCACUGAUUCCUUCUCUUCUUUUGCAGGAGAUAAUGUAGCACAGACUCCCCUGAAUAUCAACCCACCACAGACCCGUUUCCCCGACUUCCUUGACUGUCUUCCAGGAACAAACGUUGACCUUGGGACAUUGGAAUCUGAAGACCUGAUCCCCAUCCUCAACGAUGUAGAAUCGGUCCUCAACAAAAACGAGCCCUUUCUCACCUGGCUGUAACUGAUAAUGCAACGUUUUCUUUUCCUCCUAGCAAAACAAAAAAUAAGGGCAGAGCAUCCUCAAGCCUCUCAGUUAGCCAUCCUUGGUGCCUUACCGACGUCUGCGAGACCCUUUUAAUCAGUGAAUCUCGGUCUAGAUUUCACUGACAGUAACUUAAGUAUGAAAUAUAUAGAUAUAUAUAUAUAUAUAUAUUUAAAGUAGAACUGCUUAUAUAUGCAUCUAUAACCUUUCCUCUUUAGUUACAUAUGAGCGGUUCUCUUUGUCUUUUGGUGCAUAGCUGAACUUAACAGCCAUCAGUUACACACAACAAGUUUAGCAAAUAAUAAGAAAAUAAAAUAAAUCUGACCAGAAGAAGCUUUAGAUUGUAAGAAGGCAGCUUAGUUCCAAAAAUCCUGCACGUUAUCAGGUUGAGUGCAGUUCUACAGCUGUAUUUAUGACAAUAGUACCAAAUGCUUCUCAUCUUAUAUAACUUGAGCUUUAAAAAAUCAUUGCAUUUUUAAAAGUGAACUUGGGCUGUAUGGAAAACAUUUUUUUUAAAAAAUUCUAAUUAGCCACAAGGCUCCAGAACCAGAUUUUUUGCAAAUCCACAAACAAUACUAUUUGCAUUUCCUCCCCACCUCACCCCCACAAUAUAUUAUUGAAUGGUUUGUAGGUGAAAUGUUUUAAUUACAAUUUUUUUUUUUACACUACUACAAUAUUGUAAAAUAGACCAGUUUGGUACUAAUUGCUGCCAUUUUAUAUAUACACACGCACAGACAUUUAUAUAUAUAUAUAUAACACUAAAAAUGUGAUUAUGAAAGUGUUUUUCCCCCUAAGAAGUACACUUUAUAUGUAGGUGCUUAAUAUUCACUACAAUUCUGCAACAGUACAUGGUUUUCUUGCAGCUUUUAGUCUGCACAAAGCGGGCACUCAACAGAACACCUUCCCCCUCCCCCUCCAAAAUUCAGGAUAAAAAUACGGCACAGGUUUGACACUUCUGAAUGCAGUAAGAAUUAAUUUUGUAAAGCCUCAUUAUCUUCUCUUUAUUUUUAGUAAUUAUUUUGUCGUUGAAAUUUUUAAAGAAGCUAGAAACAGGAGUCUCACAUUAUCAUAUAGGUGAUAAGCCAGCAUCUAUUUGUCAGCCUGGCAAAGUUGCUGAGGAUUCUUUACCCAAUGGCUUUUUUUAUUCUUGACUUAAUGGGACACAAGGCACUAUACAUGUUGUACUCCAUACCUAUAAUAUUCAUAUAUAGGGUUGCUUUAUUAAAAACAGCUUGAUAUGUGGGACUGAGAAUGCAUCAAGGACUUCAAUCUCCACUUCCCCUGAAAUGCAAAUGACGUCCUGAGAUCCUUAAGUAUUUUUAACUGAUAUUAUUUAUAAUUAUGAAUUUUAAGCUUUUUUUUAUAUUGAAAAAAAAAAUCAUCUUUUUAUAGAAGGCAUUAUAAUUCGUGCGAGCCUCUUAAUACACAAUAGGCAGGGCAGGCAAGAGGCAUAGCACUUUGCUGUGCAUUAGUUUUAAGAGUAAGAAACCAUUGCUGUAGCAUACUAACCUUUGCCAACUCAUGCUGGCUGAGGCCAAUGGGAAUUCUAGUCUGAAACACCUGGUGGGCACCAGCUUGGCGAAGGGAUGCUAUAGCACAAUGUUGGACAGUGAAUGGGUCCCCUCUGCCCACCCCUCUCUUUAGACUAGUUGAAGAAAAAAGGCAGGUGAAAUGGGUGGGGAGGUUGAAGUCGUCAGAAUUUGGGCUUGGAAGGAGAUUGGUUGUAACGGGAAAUAGCAGUGCUGGAGUGUUUAGAAGUGCAGGUCAUGGAAACUGACUAUAUGUGGAACCACCACUGAUCAAAUCAAUACCUGUGAAUACUACCUUAUGGGAGAAUUGUUGCAAGGUAGCUGAUCUGACCGCACCAGGCUUGUUAGGUUUAUUAUUAUUAUUACUAUUAUUAUUAUAAAUAUUUUAAGAUGUGGAUGAUGAAAGGUAAAAAGUUCAUUAUUUGACUCAUAGAGCCGGGGUGGGUGAGAAGACAGGUAGAAAGCUAGGCAUUUGUGAGUUCCGUUCAUUUUAGCAGAUCGUUGCACCCACAGAGUAUAUUUUCAGUUAAUGGGCAUUCCCUGUGCCCUUCUCUUAAAGGGCUUUCCUCUCCUUGGCUGGCUUACCAUAUAUAGUUGGUUAUUAACAAAGUAGAAAGCACAUCUUCAAACAGUGACCCUGGGUUUUCCUAUUAUUUAUAGAUAUCGGCCAUAAAAUGCAAAUCAGGCAGUCCUAAGGUGUUUAUUCUCUUAGUAUUUUUGGGGGGGGGGCUGAAAAUGCUCAGAAAGCAGACAAUAUCCAGGGCCAGCUCCAAAUCUAAUGUAAAUCAUUGUUCUCCAGUUAGGGGCUUCGUGCUCGCUUACAAUAUGUGAAAACAACCCCAUGGUUCCCUGCUGCAUCCAAGAUAAGAUCUGGCCAUACUUGGACGAUCAUAUCUGAGAUUUGAGGCUUGAAUGAAGAGGGGCUGGCUUAUCCGUGGGGGGGUGGGGAUCUGACCACAUAAGUUUAGACUUGAAAGACCAGCUCCAAAUUUUCAUUAGCCAUAGGAAAAGGGGAAAGGACUUCACGUGCUGGUUUGUACAUCCAAAAUACCCACCAACAAUUCGUUUCAGGGAGUGGAAAAUCCCCUUCACUCAUUUCCCAGAAAGUGUUCACAUCUAUAUAAAGCGGGGGUCAGGUUAGGGAAGGAACUUGGUGGCAGAAGAGGUGCUCAAGAAAUUCCGGGUCAGAGGUUGCAACAGCAAGGAUAAUUAAUGUAUUGCCUUGUGCCAAGGACACCAUCCCAAAGAGGGAGGCAAAAUUCAGGGCAAGUGGUGCCAUUUCUAGAACAAACCUGAUUUGGAAGCAGCAUAUCCUGUGUGUGAACCACAUGGUAUGCACCAAGGUCUUUCCCAUUCAUUUCUGUGGAAGGGACAUCUCCAUCCCUGCAUCCCUUUGACCGAGCAGAGCGAACUCCUCCAUAGAAGUCAAUGGGGAUGUUCAUUUUAUUAUUGGAGCACCUCCAGAUCUUUGGACGGGGGGCUGUGAACAUGGGAAAACCUGGGAGAAAGUAAUUAUGCUGUUCUUUGCUCCACUUCCCUCUUGUCUGAAGUAGCUUAAAGUGAAGAGGGGCACAUUUUGAUUAGGAAAGUAUGCUUGGUUUAAGUUUGCAGUUCUAAGCACACUUACCUGGAAGCAAGUCCUGUGGAACUCAGUGGGGCUUAUUUACUUUCCAGUAGACACGCUUAGGAUUGUAGAAUAAGGAGUAUCUCCACUGGAGAGUUUAGAGCAACCUUCUCCAUCCUCGGGGCUGUCAGAUGUUUGCUCCAGUCAUCCCUGAGCAUCAGCCAGGCUGGCUGAGGCUGAUGGGAGCUGGAGUCCUGCAAUGUCUGGAGGCCACCAGUGGGUGGGGGAGUCUCAUUCAGAGCUAUACUGUGAGAGCUAAGAAUCAGGCCUGAGAGGGGGACCUUCUGGGCUUCUACAACCUCUGGUUCCCUGUGACUGUGAUUUAAAAGGCAGUGUGUGUUAUGCUGUGGUGAAAGCUGCAGUUAAAACAUUAACUACUAUUGUAAAACAACUGCCAGAAACUUGUUUUUUUAAAAAAUUAAGCAAUGAACCAAACGACAGUGAAGAUUUUGAGGGGGGGUGUUGUUCUAAUAUUCAGAGAAGUGUGUGUGUGUGUGUGUGUUUUAGGGAUGGGGGAGAGAACAGGGGCUUUCAUUGAAGCCCUAUUUUCAAAUACUUUUUUUUUUAAUUUUAAAAAAGGCUUGCAAACACAGAGUUAUUUCUAAUGGAAUCUAUUGUUAAUUAUUUGACAAAACGUUGACAUGUGACUUUUGGCUUGUGAAACCCAAUUUUAAUUUUUUUACACUACUUGUAUCGACAAUGAACGGAUAUGCGAGUGGCACCGAGUCGAUCAGAAAGGUUGAGUGACUUCAUAUGUAAAUGCUGAUUUAUAUGCAAAUGGUGAGGUGCUGAUUACUUGUCACCCAGUUGUGCUGUUAAAAGCAGUGGUUUUCAAACGGCGCUAAAGGGAAGCCUGGGGUACCUUUCAGGAGCUCCUCAAUGAGACCAUAAGUAAUGGUGGAUGACCCAGCAUGAAAGAGAGAAGACCUGCCACCUUGCGUGUAGAGCCAGCGCAGCGUAGAGGUUAGAGUGUUGGACUAGGACUCGGGAGACCAAGGUUCAAACCCCCACUCAGCCAUAAGAACUGAAGAAUUGUCCUACUGGAUCAGUCCAGUUGACCAUGUUGUCCAGAAAGCUGUUUUCACAGUGGCCAACCAGAUGUCCACAGGAAAGCAAAACCUUGACAGCAACAGUACUCUCCCUUCCAGCGAUUUCCAGCAACUGGUAUUCGGAGGCAAAACAUUGGGGUUCAUAGCCACUGAUAGUUUUAUCCAUGAAUUUGCCUAAAUUUUUAAAGUCAUCCAAGUUGAUGGACAUCACUGCCUCAUGUGGGAGUGGAUUUCAUAGUUUUAACUUUCUCUUAUCUUUCAACAUUCAUCUUCGUUGUAUGUCCACAAAUUCUAAUGUUAGGAGACAGGGAGAAACACUUGACGCCAUCUACUUUCUCCAUGCUGUGCGCUUCUAUCAUUGUCGCCUCUUACUUGCAAAUUAAAAAGUCUCUAAUGCUGUAACCUUUCCUGGUGGGCUCUUGCUCCAUCAUCUUGAUCGUACCGGCUGCCCUUUUCUGAACUUUUUCCAAGUCUUUCGAACUUUUCCCAACCUUUUUGAGGUAGCAGCAUUAUUAUAAUGGCAGGUUUCAUUUCAUUUCCUAUUGACCUAUUGGCAUGGAAUUUGCUUUCUUCACAGCUGCCACACACUGGGUCAACAUUUUCAUGGAGCUAUCCACUAUGAAUCCAUAGUCCUGCUCCAGUACAGACCCUAUGAGUACAUAUGUGAAAUUAAUACGUUUUUUUGUGCCUUUCCACUUGUUUACAUUGAAUUGCAUUUAGCAUCUUACCACGGAGGAGGAGGAGUUUGGAUUUGAUAUCCCACCUUAUCACUACCCGAAGGAGUCUCAAAGUGGCUAACAAUCUCCUUUCCCUUCCUCCCUCACAACAAACACUCUGUGAGGUGAGUGGGGCUGAGAGACUUCAAAGAAGUGUGACUGGCCCAAGGUCACCCAGCAGCUGCAUGUGGAGGAGCGGGGACGCGAACCCGGUUCACCAGAUUACGAGUCUACCGCUCUUAACCACUACACCACACUGGUGUGGAGUGGUCCUUUUGGAGUUCUUCACACACACACCCUUUUUUGUUUGUUUGUUUUAACCACCCUGAACACUUAAAUAUCAUCAGCAAACUAGGCCAUCUCACUUGCUCACUCCUAACUCUAGAUUGUAUAUGGUCUUUGGAGGACCCCACUUCCUACAUCCUUCCAUAUGGAAAACUUAUCCAUCUAUUCUUUCUCCCUGCUUCAUAAGAACUUAAUAAUAGCCAUCUGGAUCAGGUCAGUGGCCCAUCUAGUCCAGCAUCCUGUUCUCACAGUGGCCGACCAGAUGCCUAUGAGAAACCAGGGAGUAGAACGAGAGCCUUCUCCUUUCCUGUGGUUUCUGACAACUGGUAUUCAGAAGCACUGCAGCCUCUGACUGUGCAGAUAGAAAGCCCAGACAUCAUGGCUAGUAGCUUCCUGUUACUUAACCAAUUCCUGAUCCACAAGGGGAUUUUGCCUCUUAUUCCUUGACUGCUAAGCUUGCUCAGGAGUCUUUGGUGAGCUGUGAAGCACCAGGGGUGGCCUUGGGCCAGCCUAACCUACAUCUCAGGGUCAUUAUGAGGGAAGCUUCUUGAAAGACAACUGGGAUGGAAGGGUAGUAAAAAAUUAACCCUCCGUUUCCCUCCCCCUGUAACAGAGGAGUAUUGGAUGAGUUUUAGGGUUCGUUCUCAGGUCAUGUUAAGUGGCAAUGAGGUCCAACAGGCCUAGUCUGUGCCCCGUGUUCACUGAGUUUACACCCUAGAAUGUUUCCCCAAAAUCCUCUGCAGCAACUAGGGGUUAUGUAGCAGGUUUGCCAGAGUCCCUCAGCCAACGAAAAAAAGGAUUCCCUAAAGGCAGAAGUUUGAAAACCGCUGCACUAGAAGGUAACUAUUGGGAAAGAAGGCUUCAUGAAAACAAAUGCGGUUUUUUUGUGUUGUUUUUUUAAGAGUUGGGUGGGAGGGACUAGUCUCUGUUUUCAGUAAGGGAAAUGGGUGAUGAAACACAUGUUUCAGUUUUCUUAAUACACUACAUCCAUGUUAUGUGCUAAUACUUUAAUACUUUUUUUAUUUUAUUUACAUCAGUUUGUUAUGCUAUAUGCCAUCUUGUGUGAGCAUUUGUUUUUCAAUGUAGAAUGAUUUGCAUACAUAGCGUAUGCUUCAAAAUUCAAUCAGAUCAAACGGUUGUAUCCAGAGUUUGGUUCUGGUUUUCUUUUUUUAAAAAAAAUAAAUAUUUCUUUUAAUAUUGUACAAGAAAAAAAUAAAAUAAAAUAGAAAUGGAUUUAAACUUCCAAUCUAUGU